CUCACUGCAAAGCCCGUGUGCGCAUUCCGAACGCUAUAGCGCAGCAGAGAACUCUCACUUCCUCCGCUUGGAACGCAAAAUGACAGCUGAUAGACUGAUCGCUUCCUUACACGUGGAACGCAAGAUAAUGCGUAUUUCCGGUGUUUGGAACGCAGGUGGUUGUGCUGUCAGACACCGCCGCUGGCUUUCCGUAGUCGCUCUCUGUGCAGCUGCCUCUCUCCUCCCGGGGCUCGUCCAUUUCCGGUCUCAUAGUCCAUCCAGAAUCCGCUACUGAGCUCACUGGACCGGUGAGUAUGAACCACAGGGACUCGAACCUUGGCAUCCAUUAGUCGGGCAGAGUGCUGGGCGUGGGGGAACAGCAUGUGGGCAAUGAGAGCGCCCUGUGCUGGCCUUGCUGACAGAUGUGGCCAGCUGUGAUUUCUGGAUUUUUACUGCUUUUCUUCAUUCACUGGCUGAAUAUCACACUGUAAUAUGGACAGCCACACCUAUGUCUUGGGAUGGUUUGUAUAAUUGGUUUCUCAUGCCUCCCCAAUAGCAAGCAAUUCAACAAGAAUUGCAAAUAUGGAAGCCCAUCAUUUCUCAAAAUGAGAAGUACUGCCUUGUCCAUUGUGGCAUUGCUACUUGCAGCCUUUGGAGUUGGUCUGGGAGGUAUGAAAGAACAAACAGAAUAGACAGCUAUAUAGUGUAGUAUGUCUAGUAAUGCACGUUGGGUGAGUAGCUAAAUUUACAGUCACUUCUAAUGGUUUCCAGUGAAUACCGUGAAAUGGUUUAAUCCCCACUCUUGGAUAUAUUGAUGGCUGAGUUCCUCAUUGGGUGAUAGCUGGAUAAGAACAGAAAUAGAAUAUAUAGUGAUAAUUAGAACAUAAAUAAAAUAUACAGUGCUAUAACCCCAGGACGCUUCUCCCUUCUUUACAUUUGUACAUCCUAUUUUUGACUGAAGAAGAAAGACUCCGGUUUGGGUUGCUUUAGCUUCCUUCAUCAUGUCACUGACACACCUCAAGCAUUAGAAACCUACCAUUUUUAUAUAGAUUUAUAUAGUGCAAUGCUGUAAUAUAAAGGGGCGUUUAACAAUAAACGAGGCACAUUAUUACCGCUAAUGAUGAGUGAGAAAAAUAAACCUGGCAGCAGCAUUUAUUAUGGCCUGUAGACGCUGUAUUGUUUCUCAAGAGAUCAAAUAGGAGGGGAUUAAUAAAUGCAAGAAAUUACAAGAGCAUGUACAAUCUCAUAAACCCUUUUUGGGUAAGAACGGGCAGUUGCGGGCAAUGUAUUUAAAGGAACAUUCCGGUCACCAUAACAACUUAAUCCAAAUUCAUUGCCGGUUCAACCCCAAAGGCUGUCUCAAGUGGUGGUCUCCAAGCCUCCCAGGCAACAUCCAGCUUCAGGAACGGAACUACAGGAAGCCGCCAGUAAGGCUGCAGCUGAUUGGCUACAGUGGUCAGCUGACACUCUAAGCCAAUCAGUAGCUCCCUAUUUAUAAAUAAAGGUACGUACUGAUGCGAAAAGAGUGAAUAAGUUUGCCAAGAGAGUCAGUGUAAAUGUAAAACAGAAGGGGUCAGAGCUCUGGGGGACUCCAACUGAAAUAACACCUCCUGUGUUACCAGAAAAGGUGACACUGAGGGUCCUUUUGGAGAAAAUUAUGAAAGGAUAGUGUUGAGAAGGCCUAGGUUGUGCAGAGUUUGAAGAAGUAAAGUAUGAUAAACCGUAUAAAAGGUGACAGAGAGCUCUAGAAUAAUUUUUAUGGAGUAGUGGCCAUCUGAUUUAGCCAUGAUCUUUAAUUACUUUAUUUAGAGCAGUCACAGUAUAUAUUUUUUUUUUUUUCCAGUUUGGCUAUUUGGCAAUAAAAAGCAACAUUGUGCAAGCUGUUUUUAUCCAUGGAAAAACUUACUAGGCUGUAAUAUUCACUCAGUUUAGUGGAAACCAUGAACAAUGUAGCAUCUCUACUACUGGACUUAAAGGGUCACUAUAGUGUCAGGAAAACAAAGUGGUUUUCCUGACACUAUAGUGCCCUGAGGGUGACCCCACCCUCAGGGUCCCCCUCCCGUGGUGCUCCCCCGUCCGACGUCACCGGAGCCGAAUGCACAUCUACGGCAAGUGCCGCGUGCGCAUUCAAAGUGUUAAGAGAUGCUUUCCUAUGGAUGCUCUGCACGAUGGAGGCUAAAUUCGACUCCCUCAUCGCAGAUGCGCCUCUAGUGGCUGUCCGGAAGACAGCCACUAGAGGCUGGAUUAACCCCAAAUGUAAACAUAGCAGUUUCUCUGAAACUGUUAUGUUUACAUGUGAAGGGUUAAAACCUGAGGGACCUGGCACCCAGACCACUUCAUUGAGCUGAAGUGUCUGGGUGACUAUAGUGUCCCUUUAACACUCUUCACCACUAUAAAUAGUAAUACACCGUAACAAAAAAAGUCCAAUGUUUCACAAGGUGCUGUUUUGUUUAAAAACAAUAAUUUAUUUCAAUUUGUUUAAAAGCAUUCUUAAAACAAAAAAACAGACUUUUGCAAAAGAGACUCACAUUAGCUCUAUGAAAGGUCCAUUAGGAAGAAAAUAAAGUGCUUCAUGUGAACGUACUAGUUCAUUAUCAAAAGAUCACACGAAACACGUUGAUUUUCUCCCUGGAAGAAAUUUCAUGGAGCUAAUGUGAGUCUUUUCUGCCAAAGCCUGUUGUUUGUCUUGAAUAAUGUUUUUAAACAGCGCAAAAUGAAUGUUUCCUUUUAAACCCUUAAGGGCCAAACAUCUGGAAUAAAAGGGAAUCAUGACAGGUCACACAUGCCAUGUGUCCUUAAGGGGUUAAAGGACAACUCCACACCCAUAAAGUAUUUCAGCUCUACUUAGAUCUCAGACCAGCUCCUUCACAGACAACAGACAUGCGCAUGCACUAUCUGGCAUGCGCACCCAGAUUCAGAUGCUUCUCAAUGAGAAGCCUCUGAUUGGGUCUUUCCUAAAGAAGAGACUGUUAGUCUCUUCUAGUGCAAAAUGGAAAUGGCUUGCAAAGGCUGCAGCUUUUGCAAGCUCUUUUAAGAUAUACCCCUAAUAAAUGCAUGCAUGAAAAAAAAAUGUAUUCAUUGAGGGCAUAUUUGCUUAAUAGUGAGUUUUAUUUUAAAAUAACAAAAUAGUUUGGAGUGGUCCUUUAAAGAAAACAGCCUCUUGUGAAGUGUACACUUUAUUGUUACUGUGUAAUAGUGUUAAUAACUCUGACAGCGAUUUUCUCACAAAAACAUGGUCAGCUAAUAUUUCUUUGGGUUUGAUGUCUCAAGGUGCAUUCAGUUCCCAGACACCAACAUUUCACCAGUGAGGUGCAAUGUUUUAACCGAAAUUUGGGUUUUUGAAAAACCCUUUUAUUAAAGUCAUAACUUUGGUGCUCCACACUUGUGCAAUAAAACUGUUACAGUAGGUCUGUAAUUUUUAUUUUUGCUGGCCUACAAAGAAUAGGCAAAUGAUCAAAACUUGGAGCUUUAAAGAGCUAUCCAAAAGUAAGCUUGUUCUAUUUUUUUUUUUCUCAUGUUGGUUAUAUUAAAGGUAACACUAUAGUGUUAGGAAUACAAACAUUUUCCUAAUGCUAGAGCAGGAAUGCUCAAAAGGUAGAUCCCAGAUGUUGUAGAACUACAACUUCAAUGAUGCUUUGCAUGCUUUUAGAAUGCCAAAGCAUCAUGUAAGCUGUAGUUCUAAAGCAUCUGGGGAUCUACCUUUUGGGCACCUCUGCGCCACAGUGUUUGCCUACCUAUUUAGGUUUACGCCCCCCAAAUAUUAGAAAAUAAAGGAUUAUUAAAAAAAUAAAUAAGAAUUCUGAUGAUGUCAGGCAAGGAGGUGGUUGUGUGGGCAGGGCCGGCGCUGCCACAUGGAAAUAAGGUAAGAUUUUUUAUUUUAUUUUUAAAGAGUGGGGGUCGGGGACGGGGGACAUGCCACCUAAAUUGUGUUAUUAACACUAUAGGGUCAGGAAUACAUGUUUAAGAUUCUGACGAUAUAGUGUUCCUUUUAAUGAAUUCGUUUUUGUGUAUAGACCAUUCCUCUGAAGUUGCUCUGCUCAAUUCCCUGCCAUUUAGGAGUGUACAUUUGGAUAUGCAUCUUAUACUAGCCUGGGAUACACUGUAAAUAAUGGGAAUCCUAUGACUUUUGUGAAGCAUGAUUGUUUUUGCAAAGGAUGCUUAUGGUGAUCCAUUUUGUCAGUCUAAUAAAUGAAACAAUCAUCCUAUAAAAUUUACACCAUACAGAUUUCUUUAAAUAUAUUUAAGCUGCAUUUAAUGCUUUUAUAGUCUAGUCAUAAAUAUUAAUGUAGUUUUUUGUUUUUUUUCUCCUGUUAAGGUGAUUUGAAGAAGAGACAGAGUGAGCCAUGACCGACUCAAAGUAUUUCACCACCAACAAGAAAGGUAAAUUUUUAGUUAAAGGUCUGGGUCGAGUGUCCCUGUCCCCCUUUGUUGAGAAACUGCAAUGUUACAUUGCAGUACUAAGACUGCCUCUAGUUUCUCUAUACCAGACAGCCACUAGAGGAGCUUCCUAUAGUUUUACAGAGUUUGACACGAUGCUGGAUGUCGUCACAAUCUUCAUGAAGACGUCCAGCGUCCGAAAAAACCCCAUAGGAAAGCAAUGAGAUAAUGCUUCCCUAUGAGGAAUGCCUAAUGUGCACGCUGCGCUUGCCACACCUUUGCAUUAGGUCCCCCUCAUCGGAUGACAUCUGAAGAGGUGGAGUGUGACCGAGGGACAUAAGCUCUGGAAUCAGGUAAGUGAUUAAAGAGUUUUUUAACUCUUUAUGUGCCGGGGGGAGGGGGACCAGAGAGAUCUAUAAGUGUUAGGAAAACAACUUUGUAUUCCUAACAGUAUAGUUUUUCUUUAACCCCUUAAGGAUACAUGACAUGUCAUGAUUCCCUUUUAUUCCAGAAGUUUGGUCCUUAAGGGGUUAAAGCAGAGUCAACACUCAUAAUUAGCUUAAAUUAUUUAUAUUUGACCACUUUAAAAGACAACUGUGAUGCCCAAAACUACUUAUGCGCUUUGUAAAAAGCAUAUAAUUCUAUCUAUACAUUGUGCUAGUAGCUUGUUAGCAAAAAUAUAGAUUGGGAGAAAGGAAAAAAAAAAAACUAUUUAAAAACUGGUUUUGCUUCUACCUGUCGAUCAAUUCUUCUUCAUAGAGUCGAUUCCAAAGACUUAAUUGAUAAAGGAGAGCAGAAGAUACUACCCACAGGUAGUCUUUUUGCUUGCUACCCAUUGCAACCACAGCGCAUGCACUGUAGUUGCUAUGGUAACUCUCUGGCCAGCACUGCUAGGAGUAUACCAAUGGAGUGACUGACGCUACUCCGUUCAGAUGCCAGCAUGCUGGCAAUGAAGCCAGAAUGUCGGUGUUAUGGAAGAGGUUUGCCCUGUUUGGGUAAGUGUUUGAAAGCAGGGCAAAUCAGUGAUUUUAGCAGUGUAGGGUCACAUAAGUCAGUACAGUACAUCCAAGCAAGACAUAAUGUGCUUGUUAGUGUCUGAUGGUUAACCAAGUCAGACCUCUCUGUGGUUGUUUCCGAAAACCUGUUAUGAACGGUUUACCCUGUUGAAGGGUUCUCUUUAUUUAUUUUUAUUUUUUUAAAAAAUUCAAAGUGAAUUUGAAAUUUAAGGUCAAAUUUAGAAAUUUACUUUAUGUACAUUUUGAGUUCCUGAGUAUUCUUAUUUUAAUGAGUAACCCUGUGUAUAUCUUCAGCAUGAAGCUAUGCCAGUAUCUGUGCAGAUAAUUGACAAGUGGAUUGAGGGUCUUUAGAUUUCAUUAAAAAUAUUUACAUUUCCUAGUUGAAAGAAUGGGUAAUUUUCUUCUGGAAUGACAUUCUCAAAGAACAGAUUUCUAUUGGGAUAUGAUGUAUAGACACAAAGGUCAGAUUCUACUGUACCAGUCACACCUAGAGGAAGAACAAGCAAGCAGGGUUUUGAUGACAAACCUAGACUUUAACUAUAACUAAUCAACCUUUUGAGAAUCCUCGGGACAGACUUCUGUCUGACUAAUCGACCAAACACAGAAGAUUUUCUACCUAAUUUAAGUUGUUAAUUGCAGUUAAAUAGUAGCCGAAACUGGCAUAAAUUGUAGACCAUUUUUUUUUUUAACUAAUAAACACCAAAGAUUACACAAAAAAGUACUUAAUGUAAAAUAAAAAAAUUAUUAGUUAAAAUACGUACUUUGAGUAUAUGUGCACUUUACAAUAUAUAUAUAUAUAUAUAUAUAUAUAUAUAUAUAUAUAUAUAUAUAUAGAGAGUGAGAGUAAGUAAAGUGCACAUAUACUCAAUAAAGUAUGUAUUUUAACUAAUAAUUUUUUUAUUUUACAUUAAGUACUUUUUUUGUUGGUAUAUCAUUCUUUUAACUGUGUGUAAUUUAUAUAACUAGUUUACAGAGCACACCAGAAUUAUUUAGAAAAUAUAAAGCAAUGUAAUCAAGUAAGUGUGCGUGUCUGUAGAGUAAUAUUAUUGUUUCUGUUUCCAGGAGAGAUCUUUGAGUUGAAGGCAGAGUUGAACAAUGAAAAGAAGGAAAAACGCAAGGAGGCUGUGAAAAAGGUUAUCGCAGCCAUGACCGUGGGCAAAGAUGUCAGGUAUCUGUGUUUCAUGACUAUUCUUUAUAAUCUAAUCUGUAAUAUAAUGAUCCUCAGAAAUGCUUAAGCUAGUGUUUAUUCAUCCUUCCAAAAGGUCAGUCUAAGCACAACAUUUCAUUAUUCCCUGCACACAUAUUCCGCUAUGAGAGCGGCUUGUAACUGCAAUUAUUUGUAAAAAUCUAUAGCUAUAACAUAACCCCUCAAAACACAGACACUACAAAGUGUCUGUUUGUUUUGUCCAACAUGUGUGUGCAGUGUCCAGAUAUGGUUUUAUGGGAUAAUAUGAGAACCUGUAGACCAACAUGCAAGGCUUCUGAUUAGCGGUGCCUCUUCCUGGUGCCUCUUCCUAUGCCAAGAGCCAACCAGACAUGGCUAUUCUGCCUGAAGUGGUAGCUAGUUUCUCUAAGCUAUGCUUCUUCAGGGUCUUUAAAAAUCUUAUUGUAACUACUUAUACAGUAAUAUUCUAGCAAUCAUUUUAUUUUUCCUGUGAUCAUUUUUUUUGAAAUCAUUACUCAAGUUAUUAAAGGGAUUCUAUAGUGCCAGUAAAACAAAGCAGUUUUCCUGGCACUGUAGGCUUCUGGAGUGCCCCCCUCCCUCGCGCCCACUCUCCCGUAGCACUUCAGCCACUUACUUUAAUUUAGCUCCGAUGUUCCUUGGUGCUGGGUCAGGCUCCGUCCAUGCUCGCAUUAUAAUUUUCCCAUAGGAAAGCAUUACUUAAUGCUUUCCUAUGAAGAAAAAUCUGACGCUGGAGGUCCUCAUGCAGUGUGUGAGAACGUCCAGCGUCAGAUAACGGACCAAUUAUCCGUUUCAGUUCCGGAACUCAGAGGUAAUUAUUGCAGUUUCUCAGAAAAUGCAGUUCUUUACCACCUUAGGGUUAGGUAACAUGGGAAAUUGCACCCAGAGCACUUCGAUGAGGUGAAGUGGUCUGGGUGCCUACAGUGUUCCUUUAACAGCAUUAUCAACAAUGUUGCAUUUUAUAUAUAGUUGGAAUGUGAUUUAAAUAUACAAACGUUUAUGCACACACACAAUUAAACAUUAUGAAGAUUUCCCCAGGUGCGCAUUUGUGCUACAAGUCUUGUGGCUGAUAAUGAGUAAGUAUGGGUGCCAGACAGAUGCCCCAUUGAGCUCAUUGGAUGACUGACAGCAGCAAAAUUAAUGUGUGCCUUGCCGAGUUCAUAUUACUGGGAAGGCAGUGAUUACCUGGGAGGAAGCUCUGCUGCUUUAUGAAGUAACUGCCCAGUAUGUAAAAGUUGGUGGGAAGCAAAAGCAUAUAGACUUUUCACAUGUAGUUUGUGCCAUGUGACCCCUGAUCUUCCAUUUACAAUUUUUAUUUGUGUCAGGUCACAAAGCUUAGCAAGGACGUUGCUGUGCUUUUUCAUAUCAAGGGUGGGGUUUUUGUUUAUGUGUGCUUGUGAAUAUAAUACAUAUAUAUUCCAUCACUGAAAGAAAUUGUAUUUCUUUAUUGAGAUACGGUCUGAAAUGACUUACUGUAUUAACAGCUAUCUGUCAUUUUACACUACUACUCAGCCAAUCUACGGUGGCAUUCUUAAAGGCAGCUGUCAGCAACAUGGGCACUCAUUUUUACAUGAUAUUGAUUUAGGGGUCCUAGUUGGGAUCCUCACUAUUGAUUACGAAUAUGACUGGCUGCCAGUGACUUAAGGAGCCUUCAUAUAUCAUUUUGAAACCUGAAGGCUGCCUCCAUGUAUAGUGCUUAAUGCAGUGUUAUUUCCAAUUGUUUAUGUUGGAGAAGACAAUGUUAAAAGGUGUAGUAACUACUUUAAUUUGUCAAAUUCACUGUUGAUAGUGAGAUUAAAAUUUAGCUAUUGGUACUUCCACGACGUGGAUAAGAAUUUCCAUCAACUAAAGCCUGGCUUCCUUUUCACCUAUGUGGUUUAUUAUGUCUUGCAGCUCCCUGUUUCCAGAUGUGGUGAACUGCAUGCAAACAGACAACUUGGAACUGAAGAAGCUUGUAUACCUGUACCUGAUGAACUAUGCCAAGAGCCAACCAGACAUGGCUAUUAUGGCUGUGAAUAGCUUUGUGAAGGUAGUUUUACAUUUACUUCUUGUAGGGUUUCUGCUCUUCUUGUAUGAGGGUUGAGUUCUUUUUGUCCAGGUCCUUAAGUAUCACUUUGGUGUUUUUGUUUUUUUCCACACUGGUACUUUGGGUGUUUUGUCUAUUGAGAUCUUAUUAAAUGUUUUCAUUUCUCUAUUGUAGACAUUUUGGGGUUGUUAAAUUACAAUUGAUUGUUUUCUAUAUAUUUUAUUUAAUUUUUUUUGUUAGUAAUAACCCAACAUCUUAUUAUUCAGGAUUGUGAGGACCCCAACCCUCUAAUUCGUGCCCUAGCUGUGCGCACCAUGGGCUGUAUCCGUGUAGAUAAAAUUACGGAAUACCUCUGUGAACCACUUCGAAAGUGCUUAAAAGACGAGGACCCAUAUGUGCGCAAGACCGCUGCUGUAUGCGUAGCCAAACUCCAUGACAUCAAUGCGCAGAUGGUGGAAGAUCAGGGUUUCCUUGACUCACUGCGAGAUUUGAUUGCAGACUCCAACCCAAUGGUGAGACCCAGUAACUGUUAUAACGUUUAGAAUUAAAGAUUUUACUGCCCUUGUAUAAUGUGAUUUUUAUGCACGUAAUAUUUAUUUUGGAACCAAGCACAAUUCCUUAAAGUUGAAAAGAACAGAUUUUGGAAUAGAAGUUAUUGACUAUUUUAUUGUGUUAUACUUGUACAGUUUUUCACAUCAUCAAACUACUCAUGUGCAUCACUAAUCUACUGCCAAUGAACCCAGCUUCCUUUUGGAUAGCGUAGCAUCACGACAUUAUGAAAUACCAAGCUAAGGAUUGUUUUAUUGAAAUUUUAAUGAUUGUAGAAUUUUAUCUCUGAGUAAAAAAAAAAAAAAACCCUUUAAAUUACAAAAUUUUUAGUAAGAACUGGCUUGUCAAAAACAGAAUAAUUUUAGGGCAUUUAUAAUGUAACGUUUUCUUUUUUCCUUGGUAAUGUAGUGGUACUCUGUCAUUUUUUGGGGGGGGCACUUUUAAAAAUUGAAAUGGUCAGUUCUGAGAUUGUUGCACUUUUUUCCCCAAGAUUCUCUCCAAAGUGACUUGUUGAAAAGGGAAUAUCUCAGUGUAUCUAUCUGCUAGGAGCAAUCAUCACCACUGUAGUGGACCUAAGUACAAAAUAGAUCUAUGGAGACUUUGUGAUAUUCCAUAAAUAAUACUAUGUAGUCAGAUAACACAGACAUUUAUUGAGCAUCACACAAGAUAUGCAUUUUCCUGUUCGUUCUAACAAGUAAGAAUGUGGAUAGAAAGCUCUACAUUGUCACAUUGUGCCAAAAAUCAAUCCUGUAUGUGGCAACAUUAUCCAUACAUUGUUUUACAUAUUUCUUAAUUCUGUGUUGAAAUUUCAUCUGUCAUAAAAAAAAAAAAUCUUUAUUUGUACACGACUAAUAUUAAAAUAAUAAUUUAUUUAAAAAAAAAAAAAACCUUAUCUUUGUAUAAGAAAAACACAAAUGAAAGCACAACCUUAAUCUGUCCCUAUUUAAGAGUGACAGUCAAAAUUUGGGCUAAAAUCUCUCUAUCCCUCUUUUUAUAUCCUAAUGCCCCUCUUUUCUAGGAGCUCCAUAUUGUUCAUGUGUCUGAGUGUAUAACAGAGCUCCUCAGCAAUAAUACUCAUAGUAAUAUGUGUUUAGAACUCAGUCUGUGUAAAUAAGAUACAUUGUCCUUGUCCUAAAUUACAUUUUAAUUGCAAAAAUUAUUAGUAAGUCACCAAAGAUUUCUCAGAGCAGUCCCACCCCUGGCAACAACCCUCCUACAGGCAGUUCUGUUGCUGUCUGUCACACAACUAUAGCACAUGAAAUUGCUGUGAUUAUUCCUCUAUAAAGCAUGUCUCCUCUGACGUACAGUUGUGCUCAAACGUAUGCAUACCCUGGAUGAAUUUGUUAAAUUUUGGCAUUGAUUUUGAAAAUAUGACUGAUCAUGCCUUUUAUUGAAGCAUAGUGAUCAUGUGAAACCAUUUAUUAUCACAUAGUUGUUUGGCUUCUUUCUAAAGCAUGAUGAUAACAGAAAUCACCCAAAUGCCCUGAUCAAAAUUUUACAUACCCUUGAAUGUUUGACCUUGUUACAGACUCACAAGGUGACAAACUCAGGUUUAAAAAGCAAUUAGAGGUUAAUUUACCACACCCGUGGCUUUUUAUAUUGUACUUAGUGUCUGUGUAUAAAUAGUCAAUGAGUUUGUUAGCUCUCAUGUGGAUACACUGAGCAGGCUAGAGCCAUGGGGGGCAGAAAAUAACUGUCAAAAGACUGUGUAACAAGGUAAUGGAACUUUUUAAAGAUGGAAAAGGAUAUAAAAAGAUAUCCAAAGCCCUGAAAAUGCUUGUCAGUACUGUUCAAUCACUUAUUAAGAAGUGGAAAAAUCAGAGAUCUCUUUCCCAUAGGGAAAGCAUUGGAUUGGCUAAAAUCGGCACAAGGGCGGGCCAAGUGCCGUUUUGGCAAAUCAGGACCUCCUCAUAGAGAUGCAUCGACGCACUGCAUCUCUGUCAGGAAAAUUCAGCAUCUCCAUGCAGAGCUUGGGGACGCUGAACAGCAGGGCUGCUUACUGUGCAGCCCUGAGCCUGGAAGCCCCUCCAGUGACCAUCUAAGGAGUGGCCACUUGAAGGUGUCCCUAGGGGCAAUGUAAAACACUGCCUUUUCUGUGAAAAGGCAGUGUUUACAUGAAAAUGCCUGAAGGGAGCUAUUUUGCUCACUAGAACAACUACAUUAAGCUGUAGUUGGUCUGGUGACUAUCGUGUCCCUCUCACACGUGCAGUUCAUGCAAGACAACCAAAAACAUAGCAUGACCUGGAGGCAUUUUGCCAAGACGAAUGGGCAGCUAUACCACCUGCAAGAAUUAGGGGCCUCAUAGACCAUUACAAAAGACUGCACGCUGUCAUUGAUGCUAAAUACACAGUAUUAAGAACUAACGGUAUGCAGACUUUUGAACGGGUCAUUUCAUUUUUUUAUUUUUUAUUUUUUGUUGCUAUGUUUUGUUUUAUGAUUGUGCCAUUCUGUUAUGACCUACAGUUGAAUAAGGAAUGUGUUUUGCCUGCUCACUCAUGUUUUCUUUGAAAAUGGUACAUAUAUUACCAAUUCUCCAAGGGUAUGCAAACUUUUGAGCACAACCAUAGAUGCUUAUGCAGUUGUCAUGGCUUUACGAAAUAUUAUAAGUAAAAGUGAACCUGCAGAGCGUGGUUGUUUGUUUCCUUUUUUAAGAGUGCCGACCACUCCUUCCAGCCAACAUCAGGGAAUGUAUCAGUGCAGCAAUGCUGUGAUGCAGCCGAAGGAAAUCCUUGUACGACUGUAGGGUGGCUUGCCUCUUUCUUCUCCACACCGGCCAUGGAGCGCUCUUAUACAACUGGCCCUACAGACCCCAUUGUACAUUCAUUCACAAAACUGCCUGCAUACCGCCAUUGAGUCGGAUUGUGACUGAAUGUGUGCUUUCAUAACAUUAUUAUUAUUAUUAUUAUUAUGAUAUUUAUAAAGCCCCGUCAAAUUCCGCAGCGCUUUACAAUGGGUGGACGAACAGACAUGUAGUUGUAACCAGACAAGUUGGACACACAGGAACAGGUGGGUUGAGGGCACUGCUCAAUGAGUUUACAAUCUAGAGGGAGUGGGGUAAAAUGACACAAAAAGGUAAGGAUAGUAUUAGACUAAUGACAGUUGCAGAAGAGGAAUCAGUCAGGAGCUAUUAACAGUUUAACUGAUACGCUUUUAUGAAGAAGUGGGUUUUUAACGAUUUUUUUGAAGGAAUAGAGACUGGGUGAGCAUCUAACGGAGGAGGGAAGCAAGUUCCACAGGAACAGUGCAGCCCUCGAGAAAUCUUGAAGGCGAGCAUCAGAGGUGGGAGUACGGACAGAAGAUAGACGUAAGUCUUCAGCAGAUCGUAAGGGCCUAGAUGGGACAUACUUGUGUAUAAGGGAGGAUAGAUAGGUGGGAGCAGCAUUAUGUAGCGAUUUGAAAGCAAGAACCAGAAUUUUAAAUUGAGCACUAUAUUUUAUAGGAAGCCAGUGUAGGGACUGACAGAAGGGUGAGGCAUGGGAGGUGCAGGCGGACAGGAAGAUGAGCCUCGCCACCGCAUUCAUUAUGGACUGUAACGGCGCAAGUUGGGAGCACGUAAGACCACUGAGAAGCGAAUUACAGUAGUCAAGGCGAGAAAGGACAGUGGAAUGGACCAACACCUUAGUCGCAUCUGGCGUUAAGUAGGGGCGGAUGUGCGCAAUGUUUUUUAGAUGGAAAUGACAGGAUUUGGUGAUAGAUUAAAUAUGAGGCUUGAAGGAGAGGUCGGAGUCAAAGAGAACACCUAGGCAGCGAGCCUGCAUGGUGGAGCUGAUGGUAGCACCGUUGACUUGGAGGGAGACAGACACAGGAGUAACAACACUUGAGGGAGGAAACAUGUGAGUGUUGUACUUCAUUGCUUCCCACUGCUGCAGAUGCUUUGAUAAAUCAUGUUAGUAAUUUUGGCGAGUGCCUGUUGAUGGUGUAAUGCUGCUAAACUGCUAAGUGAGAUUUAGCACAUUUAGCCCUGCAAGGUUUCUGUUGCUUUACAUGUAAGUUGUUGCUUAGCAACCCCACAGUCCCAUCUCUAGCAUGCUGGAUGUGAUGUGAUGAUCUAGAACCAGGGCUGUAUUUAUUGGUUGAUAGGUAACGUGACCUGUUUUCCCAAGUUCAUCUUAGAGUGUUAACUGAACAGAUUUUUUUUAUCCUGGUAAAGAAGGCAAGAUUGACUCAUCAAACCAAAAGAUUAAAUAUGUUCUUUUUUCAGUUUAAUUAACAAAGAAGAUCUGUUUUUGAGACCCAACCUAAAAAUAUUAGUAUUCUAGCAAAAGAUCGGACAACUGCUCAGUAAUCUGUCUUCCAAGUGAACAAGUAGUAUUAUUUACUCUUUGGUUUUUCCAUAUCAUUAUACCGGAUCCAUAUGUAAGCAUUGGGGAGUGGAAAAGUAGGACACAUUUACAUGGGCACACUCUGUAUUAGUUGAGUGAGUGAGUGUGCAGGUAUGUGUGUUCACACACAUGUACCCCCCACCAGCUUGAUAUUUAAACCUAGAUCAACGCCUCUUUUUGCAUCUGUGUGGUCUAGAGUGACGAACUGAGCUGAUAUUUUUCCUCCUUAGCAGGCCCUCCCCUAUUUCCUCUUUGAGAAUCAGAGAAGUCUGGCACAAGCUAGCCCAGGAAGCUGAAGUGCUUUAUCUAUAUGGAAUGUUCUUUUAAACGUUUAGUGCACUGGCAACAUUUUACCAUCAAAAACAAGUUAAUUUUCAGUAACUUUUACCUAGCCAUGUUUUAAAUAGAUAUUUUUUUUUUGUCUGUAAUGAAGCCACAAGAGGGCAACAUCCCACUGAUGUAAUAUUUAAAGGAACACUCUGAGAACUGACAUAUCUUGAUACAUUUGUUGAGUUUUGACCUCAUAUUAAUGCAGUGUUUUACUCCCUUGCAAAUCUCUUUAGUUUUGCUUAAAGGGACACUGUAGGCACUAUAACUGUUUAAUUUUUAUACAAUUUGGUUAUAGUGCCUGGAGUCCCCUGGCAUUCUUUCUCCAUUCAAGAUUAAACCAUUUUCGAGCACUUUAACACUAAAUAACAUCCACAGCCCUCCCCACUGGAGAUAUGGCUAAGGUAGAGAUUACAUACUUCCUUCUAGCUAUACCAAUUCAUCCCAGCAAUGGGUGCUGUGAUGGGCUGAAAGUGGUCAGCUGAUAUUCUCAGCCAAUCACAGCCAUCAUAUUCUGCAUAAGCUAAUGCUUCCUUUAACUUAGGCAGCACAGAGGUGAUGGUCUGGUGGAGAUUCUUGUUAGCAUUAAAACAUUCGAAAUGAAUGAAGAACUGCGUCACAGAACUCCAGAUAGUAUAAUCAAUUCAGUGAGAUGAAGCAGUAACCGUGCCUACUGUGUCCCUUUUAACCCCUUAAUGACGAGUGACGGACGAGGUCCGUCACUCAGGGGAAACCCUUAACGACGAGUGAUGGACCUUGUCCGUAACGCGGUAAAAUUAACCCCAGAUCGCCGCGAUAAUGGUGCUCCGGUCUGGCUCUGUAUUAGAGGCAGACCGGGAGCAUCCGAUCUCGCUGCCCCAGCACCGGUGCUCGCUCUGACAGCCUGUCAGAGCGAGCACAUGUUCUCAGUAUACUCACCUUCCGCCUCCCUGCACUUCCGGGUUCACUGUGCAGGGAGAAGGAUCAUCACUGAUCUUGUCACUGUUAGAAAACAAAAUUUAAUUUAAAAUCCCACCCCCCUUUACCCAUUUUAAUAAAAAAAAAAAUUAACCCCCUCCCCAGCCAAUUGAUCACUGACUACAGUGAUCAGUUGGCAGGGAUUACAUUUUACUGUGAUCUGAUUUUAAUUUUUUUUUAACCCCUGAGGAUUUUUUUUUUGUUUUUUAACCCUCAGGGGUUAAAUUUAUUUUAUUAAUUUUAAGUAUUUUAAAAUUAUAAAUUUAGCUAGCUGGGGUGGGUGGAAGUUAGUGGAGAAUUGGGGGGUUUGGUGUUAGGCUAACUAGGGGUUAACGUUAAAAAAAAGUUUUAAAAUAAGCUUUAAAAAGUUCAAAAUUAAGUUAAAAAAAGUUUUAAUAAAGUUUAAGUGAAAAAAAAAAACCCUUUCGCCAGUCCACAUAAAAAUUAACCCCUUCCCUGCCAGUCUGUCACUGCCUACAGUGAUCAAAAUACAGAUCACAGUAUUAUACUGUGAUCUAAUUUUUUUUAACCCCUAACGAUUAACUUUUAUUUAUUUUUUAACCCUCAGGGGUUCAAUUUAUUUAAUUAACUAAUUUUAAAUAUUUUAUAAUUAUAGAUUUUGCUAGCUGGGGUGGGUAGGAGUUAUGGGAAAAUGGGGAAUUUACUGUUAGUGCUGCUUACUGCUAGUUAGGGGUUAACGGUAAAAAAAAAAAGCUUAGAAAAAUGUUAAAUCUGUAAAAAAAAAAGUUUGAAGAAAGUUUAGGAAAGCUUAAAAAAUUUUUAUAAGCAAAACAAAAGUUUAAAAACUAGUUUUAAAAAGUUAAAAAAGUUUUAAAAAGUCAAAAAAUACAUUUUACAAACGCUCAUUACCACUACACCUGGAACAAACUAGAGAAAAAAAUUAUCCCACGCCAAGGUUCAAAAUAUGCCUUUUGAAUUACCCCAUGGUGUAUUCUUUACUAAAUAGUAUGUGUUUGUGGGGAAGUUUCAAUAACCAACCACCUAAACUACUCCAAAUUGGAACAUGGACACAGCGUAAAACUUCAAAGUUAGAAAAAAAAUGAAUGGCUGCGUCUCAAAUGUGCCCCUUCAACACCCACAUAUACCUGGUAAAGGUACAUACGGGGGUAUUGCUGUACUCAGCCGACAUAGCUGAGCAACAUAUGAAGUAUUAUACAGUGGUAGCACACAUAAGGUUUGCAAAAUAUACUGUGAAAACUCACAUUGUGUGUCAAAAAGGCAGAAAACCUACACCUGGUACAAGCUAGCGGAAAAAUGAUCCCACGCUAAGGUUCAAAAUAUACCUUUUGAAAUACCCUGGGGUGUCUACUUUAAGAAAUGGUAGGCCUUUGUGGGGUAGUUUGAAUUUAAAAUCUGCGAAGAUGCUUGGAAAUUGCACAUAGGCCCAGCGUCAAAAUCCAAAGUUCGGUAAAAACUGAUAUGGCUUGGUCUCCUGGCACUGUAGCUUCACGAAAUAGUGCCAAAGACAUUCAUUGGGGGUGUCUUUUUACUCAGAAGACUUAGCUGAGCAUUAAUUGGGGGGUUUGAACUUAGUGGCACAUAUGAAAUAUACAAAAUGCCCAGCAAAAAUGCAAUCCGUAUGUAAAAAAAAAAAUGCACAAAAUUAUAUUUUACCACAUACUUUGGCAUAUAUUGGUGAAAAAAUGGGGGCAUGUUAAGGCACAAUAUGCACCUUAUGAGAUACCCUGGAGUGUCUACUUUUACAAAUGGUAGGCCUUUGUGGGUUUUUUUUGAACAGUCAAACUGUUAUAAUACCCCAAAUGGAAGCAUAGGCUCAUUAAAUCCAUCUCUCAAAAUUCUACUGUGAAUACUGAAAAGAACAUGUAUCCUGUAUGGCACUGUAACUUCACGAAAUAGUGCCAAAGACAUACAAUGGGGGUGUCAUGUUACUCAGCAGUUGUAACUGAACACAAAAUAAAACUUUGUACAGGAAUAGCACACACCAACUUUACAAAAUACACAUGAGAAUUUCUUUGUUAUAAGUUUGUGUGCCAAAAAACAAAAAAAAACACAAUUUUACUCCAAUAUUUAGCAGAGGUUGGCGGUGAAAUGGCUAUGUAGAAAGUGUCAAAACAACCUUAGGUAAAUAGCCCAUGAUGUCUUCUUUAUAUAGAUAUAUAUACUUUUGUGUGGCAAUUUUGUUUUCUUUUAUGGCUAUUAAGCUUACAAGACAAACAUACCAGAUUCUAAAAUUGCUCCACAUGAAAGGUUUUUACUCCUUGUGCUUUGUGACCUGUAACUACCAAAAAAACUUGAAAUCCCAGACACAUUAUAUAUUCUGUAAAUCAGAACAACUAUAUGAAUUUAUUUUUAAUUACUUUCCUUAACCUGUACUAAUUGUGCACACAUUAUUAGUGCAAAAACUGUAAAAAAAAAAAGUUACAUUUUUUUUCAUUUUUCUGUAUUUUUUUUUUUUAUAAUAAACAUUUAUCUAUAUAUAUAUAUGUUACAUCAAAUUAAAGCCCUUUCUGUCCUUUAAAAAACAGUAUAUAUGUGUCGGUGCAAUAAAUUAGUAAAAUGCAAAUUGCAGUUGAACAUAAACGGCAAAAAAUGCUGUUGUCAUUAAGUGAAAGACAAGCUUCUGAAGCUCUGUCCUUAAGGGGUUAAAAAAGACAAUGUUUUGAACCUUUAUGUAGCAUGAUACACCUCCCCUUUUGCAAAACAUAGUCUUGAUUGGAUGGUAAAUAGUAUAGCCCAGCCAAUGAGAAAUCAGUGUGAGUUAAACUGCUGACAUCAUUCUGUCCCAUAGCAUGUUAGUAACUGCUUGCGGAGGUAAUUUUUGUGAAGCAUCCAUGUGUCUGAGUGCAGGGCGGUAUAUUAUAUUUGUGUGUAGUGUAUGUGGUAAGUGUUAGUAUGUGAAUGUACUCUGCAAUCAAAUAUUCAUAUGUAGUGUAGGUGGUGUUUGGUUUUGCAUGUCACUGUGUGUGUUGAUGUGUUUGUGAGAUUGGUUAUGGAAUGCUAAUGUUGUGGAAUAUUUGUGCAACUGAGAAUUGUGACAUUUUACUUGAUGUAGCAUUUUGGGGAAUAGUGAGGUAAGCACACUCUACCCUUCAACCUAAUCCCUCAAACCCCCAACCUGCUAUUUUUAUUUCAAUAAUUUUUCACCUUCAUCUGCCCUCUUCUCACCAAGUCAUGCUAUUACAGUGCACUAGUCAUUCUACCAACUUCCCCUUCAUAUUCAAUAUAUAUGUGGGGAAAAACAAAACAUCUUAACAGCUAUUAAUAUUUAAAAGAAAAAAAUAUAUAUUUUAUACUCUAUCAUUUCCACAGGCAAGCGGUGGGGCUGCUAUAGGGAGGGUAGGGGAAGAUGGUGCUGGUAGCAUGAAGUCUAUAUCCCUGGCAGAUGCAGACCUUGUUAAUUGCUCCAUUGCUGUCCGGCACCCUCAAGUGAAUCGGAGCACGGCUUCUCAGGAUGCACUCUGACUUGCUGAAUGCCAGGACUGUGAGGGAGCUUUUACUGAGAUGGCACUGAUAGGAGGAGAAAUACACACAUAUUACAUACAGCCAGCACACACUGCAGGCGCACACAUUACAUACAGCCAAAACAUUUUACACGUACAUUACUGACAGUACACACCACACACACACACAUAAAUUAUAUACAGCCAGCACACACCAAAGAUUCAUGACACCAAGCCACACAACCACUCUUUGCACCUCACCGCCACACACCCACUCUAUGUGGGAAGACAGAGGGUGAGACACGAAACUCAUAAAUAAGAACUGAAUGUCAAAAUGGAGGCAAAUAUAGCAAAAAAAACUGACAAGUCUGGCAGGGUUUUUCACUGAAGUGAUAAUUCAAAGUGAAUUUCCAAUUUAAGGCCAAUGUAGCUGAACUGAAAGCAUAACUGACUUACAGAAUUGUUUCGGUUUGGCUUUUAUGAACGUAAAUUUAAAAUUCUAUUUUAAUUCACUAUGAAUUCUCGCCUUUGUGAAUAACCCUGUAAGAGUAUCUCAGGCAUGCACAAUCUGCUCCUAGAUUCCUGAAAUUACUUAUUUGAUGUCCAGAAGGGCAUUUGAGCUGGACAUUAUCAUAACAGUCCAAAAAUCAAUUACUUGAAAACUGAGAUUUUAACUUAAAGGGACACUAUAUAUAGUGACAUCUUAACCUUUUGCGAUCCAAUACAUUUUCACUAAGUUUUUCAGCAGGUCCUAUUUAAAAAAAAAACAAACUAAAAAACAAAUACUUUAAAUUUUAUUUAAAUAAAAAUAACAUUUGUUAUAACUACAAACCAAUAAAAAAAAAAAUACUAUUCUAAACUUUUUAAAUUUUGUUAGUCUUUAUAUUUUUUCAUUGUAUGAAACUUUUUAAAAAAUACACCUGGAUGUAAGCCAGGUUUUCUUGGGCAAGUUUCACAGAAAUAGUCCGUUUCUCGUCUUUGACCUUUGAUUUUUCUUUUGCUGCAUACUGCACAAUCUUUGGUGCUGUUCUUUUCAUUUUUCAUCAUGAAGUGGGGUUUACCAUUUAUCCUGUCAUCAGUGUAUUCUGUUGAUGGCUUUCCCCAUGUUCCUGAACUGGCAUUUUGAACUUGCCCAACGAGCUGCUCAAUCAAUGCCAUUCGAAAUGUUUUGUGUGUAAGUACCUUACAUUUUCUCUGCUUUCGGUCUAGAUUGUACAACAUAAAGCUUAUACUAAUGUGACUUCAGACAGCCAAAAGAACAUUUUCCUCCACCAUUUUAUCGAAAGGCAUAACUCCCGCAGUAGUGGACUGCUCUGACCACAUCACCCAUGUAUUUGGUGUCUUCAAAAAUAACUACUGGCUUUGAAAUGGUUACUAAUUUGCCUUUUCGUCACAUUUGUUGAAUUUCUUAUCACACAAAUGAAGGACAGUUCUACUGGUAAAUGGAAGGUCAGGGCGAACUAAACUUUCUGUAGUAGUUUUAUGGAAAUAUGGAAUAAAUGCUACUAAGUAACUUGUUUUGUCUGGUUUAACAAAACUCAUCCUAAAAAAAGACAGAACAUAUUUUAUGCCAAUACAACAAUUAAACCUCAGCUGCCAGGGCGAAGAACACAGAACUUCACCUCUAGGCUUUAAGGGGACUUCAAACCAUCAUUGUUUGCAUCUGCUGAAAACGUGAUUUGGUGCAUCUUCUCACACUAUGCACCCAGACUACAACACUGUGUCUCUUAUGAAAAUGUGUCCCCAACCCCAGCACUGUGUUUCUGCUGACAGUGUGUGCGCACCAGUCCCAGCACUGUGUGUGUCUGCUGAAAAUGUUAAUGGAAGCACCGUGUCUGUUGACAAAUGAUCCCAGGUUUCCAAGUAUAGUUCCAUUAUUGUCUUCUCCUGUAUCCUCAAAUUUCUGUGCUGGCAAUAGUCAUAAUUUCAUAUUUGAGUAUUUAUUGUAUUUAAAAAAAAAAAAAAAAGCCUGGCGAUCACUUGCUUGGGCUUUGUCAGCUACAUACUCAUGUUAAAAUCACUAAUUAUUCUAUUGUUUCUUCAAUUUUAAUUUAUGUUUUCCUGCUGUGUACAGUGUCUAUUUAAUGUACCCUGUAGCUGUAGGUUGCCUUCUAUUUCAGCAGCUUUAUUAGAGCACAGUAUCCUUUUGUUCCCCUUUGUUUGUGAGCUGCUGUGUUGCUGCAAUGAGAUGACUUUUUUUUUUAUUUGGUUAUUUAUUUCUGUAAAUGCACUGCACACUGCAAACUGCUUUCUACCCACAGAGCCUUCUUCAUGGCACAUUGUGAUAAUUUAUUUUAUCCUCAUUAAUUGAGGUUGGGGGAGGAAACUUGGUUUCCACAUUGUGAUUUUUAUUUCUGAUCUUAGACUCUUAAAGGAAAACAGCCCACAGUAGUGGUUAUGGUGCCAGUAGUGCCCUGAUGUCCUACUAGUGUUAGUAGUCAAACCACUUAAGAAUGAUUUGACAACUUACCAGAAGUCAGCCAGGCACCCACCUGUGCUCAUUGCCUGAUCGCACUCUGCAGGCACGUUCAGUCAAUGAGGCGACCCUGCAUAACCGUACUUAGCUCAGAGGAGACUAAUGGAAGCUCCCUGCACUUCUGUUUGAAGAGGAGGUAUGAACAGGUUACCAGCUGAACCCAAGUAUAUUGUCAAAUCAUUAGUAACAGACUGUAGUUGUUUUGUUGCUUUUUUAAAAAUUGUAUGACAACUUACCCAGUCCACUGGGCCGCCUGCAGGAGAAGGAUGACAAUCUGCAGCUAAGCCUGGCUAAUCCAGGACCGCACUCAUUUGCUAGUGAUUACGAUCCUGUAUGACCCUGCUUAGCAGAGCUAACUAGGAUAUCAUGAAUAAGCAAGGACUGCAGCUAUUGGCAUGUGGGAUCCUGGGAACUUUUCAAAUCAUUUGAAAAUGUGCUCUGGAAUGGCACAGGGGCACUCAUGGAAUCUUAGUUAGUACAAUUACCGUAGUAAUAGUAUUCGAGCACAUUAUGCAAAAACAAGCCGUAUAUAACCAAAUUAAUUAAAAAGGGGGGUUUUAUGCCAAAAACAUGACUUACGGUAUCUGCUUGGAAAAGUGUUUUUCAUAUAUUCGUCUAUUGUGAAGUAUUACUUGAAUAUGGGUAAGACAUUCUUACAAAGACCGCAAGUCAGCCAAUUGCACUUUCUACCUUGAAAUGAUUUGCAUAAAAAUUAGAUAUUGCCUCUAAUAAUUAAUAUGGGUGUCUCCAAACCCCAAAGAGCUAGUAGUAAUAAAAGACUUAAUGUAUAGCUGACCCCUCACCCUAUCUUUAUUUCCAGGGCAGUAAAAUGGGGGUCAGAUGUCCCCAAUACCUCAAUUGACAGAAAAUUAGGUGCCAGUACCUUGCUUCUCCCUACCCAGGGAUUUUUUAAGUUUUUGGUGGUCCCUGCGACUCUAAAUAAGGUGUGUUAAUCUGUGCAGAUGAAAGUUGCAUUAAAAAAAGAAAUUACCUUAAAAAAUAUUGUCAAAUAUUACAUUUUUUUUCCACUGUCAGCUAAUGUGCCUAAGAGUCCUCAUCUUGUGCCCGUAGACCAAGGAAAUCAUUAAAUAAAAUGCUAAAGAUUCUUUGUGCAACUAAAUAAAGCUGCCACGAAUAACAAUGAAAAAAUAGAUCUCUUCAGCUCGAUAAGUGGAAGUAAUGAGUUUCUUUGGACCAUAGGAAGUUUUCCCCUGCAUCAUCACCAAUAGGCAUUGAUGAGGUUGUGCAAAGUGAAAAGUAGUAAAGUGGUAAACAUUUUCACAGGACCUACAAAAGAAAAAAAAAUUGGGACAUUCUGCGCAAGCAAUGCGUAUGAAUGGGGAAGCUAUAUUAAAAUGUUGAAUUCUGAAAAGUGCUCCUGGUUCCACUGGCUUCCAUAGUAAUUGCCCUGCUUUGUGUAAUUUUUCAGAAUUCAACACUUUGAUAAAUUUCCCCAGUUAUUUUGCUUUUUCUAGAUAUGUUUGUGUUUUAUUCACCCGUGUUUAUUUAAACAGCCAUACUUCCAUAUUUGGUUAUAGAGUUAUAUUCUUAGUGUUAAAUUUCUUUAUUUUUAUUUAAGCUGUUCCUCCCUCUUUUUUUCAUUCCCAGCUCUUCCAAUAUUAUCAGUAUGCCCCAACCCACUCUUCCUUUUUUAAUGUUUUAAAAGGUUGGUAAGUGGAAGAUUCCUAUUAAUCAAAUGCGCAUUACACCUCAUUAGCUACAUUAUACACUCAGUUAAUUUCCCAAUUACCCUCUGACAGUAACAAAGCAGGCUAAGGUCCCAGUUUUUAUUCAUCCUGCCUUUUUAUUCAGUGCUCUCAUUUUUCUCUUUUUCCGUACACGGUACAGACAGUGUUGACUCUGGAAUGCCUCUGAUUGUUUCAUGUCAGUGAGAGUAAUCUAAUAAAGUUAUAACAUGUCUAAAAGUAAGAGACCUGCCAUGUUAUCAAAUAUAUUAAACCACAGUGAGGAGUGUGAUAACUGUAAUAUAAAUAAAAAAUCAUGAAUAAUAUUUAAAUAGAAUUAACUGACACAAUUAAUUUCAACUAAAUAAUUGUCAAUCUAUUUGUCAACUUAUUCCAUAUAAAUAUUGUUUAUGAUUUUUUAGUCACUGUAGCUGGUAUAUAUCAUUUUCAUACUGCUAUGGGUUUUUUUUUCCCUUUGGUUUUGGUGAAGGCUCUGAAAUGGUUUUUUUAGGGUGUUUUUCUCUCUCACUUUGGUUUUUAUUUAUUGCAUAUUUUGUUGGGUUAAUGCCACAUUACUUUAUCGUGGCCUUAAUAUGGAAGGGAACUCUAGUUUUGAUUGUAAUAUUCAGCCCCGGCUUACUUGCAUACUAUCAGAACUUCAGUGUAUGAUUAAUAUCCUGAGGUUUUCGGUACCAGUUAGUGACCAUAGCAUGCAAGGUCAUCAACCAACAUCAAGGCCAACAUUUUUGGUUAGUCACCUGGUAAUGUGUAUUAGAACAUAUCUCAUGGGAAAGGGGUUGCCAAUAAAAUAGUAUACUAAAUUACUAUGAAUAGGGAAUGUAUGGGUGUUAGCUUGCCAAACAUAUUUUCCUUCAAAUUAGCAUACAGUGGACCUAAAACUUCUGUUUUAUAGCAAUUCAGUGGGGCUUAGUAUGACUGCAUUUUAGCAUUCUAUACAAUGUCAUGAUAACCCAGCAAAAUUCAGUCCAUGUUCAACUAUUACUAAAAUGUUCACAUGAUUGAGGUCUUGUCUUUAACUAUUUCUGCUUUUAUGAAACCUCUGAUCUGUUAUGUUAAAUGUACCCCCUACACCCAGUAGAACUGCUGUAAAGUGCUGAUCUACAUACAUAUCCCAUAAAGUAGUUCUGGGAACAAUGGGAAGACUAGCAUCUGCUAAAAGAUAUCAUCUACUUUCCAACCUGGUCAGAGCUUAUUUCAAAAAGCUGCAGAACGAGGGGCUUUGAUAAAACCACAUGAACUGACGUAUCAUUUGUGUUUUUGCAAUAUUGUUUAAUUGUAUUAUCUAAUACAGUAAUUCUCUUUAGGGUCAACUACAACCUGGACUGUCCACUUAAAUGGACACUCUAAUUAGCAAAACAACAUUAACUUAAUUAUGUGAUUUUGAGGAAAGAUCGCUUACAUUUUAAACUUCUCUUUUUGCACAGAGUGUUUUAAGUUAUAAUUUAUUCUGCUCUAUUAAUUUACUGUGGUGUGGCUUGGGCUGCAUACACAAAGGGAUUUAACUCCCAAAUGACUGAGAAUUGAGCUGUAUGACUGCAGAGGCAUGAUCUAUACUCCGGGCACUAUAGUGUGCCUUUAAGCUAAAGUUGUUUUGAUGUUUAAUGUUCCUUUACAUUUCCUACAUUAUAUUUUGCAUUUCUUUACAUUUGCAACAGGGUCUGAUGCCACACUUUGAAAUAUACUGUAUCAUCAAGCUGCCAUAUUACCCUGCAACCCAUCUUGCUGUUUCUAAUAAUAAUCAUUGAAUUCAUCCCUUAGUGUCUCAAGUUAAAGAUAAAAUGGUUUUAUGAUUUAAUUUAAACAUGAUAUCCAAAAUGUUAUGCCUGAAUUUUGCUCAAAAUAAAAUUCAGUAAAUUGUGCUUACAUUGUAUUUUUAAUUGACAGCUGAAGUAUAAACAUAUACUUUUAUUGUUGAUUGACUAGCAUGCCCAAUACAGUCUUGAAACUCUAGAUCAGGGGUAGGCAACCUUUUAGCAGCACUGUGCCGAUAUAGGAUUGUGAUGUCACGUAGCAUGCUGGUCCUAUUUUUUAUUUUUUUAAAUCGAGGGGUGUAUGCUGCCGUAUUCUGCUUGUUAUUUUUACUGUAAUUGCUUUGUAUCGUUGUAUUUGUGCGUAUAUGCAGGGCCGUCUUUAAUAGUGACUGGACCCUGGGCAAAGCAUUUGCUUGGGGCCCCCUGGACCCUGUCCCCCCUCCCCAGGCAUGCAAUCACGUCCUCCACCUCAACGCAGUGGUGGACCUAAAUCAGAGAGGUGCAAGAAUUUUUCGGGGCAUGGGUGAUUAAAAGGUAGAGAUCCCCAUCUGCCGUGCAACUCGAGAAAUGCAUGACAGCUGGGGCUCUACCAUUAACCCAUGUUUGCAGGUCUGUCACUUCCUCCCAGCCUGCUGCUGAAAAGCAAGAGGCCCGCUCGCGCUUUUAAAGCGCCUCAGCGUGAGACCGGGCCCUUGCUGACAGAAGCCCACCGGGUGGUCUUUUGUGCAUGGGUCACCCGGUGGGCCUCCUUAGUGUGUGGAUUAUCGGCCAGAGGGUUAGAAAUAGUUGAGGCCAGCAGGGCUCACGGUGCAGCUGGCCAAUUUGCCCCGCGUUAAAGACGGCCCUGCGUAUAUGAGCUAUUGUAUAUGUUCAUGAGUAGUUUAUGGUAUUGUGUAUGAUACGUAUGAAUGUGGGCUGUGUAUGGGGGCUGCUUGUGGAAUUGUGUGUGUGUGUGUAUGUAGAUGGAUAUGUCACAGUGUGUGUUUGGUAGUGUGUGGGGGCUGUUGCAUGUGGGGUUGUGUGCAUGUAUGUGGAUUGUUAGUGGUGUUUCGUUUGUGCGGAUUGUGUGCAUGUUUGUGUGUGGGCUGUUCAUAUUAUUUGUAUGAGGGGAGGGUUAUUCUGCAUUUCUGUGUAUAUUUAGCAGUGUGGGUGGGUUCCAGUGGGGACCAGGCUGGCCAGGUAUAUGUCAAGGACAGGAGCUGCAACAGCAACUGCGAGCUGCUCUACUACAGUGUGGAUUCCUAUUCACAAGUGCUGGGAGGAAGUGAUCUGAGAUCAGUUCCUCUAUGUGCUGCAAUUCACAAAUUGAGGAUUGUCCUUCACCACCUUUUCGGAUUAGCAGAUAUCUGAAGUUUUACUAGGACUCCUGAUAGGCCAGAGCCUGUUUGGCUCUAGCAGCCUUGAGUGCCGUGCAAAGACACCUCGAGUGCCGUGCAUGGCACUAGUGCCGUAGGUUGCCUACCCCUGCUCUUGAUACUAGCUGAAUUUGUAAUGCAAGCAUGGCAUGUAGUUGCUGAGCAUAUGUCUCACUCCACUGGUGUAGUUAAUUAAUUUGUUGCUUUUGUUUUGUUUUAGUUGAAUUUAACACGCAUUGAACAUUGUGAUUAAUCACUUACAUGCUGCUUCAUGACACUUUUCUUUGAUGUGCGAUUACUGCCCACCCUGCUUCACUAACUCUUCCUUGCUUACCCACCAGGUCGUUGCCAAUGCUGUGGCAGCUCUGUCUGAGAUCAGCGAGUCUCACCCAAACAGUAACCUACUGGACCUAAAUCCCCAGAAUAUUAACAAACUGCUGACUGCUCUCAACGAAUGUACCGAGUGGGGACAGAUAUUCAUCUUGGACUGCCUGUCUAAUUACAAUCCCAAGGAUGAAAGGGAGGCACAGAGGUGAGUGCAUACAUGUGUCAUGUUCCAUAUGCCUGCUGAGCUGAUAAUUGUGCAUUCCCUCCCAAUAACUACCUGUGCCAAGUUUUUUUGUUUUGCAGAACAGUGGAAAACUAGAUUUAUUUUAUAAAGCCCCAUUUAUCUUCUCCUUUGCUACAGUACUGGUUUUCACUCACCACAGAAAUGUUUUUUUAAUUUACGUGAGGUUACAGAGGCAGAUAGAGAAUAUUGUGCCCUCUUACAAUAUAUGCACAUAGAAUGAUAGAAUUCAACUUGUACAAGUUUAUGGAACACUGAGUAUUUCUUUACAUCAUUUUUUCCAAUUUGCAUACUUCUUCCUAGAGAAAUUCCCAAACACUAAUUAAUGAGCAAUUGAAUCUUUGUACAGCAUUUGUGAACGGGUCACUCCUCGGCUGUCCCAUGCCAACUCUGCUGUGGUCCUGUCUGCUGUAAAGGUUUUAAUGAAAUUCCUGGAGCUGCUGCCUAAAGAUUCUGAUUAUUACACCAUGCUGCUAAAGAAACUUGCACCUCCACUUGUCACCCUUCUUUCUGGAGAACCAGAGGUGCAGUACGUAGCUCUGAGGAACAUAAACCUCAUUGUCCAAAAACGGUAAGUUAUUUUGGUACUAGACUUGUGAUGGCAAUCCUUUGGCAUUCUUGCAUGCUGAGUGUUAUGGGGGUGCUCCUGUUUUUAUUAUAGCAAACCUUAUAUUCAUGUCUUACUGCCGCCCUAUCCUAUAAUAUACUUUUUAUGUGGGAGUUUAAAUUUUUAUUUUUUUACUUAAGAGGCCGCAGUGUGUUUUUAUUAUUGUGAACUGUUUAUUAUUCAAUAAUUCAUAGUUGUGUUUUUUUUAGGAGGGGGAGAGGCUUGAUAUUUUUGUUUGUUCCUCAUUUCUGAAUAUUGGUAUUUACUUACACAAUGAUGUGUACCCCAAAUAGUAAUGCACUUAAAGGGACACUCCAGGCACCCAGACCACUUCUGCCCAUUGGAGUGGUCUGGGUGCCAACUCCCACUACCCUUACUCUGCAACUGUAAUUAUUGCAGUUUUCAUAAACUGCAAUAAUUACAUUGCAGGGUUAACUCCUCCUCUAGUGGCUGUCUAGUAGACAGCCACUAGAGGGCACUUCCUGCUUCAUAGCACAGGUUUUCUGUGCUAGAGCAUCGCUGGACGUCCUCACGCUGUGUGAGGACCUCCAGCGUUGCUCAAUUCCCCAUAGGAAAGCAUUGAAAAGCUUUUUCAAUGCUUUCCUAUGGAGAGCUCUAAUGCGAAUGUGCAGCAUUGCCACGCAUGCGCAUUAGGUCUCCUCAGCCGGCGGGCAGGAUCAGUCUCCCCCGCCUGCUGAAGUGAUGAAGGGGAGGGGUGGCGGCGACCCGAAACCACCACCGAGGGACAUCGGCGGGGGUCUUGGGUAAGUCACUGAAGGGGUUUUCACCCCUUCAGCAACCGGGGAUGGGUGGUGGGAGGGAGAAGGGACCUGCAGUGCCAGGAAAACGUAGAGUCCCUUUAAAUUCCAGGCAGGUGAGUGAUAUGGAACAAUGGUGAUGAAAUGUUAAAAGAGCACUUUUUCUUUAAAAAUAUGUUCCUCAAGGAUGCAUGAGAAUGGAACGUGCUUAAUACUGGCAGGAAAUUAACCAAUGUUUGGGGUUUUGUUUUUUGUGAAAGCUUGUUUUGGUUAGGGAAGUAGGAAUCAUGAGGAGGUUUGAAGUCUGUCUGUUAGACAGAUGUUUGUAGCAUAUAAAUAUAGACAGUUGAAAGUUGUUUGUAGAUGAUGUUCAGUUUCACAGUACUAGUAGGCAAUUGCUUAGGACCAUUUGCCUGCCUACUUUGUGUGCAAGACACAAAUAUUAAGCCACAUACCAGAUUAAGAGGGUUGUUGUCAUUAGCUUGGCUAAUAUAGCUUGGUUGCUUCAUCUAAGUGCUGCUUCUAAGUGUGUGGUUGGAGAUGUUCUGGAUUUAAACUGAAGGUAAUCUGAGGUAUUCAGGAGGACUAAAAAUGUAAGAUUUGUUUGAUUUAAAUUAUUCACCUCAUUGAAAUGGCAGACUUACUUCAGUGUAAUAGUUGUUAUGCAUUUGUUUCACGUUCCACUUUUUGGAGAUUUGGAUGUUGUCUAAUCUGCAGACAGUUCUCUAUAUUGCGGCAGGAGAUUGUAUUUUUGAAAUCUAAAAUUUGUAAAUUAUCUGGUAAACAAACUCAGGCUGGAACUGCUGCAAAGCCACUGCCGCAGAGACGUCCUAGGAAUGGCAGAUGGAUUACUGUAGGAUCUGGUAGACUAAGAGUUGUGGAUAAAAGGCAUAUUGCACAGUCUGUUGCUCUACAUAAGGCUCAGGUACUGAGGAUAGUGGUGUUAUGGAGACAGGCACUGAGGGUAGUGGUGUUGUGGAGACAGGCUUGGAGACUGUGGUGAGGCCGAAUAGAAAGCAGUUGUUGUUGGGGAUUCCAUCAUAAGAGGUGUCGAGAUGAACAAUGGUGGUCUUGUGAGCUUUCUUCCCGGAGCUACUGCUCACAGAGACAGGAGAUGUAUUUGUAAUAUUGUUAAGCGAGCAAAGCAGGAAUGGGAAUUGGAUGUACUUGUCCAUCUAGGGACAAAUGACUUGGCUUGCAAUGAGGUUUCAGAGGUUAAGGAAGUUUUUAUUGUUUUUGCCAAUGAAAUACGGCAGGUUGCUUCCACACUGUCAUUCUCUGAAGUUCUGCCUGUGCAUAACACUCAGAGCAACAGGCGGAUGCGUAUUAGGAACUUUAACUUGUGGCUUGGUGAACGGUGUCGGAAGCAAGGAUUUGGCUUUAUUUCUCAUGGUAGCUCUGUUUGGAAUGGAAAUAAAAUGUACAAAAAAGAUGGUUUGCAUCUUUUUUAAAAGGGAACAAAUGUUCUCAGUGAGCAGUUUAGAGGUUUUGCUAGGAUGUAUUUAAACUAGGAGGGGGGGGCAAAAGGGUGAUAAAACACGAAUCCAAUUGCCCCCCAAAACAAGGACAAGAGUCAUGUCUUGUGGCAAUAAUGGCAACUGAUAAUGUAGAUUUAGUCGCUAGAUUUAGUGUUAGCAAAUGGAGAUUUGGUAUCACAUAUUACUGUAGGUGAAAGUUUAGGAUCCAGUGAUCAUCAGUCAGUGUGGUUUAAUAUAAGAACAGUGACUAAGUCACACCACACAAAAGCAAAAGUUUUAGACUUUAAAAAAACAGACUUUUCUAAAAUUAGAAUAUGUGUAAAUGAGUCAUUAUCAAAUUGGAGCAUUUUAAAUGGAGUCCAAGAGAAAUGGAAUUAUUUAAAAGUUGCACUGCUGAAGGCAACAGAAAAUUGCAUUAGGCUUGUCAGUGAAACCAAAAAAAUCAAGAAACCACUAUGGUACUCCGCAGAUGUGGCCAAAAUAGUAAAAAACAAAAAGUUAGCAUUUAGUAAUUAUAAAAAAACUCAGAGUGAUGAAGACAGAAUGCUCUAUAACAGGGCUCGACAAAUCCCAGACGCCAGGUCGCGACGGUGACUAUAAAUUUCGCCCUGGCGUCUGGGAUGUGCCAGCUCUUUAAUUAGUGUGGCAGUGCCCGUCACAGGUAAUAUUGCAGGCAGCCGCCCUCAGGAGCAUUGUGGACAGCGCGUGAGGGAGCAGUACUCUGUAGCUCCUCUCUGCUCCCUCGCGCUGUGUAAUGGAGCCGGAAGAUGAUGUCAUUCCGGCCCCGGCAUCAUUACACUGCGCGAGGGAGCAGAGAGGAGCUACAAGCAGAGUACUGCUCCCUUGCACACAGGAUGAGCGCAGCCCCACCGGAGCCCAGGAAAGACCCACUCAGCUCUCCCAAAGGUAGGGAGGCUGAGUGGGUUUCAAUUCAAACAAAAGUGUGUGUGUGUAUGUGUGUAUGAGCCUGUCAGUGUGUGUGUGUGUGUGUGUAUAUGAGCCUGUCAGUGUGUGUGUGUGUAUGAGCCUGUCAGUGUGUGUGUGUGUGUGUGUAUGAGCCUGUCAGUGUGUGUGUGUGUGUGUGUGUGUGUGUGUGUAUGAGCCUGUCAGUGUGUGUGUGUAUGAGCCUGUCAGUGUGUGUGUAUGAGCCUGUCAGUGUGUGUGUAUGAGCCUGUCAGUGUGUGUGUGUAUGAGCCUGUCAGUGUGUGUGUAUGAGCCUGUCAGUGUGUGUGUGUGAGCCUGUCAGUGUCUAUAUGUAUGUGUGUGCAAGCUUCUCAGAAUGUGUGUGUGUGUGUGUGUGUGUAAGUCUGUCAAGAGUUUGUGCGUGCAAGCUUGUUGUCAGCGUGAGUGUGUAUGUGAGCCUGUCAGUGUGUGUGCACAUUUAGGUACCUGCCCCCUCCGAAAGUGUUUACUCACUUUUUCCCCCUUUUUUCACGCCGUGCCAGUUUCCCCAUGAUCUUUAUGAUCUCAGCUAAGCCAAUGCUUUCGUGCAUGCGCAGCAAAUGUACCAAUCCGCAUCUCCUCAUAGGAGAGCUUGGAGAUACCGAACCUGGGUGCAGCAUAUGGUGCAGCAGUGACCCAGGACUCUCUAGUGACUGUCUGAGUGACUGUCACUAUAGGUGUUGCUAAGCAGCAAUGUAAAUUCUGCCUUUUCACAGAAAAGGUAGUGUUUACACUAAAACGCUUGCAGGGACAGGCUAUAGACAUCAGAACAACUACAUCAAGCUGUAGUGGUUCUGGUGACUAUAGUGUCCCUUUAAGAAUUGCAUUUUCUCGUUGAAAAUGACUGGCUCCUACCUUGUUUAGCUGGCUCCUAGAUUCCAUACAAAUUUGUCAAGUCCUACUCUAUAAGGUUAGGCAGAAAGAGGCUAAGUAAGUUAUAAGAGCUUCCAAAUCACACACAGAAGAGAAAAUAGCACAGUCAGUAAAAAAAGGGGACAAAACAUUUUUUAGAUACAUAAAUGAGAAAAGGAAAGUAAAACAAGGAUUAGUUAGUUUAAAAACAAAAGAAGGAAGGUAUGUAGAAGAGGAUAAAGGUCUAGCUGACUGCCUCAAUUAAUAUUUUUGUUCAGUAUUUACAGAUGAAAAUGAAGGAAAGGGACCUCCGUUAGGAAAAAGGACAAAUGAGCCAUUUAUUACAUGUGAGUUUACAGAGGAAGAGGUUUUAUUUCAACUGUCAAAAGUAAAGACAAAUAAGUCAAUGGGACCGGAUGGAAUACACCCAAAGUUUUUAAAAGAGCUUAGUGGUGUACUAGCAAAACCAUUAACAGAUUUAUUUAACCAAUCAUUGUUAAAGGGAUACUAUAGUCACCUGUACAACUUUAGCUUAAUGAAGCAGUUUUGGUGUAUAGAACAUGCCCCUGCAGCCUCACUGCUCAAUCCUCUGCCAUUUAGGAGUUAAAUCCCUUUGUUUAUGAACCCUAGUCACACCUCCCUGCAUGUGACUUGCACAGCCUUCCAUAAACACUUCAUGUAAAGAGAGCCCUAUUUAGGCUUUCUUUAUUGCAAGUUCUGUUUAAUUAAGAUUUUCUUAUCCCCUGCUAUGUUAAUAGCUUGCUAGACCCUGCAAGAGCCUCCUGUAUGUGAUUAAAGUUCAAUUUAGAGAUUGAGAUACAAUUAUUUAAGGUAAAUUACAUCUGUUUGAAAGUGAAACCAGUUUUUUUUUUUUUAAUGCAGGCUCUGUCAAUCAUAGCCAGGGGAGGUGUGGCUAGGGCUGCAUAAACAGAAACGAAGUGAUUUAACUCCUAAAUAACAGUGAAUUGAGAAGUGAAAUUGCAGGGGAAUGAUCUAUACACUAAAACUGCUUUUUUUAGCUAAAGUAAUUUAGGUGACUAUAGUGUUCCUUUAACAGGAGUAGCCCCAGAAGAUUGGAACUUAGUGAAUGUUGUGUCCAUUCACAAGAAAGGUAGUAGGGAGGAGUCGGCCAACUAUAGGCCAGUAAGCCUUACUUCAGUAGUGGGGAAAGUAAUGGAAACCAUGUUAAAGGAUAGGAUUGAACAUCUAAAAACACAUGGAUUUCAAGAUCAGCGACAACAUGGGUUUACUUCAGGGAGAUCAUGCCAAACUAAUCUUAUUGAUUUUUUUGAUUGGGUAACUAAAAUAAUAGAUCAGGGUGGUGCAGUAGACAUUGCUUACCUAGAUUUCAGUAAGGCUUCUGACACUGUUGCACAUAGAAGGCUUAUCAAUAAACUGCAAUCUUUAAGUUUGGAUUUCAAUAUGGUUGAAUAGGUAAGGCAGUGGCUGAGUGACAGGCAACAGAGGGUUGUAGUCAGUGGAGUAUAUUCAAAGCUUGGGCUUGUCACCAGUGGGGUACCUCAGGGAUCUGUACUUGGACCCAUUCUCUUUAAUAUUUUUAUUAGUGAUAUUGCAGAAGGACUUGAUGGUAAGGUAUGUCUUUUUGCUGAUGAUACUAAGAUAUGUAACAGGGUUGAUGUUCCAGGAGGGAUAAGGCAAAUGAUUUAGGUAAACUAGAAAAAUGGUCAGAGUUGUGGCAACUGACAUUUAAUGUGGAUAAGUGCAAGAUAAUGCAUCUUGGAUGUAAUAACCCAAGGGCAGAGUACAGAAUAUUUGAUAGAGUCCUAACCUCAACCUUUUUGAGGAAAGGGAUUUAGAGGUGAUUAUUUCUGAUGACCUAAAGGUAGGCAGACAAUGUAAUAGAGCAGCAGGAAAUGCUAGCAGAAUGCUUGGUUGUAUAGGGAGAGGUAUUAGCAGUAGAAAGAGGGAAGUGCUGAUGCCAUUGUACAGAACACUGGUGAGACCUCACUUGGAGUAUUGUACACAGUACUGGAGACCGUAUCUUCAGAAGGCUAUUGAUACUUUAGAGAGAGUUCAGAGAAGGGCUACUAAACUGGUUCAUGGAUUGCAGGAUAAAACUUACCAGGAAAGGUUAAAUGAUCUUAACAUGUAUAGCUUGGAGGAAAGACGAGACAGGGGGGAUGUGAUAGAAACAUUUAAAUGCAUAAAGGGAACCAACACAGUAAAGGAUGAGACUAUAUUUAAAAGAAUAGAAACUACCACAACAAGAGGACAUAGUCUUAAAUUAGAGGGGCAAAGGUUUAAAAAUAAUAUCAGGAAGUAUUACUUUACUGUGAGGGUAGUGGAUGCAUGUAAUAGCCUUCCAGCUGAAGUGGUAGAGGUUAACACAGUAUAGGAGUUUAAGCAUGUGUGGGAUAGGCAUACGGCUAUCCUAACUCUAAGAUAAGGCCAGGGACUAAUAAAAGUAUUUAGAAAAUUAGGCAGACUAGAUGGGCCGAACGGUUCUUAUCUGCCGUCACAUUCUAUGUUUACUUUGCAUAAUUCGAUCACAAUCUUGAACCCCCUUGUCUUGGCUGUCAUAGGGAAGAUUUUAAGUCUUUUAUAUACUCAACAACCACCAAGACCACUUCACCCUUUGAGAACACACCAAGGCAGUACCACCUCUUCCUACUACACACUUGACAGGAACAGAGAGACUCUCGUUUAAGCUGCCAUCAACUGUACACACUAGAAACCUAUAUUGUCUAUAUUUUUAAAAGCUUUUUGACAUACCCGGCAUACUUCUCUGUGCACGAGAAAUUUUUCAAGCAGAGAAAAUAAUGUAGCACGGACAGCUGUCAGCCUACAGAGAAAUCCACGUAGAUUGCUUUCGAUGAUCCAUUAACAUCCCUUUUUAUCAUCCAUUAUGCCUCCUUCUGGCUGCUAUGGCUAGCCUGAGGUACUUGGGAAUCUUAUGUUUGCUUUUUCAGUGACUUCCUGGUAAAUGGUUCUUAGAUUUGAUUGCUUUGUUUUUCACUACACCGAUAAGAGUAUACAAAUUAGAUGCUAAAGAUUUCCUUCGCUGGCUCUUGCUUGAUUUGCACUUCUUUAAAUUGUCUGUGGCACAUCUAUUUCCUCCUGUCCACUUGUUGUACAGACCUUCCCUUCUGCAGCAAGUCUGCAGUAUUCCUUGGAUAAAUUGAAUAGAAGUUAUUCAUUUAAAAAUUAUGCAACUGUGAUUCUGCUUUCCCUCAAACUUGACCAGCUCUUUGUCCAAUUUAUGCCAUUUUGCAUUUGUAUGUAAGGUAGUUAGAAGCCGUCAAGAGAAUUUUUAUAUUUCUUUAAAGUGGAUCUGUUACCAUCUAGGGUCAUUGCAUAAUUUGCGGACGGUGACUGCUUGACUGGUAGUCUGGUGGUCCCCAUGUCAUUGUAGUGGUUAUCUAUUAGAAGGAUCUUGCAUGUCAUCUUCAUAAGGUAGGUCGCAGUAUUGCUUUUCCCAGUGCAGUGGAAAAUCUUUUGUGCAUGGGAAUAGUUUACUUAAAGGACCACUAUAGUGCCAGGAAAACAUACUUGUUUUCCUUUUCCCAGUGCAGUGGAAAAUCUUUUGUGCAUGGGAAUAGUUUACUUAAAGGACCACUAUAGUGCCAGGAAAACAUACUCGUGCCCCCUCCCGCCCGGCUCUGAGGAGAGAAAAGGGGUAAAACUUACCUCUUUUCCAGCGCUGGGCGGGGAGCUCUCCGCCUCCGAUCCUCCUCCUCUCCUCCCAUGCGGCUGAAUGCACACGCACGGCAAGAGCUGCGCGCGCAUUCAGCCGGUCUCAUAGGAAAGCAUUCAUAAUGCUUUCCUAUGGACGCUGGCGUCUUCUCACUGUGAUUUUCACAGUGAGAAUCACGCAAGCGCCUCUAGCGGCUGUCAAUGAGACAGCCACUAAAGGAUUUGGAGGAUGGAUUAACCCAUUUAUAAACAUAGCAGUUUCUCUGAAACUGCUAUGUUUAUAAAAAAAAUAGGUUAAUCCUAGAGGGACCUGGCACCCAGACCACUUCAUUAAGCUGGAGUGGUCUGGGUGCCUAGAGUGGUCCUUUAAGGCAGCUCUGGGACAUUCAGGAGAUUUUGCAAAGAACCCCAUAGGUGACAUUCCCACUUUGGGUGUUGUGGCCCAGCGGUGCAAUGGAAAGCAGAUAUACUAAGCUGAAGUUGUACCCCGGAGGCGCCCCAUCUUUCUUCAGCUCUUGGAGAUUCAUCCACCAGGAGCCAGUGUACAACACUCUGUGGAAGUUUCCGCAACACUGCAGGAUAUUCCAUAGGCUAAGCCUCGCAAUCUGCAAUAAAAUGCCUCAAUCCGAAAGCUAUUGCUAGCAAUGUUUGUGGCUAUAGCCAAAAACAUCACUGUGGAAGCUCUGCCAUUUGUCAUGUUUUGUCACCUUCGAGAUAUACCAUAAGACUAAAUAGUCCAUACUUGGUUUUACAUUUUUUUAGCUAUGCGAAAAGUUAAAUGAAAUUUGUGAUCUACUCAAACAGGGUUAUUCACAAAAUGUAUAAUUGUUGGGAAUUCAAUCCAGUGCCAGGCUCCCUCUCCUCCCACGCCGACGUCAGCUCCUGAGUGGAGCCGAAUGCACAUGUGCGGCCAGAGGCACGCGCGUGCAUUCAAACAAGCCCAUAGGAAAGCAUUACUCAGUGCUUUCCUAUGGGGAUUUUAUUUGAUGCUGGUCUCCAUGAGGACAUCCAGCAUCAAAUAAGUGAGAUUUACUCAGUGUAAAUCGCGGAUGCGGCCUCCCUGACAGCCACUAGAGGCUGGAUUAACCCUGCAGUGUAAACAUAGCAGUUUCUCUGAAACUGCUAGGUUUUCAACUGCAGGGUUAAAACUAGGGGGACCUGGCACUCAGACCACUUUAUUGAGCUGAAGUGGUCUGGGUGCCUAUAGUGGUCCUUUCAUUUUUUUUGAAUUUUUUUUUUUUCCCUUUCCCAAAUCGUUGCAGUUAUAAGCCACUCUGUGCACGACAGACCUUGCAAUUCUGAGAGUUAUGUGCUAAUAGGGAUAAGCAAGAAGCAAUAAGGAAUAGUUGUCACUUUAUUAUUUGUAUUCUCUUGAGCCUUACCCCGCUUCUUUAUUUACAUUUCUGUGAUGUCUGAUCUCCCUUUUUGUCAACCUGUAUGGUUGUCAUUGAAGCAAACCCAGUUCUAUAUCUCCCUUGACAACUCACAUUUCACCUAGUUUCUGCAGCAUUACAUCUAUUAAAAUGAUGUUGUGUUGGCAAAAUAAAGUUGAGACAAUAGGGUCAGUAGGUUAGGAUUUGAGGACUUGGCAGUGGUAUCUACACACAGUUUGUCUGCCAAAGAUUUAUUACUGUUUACAGCUUGCAUCACUCUAUACUGGACAUGCAGUCAUUGUUCCUUUAUUGGGGUACAUUUUGCCAUUUCACCUUUUGUUUUUUGUUGGUUUGUAACCACAGGCUACAGUCCAACUCUCAAUAGAAUAUAAAUGGCUAUGUUUUUAUCUUCCUCUGUUAUUAACUGUACUUUAAUUUUAUUGUGGAUAUUAUAAAUAGAGCUGCAAGUUUUGAUUUAUAUGAAAAUCACAUAUUCUAUAGGUCAACGAUAGCCGUUAAUACAGUUGUGGAGCUGCAAUAGCCAGUCAUAGAAGCGUUCCAUUUGUUUUAGGUGACAUGCAAAGCAUAAUGCUCUUGUAUCUGUACUCAGCUGCACUCACGGUCUUUCUGAAUAAUAUAAAAAAAAAAAUUAUUUUCAUUAUUCUAGUAGAAUCCGAUUGGAAACUAAUGUCUUCAUCUUCUGAAACGUUUCAUAUUUCCUCACCUCAGGCCUGAAAUUUUGAAACAAGAAAUCAAAGUAUUCUUUGUCAAAUACAAUGAUCCCAUUUAUGUAAAGUUGGAGAAAUUGGAUAUUAUGAUACGCUUAGCAUCUCAAGCAAAUAUUGCUCAGGUCAGUACCCCUUUGUGUCUGAUGCAGAAAUCUGUAUUGCACUAAAUUUAACAAGUUUCUGGACUUUACUGGCACAUUACUUAUGAAGUGAUCGUAAUAAUUGCGCACAGGGGGGAAACUAUGGGGAAAGAACAUUUUGUAACCUUCAAAAAUAUACUUAAAAUGUAAUUCUGUUGAAAAAAAAAUAAAAAAUUUUAAGAUGGCUUUGAGGGGGAACAUAUUUUCUGCACCUUAUAGCAUGCCUCUGUUCAGAGUUUUCUAAAAGCCAUUAAAUGCAUAUCCCUCUGUGCAAUGAAAUUUCUUAGCAAGUUAGAAAAUGUGAAUGAACCGCAGAUAAUUCUGUGUCACACUUAUUGACAGUUCCAGUCAGUUUUGUAAAUGGAGUCAAAGCUGUAAUCCAAUAUUGCGUGUUUCUCUCUCCUAUAAACCUGCAUGAACAUGUUUGAAUUUGUAUAGUGUACCAGAUUGGUAUUUCAGCUAGUAUUCCAUAGAUGUACAUAAGCUUCCUCUUCGUAGAAAAGGGUAGACGUACAACUUCAGUGGUUCAGCAAAUCAGUGCAGAAACUAGGUAUGCAGGCAUACAGGAACACCAUGCAAAAUAUGCAGGGUGCAGAGGUAGUUAUAGUACUUGGAGUGGGAGGGUUUUUUAGGUACCCUCUAAGUCAGUUUUUCCCAAACCACCCCUUAAGACUUACCUACAAUACAGGUUUUGUUAGUAUCUCCAUUGGAAUAAUAAAAAAUAAAAAAUGGAAGGAAAUACAUAACUCCUGGACUGUUGGUGGGCUGUGAGAACCGGUUUGGUGACCACUAGUCUAAGCAAAAUCUUUGUGUAGUCUAUAAAUAGAUGAGAAAGGUGUGUAACUCCAAGCAGUGCAGUCUAUAAUGAUUUUAACUUGACAUUUAAUGCUUGGAUUUAUGAGUAAAUCUCAAGGCUAAUAGUUAUCCUAAUUUUUUUAGGAUUAUUUGUUUGUAAAUAUAAUGUAUAUAUUGUUGUUUCUGGCAGGUGUUGGCAGAGCUGAAGGAAUACGCCACCGAGGUGGAUGUGGAUUUUGUCCGGAAGGCUGUCCGAGCCAUAGGCCGCUGCGCCAUCAAAGUUGAAGUAAUGUUUGAUAUAUAGUGUUCUUGUGAAUAUUAACACAUGUUGUUAAACUAUUGAGACAUAGUGAACACUUUCUUUUUGAGAAUUAAGGUUUUGUUUUAAUAAAAAAAAAAAAAAUUCUAUUAGAUUAGAUUAAAUUUACUCUCUUUACUGAUGCUCAUAUGUUCCCCUUCUCUUCCUUUUCCCACCUCAAAGACCUUGGUUGUCCUCCAAAAUUGUCCUUAUUUUCACUUUCCUUUCCCCUCUCACUUUGUCCUUUCAUCUGAUCAUUUCAUUAGAUUUUACUUUUAUAUUUAUUAAUUAUUUGAAUACUUUCUGUCCUAUCAAUGCUUAACAUGUCAGUAUAAUUUUAUAUCGUUGUUACGAAUGUUCUGCCUCUCAUGCCUCUAUCCUUUCUCCAUCUCUGGCUGCAUCACGCCCUCUACUGCUGAUUACCAGACACACUUUAGAAAUAUGCAUUAAUGCUAGCAUGCAGAGCAGUCUAAUUUAAUGAGUUGGUAAUUAAAUAAUGCACAAAUAGGGUAAAUUAUUUAAAACUGUACAGUUAUCACCAUUCUAGAGAUUCUCUACAUUCUUUUUUUGAUAUACUUUUGUCACUAGCAUUUUGCAUAACGUGUGCUUUCUCUACUGGUAUGUCAGCUGUGGAUCACGUAGCCUUGAUUCUGUUAUACAUGUACAUUUCACAGGAUCUAUUAAAUACUUACUUUUAAUUGGUUAUUGGAACGAUUAAAGAGCAAAAUCAUUUGGUAACCAUGGAGACUUAAAUAACAUGCUUUUGUAUAACAUGCACCUUUUCCCAUAGCAAUCUGCAGAGCGUUGUGUGAGCACCCUGCUUGAUCUCAUACAGACUAAAGUCAACUAUGUUGUGCAGGAAGCCAUUGUCGUCAUCAGAGACAUCUUCCGAAAAUACCCUAACAAGUAAGUGUUUCUGGGAAUUACCGAUUUUCUCAUAUAUGUGUAUGCGUAUUCGUGUGUGUGUGUGUAUAUAGACAGACAGAUAAUAAAAUAUUGUGUGUGUAAAUGCAAUUAUCCUAACGCUGAAGUUGGCAUGUUCCAAUGUUUUUUUUUUUUUCAGGUAUGAGAGCAUCAUAGCCACACUGUGUGAGAAUCUGGACUCCUUAGAUGAGCCAGAUGCUCGCGCCGCCAUGAUCUGGAUUGUUGGAGAAUACGCAGAACGCAUUGACAAUGCAGAUGAACUGUUAGAGAGUUUCUUGGAGGGAUUCCAUGAUGAGAGCACACAGGUAACCACAGCAACAGUGACCAUAACAUUGCCAGAGUUAACGUUCUUGGUAUGUAAGACAUAAAUCCACAAGGUUUUUUUUUUUGUCAUCCAUAAAAUAGCUGCAGUAAAAAGGGUAAAGUAAGUCCUUACUAAUUGAAUGAGUCUGUUUUUGGAUUGCCAAAUCUAUUGUCAUCAGGGAAUCAUGACUUGUAUUUUGGGAUUGGACUGCGAAUAACUCAGCUGCAAUUUCUAUCCGAGUUUAACUUGUUUUUAAAGAGACACACAAAUGAACUGUAUUGUCUUAACAUUUAGUUGUUCUUUCCCCUAAAUUCUUUAAACACUCUGGUAGAUGUAGAGGUAUUAUUUACCAUUUAAUGCACAAUACUGUUCUCGUUGGUGUUUUUUGUGUUGUGUUUUUUUUUUUUUUUAUCUUUUCUUUUCUUCAAAUGAUCCUUGUACUUUCAGUGCUUGCCAAUAAUGCUGUUGCCGGUUAUUAAGGUUUACAGAAGGCAUUGGUUACAGCAUCUAGUUGGUAGUAAUUGAAACACAAGUUACUGGAGCAGAUCGAAAUAGAGGUUCAUUAGUCCAACACUCACUGCUUCAUCACUGGAUCACCAAUGACAUGAUUGCUACUGCAGUCAUGGAUGUUAAAUGAAGAUGAUAUUAAGUAGAAACAGUGUGAAAAGCAUGGGAGGGGGCAGCUACAACUAUUUUUUUCUGCAGGUCCUGGAGUAAUCUGCACUUGUGUUUAUAUAUAAUGUGAUAUAAACACAUAUGCAGAUUAUAUAUAGCUAUUUGUGUGUGUUUAUGUAGGUAGUUCAAUAUAAUAUGAUAUAAUUUAGAAUACCAGCAAAUUCUAAAUCUACUCUGUAUAAAAUUAUAGUAAAUUGCAAAAUGUAGGCAAAAAUAUCCAUACAUAUCCAUACAAUACAUAUCCCCCCGCCCCAUUUUAUGAAUUCACUACAAUUCACACCAAUUCCUCAUUGUAUGAAUUAGCAUAUAUCUACACAUUGAUGCAGAAUGGGUUGAGGUGUCUCAUCUUGUGAGCUUGCAAUCUAAUACACUAUAAAUGUAGUACCACAGUACAAAUGUCCAUAUAAUGUUUUAUAUAAUCUAGUUUUGGCUAACGUUAACACCUCUGAUGUUUGUAAACUAAAUUUCUCAUGAUGUUUUGACAAACAUGAUCUAUUGUUAAUAUGAAUCUUGGUUAGCAAUGCCAUCCAUCAAGUUUUCAUAAUAUCCUUGUACGUAAACAUUUUUAGUGUGAACAUAUAAACCUGUGAACUUUUCACCAUAUUGAUCAAACCAUACUCAAAAUCAUAACAGAGCAAUUUUACUAUUUGUAUUAAAUUGAUAUUGAAAGCAAAUCCCUUCUCAUUCCAAAACCUGGGCAUCACUGAAAUCCUCCCCAUAAAUCUGCUUUUCAUUUUCCUUUUUAAAUUCUACAUAAUCCUGUGUGCACUCAUGUCAUAGAAAAUCUAAUCUUUAGCCGUUUAACGUUUUAGUGCACAUUGUUUUGCUGAAAACCAUUUAACGUGUCACAGUUUCAUGAGUCUGAGAGUGCUUGGGAACCAAAAGGUAACUCUCUGCACCUCUGGCUGUGAGGAGCCGUUUGCAGGAUCCUAUGAGGCAUACUGCACGCAAUGUUCGUAACCAACACGGGCAGGAAACAGGAGACACAACUCACGAGAAGUCUUAGCAAAACAAGUUCUUUAUUUGGAUCACAAUAAAAGAAGCUUUGGUCAGAGACAAACAAAUGGUACUAAAUCUAUAGCAAGCAAGUUCUAUAGCUGGAUAGAAGGCAGGAUACACAGAACCCAUGUUCUAACAUUAACUUCUGUAGGGAAAUGGAAUGAAUUAAAAUUCAGCAUUCACUUACCAAGGAUAAGUGUAGGUUUGCUGUCGAAAUCCAAUACAGGAUGUGUAUGCUACCCAAGGGUUGACUUGUAUCUCUCUGACCACUUUACAGUGGCCCUCAAACACUGGUGUUGAAGCUCUGCUUCCAUGGGCUUUGUUGAUAGAAUAUUAUAGAUAUUUUUGUAAAUACGGAUAUGCUUUUACCAAUACAAUUAUCUACCCAUUGUCCCCUUUUUAUAUGCUGAAAUAUUUAAUUUCAAAACUAGCCUUCACUAUUUGCUAAUGCAGAUCUUCAAAUGUCUUACUCUCCCCAGGUGCAGCUUACUCUUCUUACUGCUAUUGUUAAACUGUUCCUGAAGAAGCCCUCUGAGACCCAAGAGCUGGUGCAACAGGUUCUGAGCUUGGCCACACAGGUAUAAAGGGUAUAGAUAUCGAGAAAACCAGAAACAUUUAACUUUUCAUGUUGCAUCUAAAAUCUGUUGGAGUUAUUCACAGCUGGGAAUUAGGGAGACGAUUAAAACAAUUGCAGAUUUUAAAAAAUAGAUAUAUAUAUAUUUUUUAUUUUAUUUUUUACAAGUGUUUUGUUCUAACAAUAUGUUUGUCCAUUCUCCAUAUACAGUGAGUAACCCUGUGCAUUAUACAGUAGUUAAUACAAUGCAUUCCCUAAGCUUGAAAAUAUUUCAAUGAGGAAUAUAAUCAUGUUUCACAUGUCUUCAUCAGAUCUUUUAAUGAUCUGAUAAAAAAUAGUGUCAUGUAUUUGUGCAAAAGAAACAAUAGUGCCAUCAGAUGUGUUGCUAGAUUGGGUAGAGUAAUCUUGUCAUAUUCUCUGUUCUGCUGGCCUCAGUCACUCUAAGGGAUAUGCAUCUGAGACAAUCAGGCUCCCAAUCUGAAACAAUUGAAUAAUUAUUGCCAGACAGAUCUAAAGAGUGUUACACUUGUGAGGAAAAUGUGCCUGUACCACUUGCUUAAACUGUCCUCACACAGUUUCCUGUUUCUUGUGUAAUACGUGUUGUUCUGUUGGAAGCAUUGCCACUUUUCAGAACACAUUUUUCCCAACUGUGUUGUGCUUGUACCCCCUGCCGUAAAUAAGUGGUUAUGGUUAUUUGGCUGUAAAACUGCUCUUGGCCUUCAUUCAGCCCUGUGAAGGACAUCAUUUGCCGUGUUAAGUGCUUCUAAGGCAGAAUAGCAAGGCAUGAUGCAGGAUGGAAAGGUUCUACUCAAAUAAUAUUUCUGCAUUAGCAAAACCUGCUUCUUGUUAGCUUUCGUUUCACUAGCAAAACUGCAUAAUUUAGCUACCCUGAAUUAGUCAUAAAAUGUGUAUAUAUAUUUAUUUUUUCACAUUUUCCAAACGAGCAUUGAACAAUAUUUAUGUAAAAGAAGAGAAAAGGGAUAUCUUGCAUCUUUAACCUGGAAGUAUAGUUGCAAAGUAUAAAUCCUGGUAUCCUGACCUUAUAAAGCCCUUCCUAAUUCCCACAUGUAUUAUUCUAGUAGCCUGAGAACUGCUUAAUUUCUGAGGAGGCUUAGACACUGAAGCCCUGGUUCAAGUACUUUUGCAGUAUUUCCUGAAAUCUAUUUUACUGUAAUACACGUUCCAUGUUUUGCUCUCAAGCAACUUCUUAGUCAAUUUAGUAGCCACAGGUUUUAUCUGGUGUUUGCCAGCAUGCUUUGCAAUAGAUCCACUUCAACAAUAUACUGACCUCUCUGGUAAGAAGUCCACCUCUGCUUUAUUCUUCAUACAGCUUUUCACAUAUAUUGCAGCUAACUGCAAGCGAUAAAAUAUUAUGUUUGGAUUCCAGCAAUUGUAUUCCUUUACAUCACUGCUAAUGUAGAUAUUUAUUUCUGUGGUUUGUUAAAUAUAUUUAUUGCCCUUUUUAUGCUUGUGUAUAAAAUGAAAUAAACAGUUCAUUGACAAAAUGUUUUGCUGUACAGCAACUCCGAUGUACAGUUUUGAGUUAUUACCUGGAGGAGCUUGUAAAAAGCUGACUUUACAGCUGCCUUGUUUUUCAAAGAUGCAUUAAGUGCUAUAUUUAUACAUCCUUUCAAUCCGUAAAGAUAUUUAUUCCAAUUUUUCUUUCUUUCAUUAUCCCUGAUGCCGUUCUGUUCUAUUCUAAAAAUAAAGGGAAUGAAAAGAUCAAAUAUUUGACACAAAGAACUACCUGUUUUUGGGAUUGUGUUUUUGGUUGGUUUUUUGUUUUUGUUUUUGAGGUGGGGGUGGAGGCUAGAAUAAGAUACUGCUUGAAUCUAAAAUGAAAUGGCAUUUCUCUCCGUUUUUAAGCUCCUGGAAGAACACUUUCCAAAACCUGUAGGUUGGUAUUUGUAAUUAAACCAUUUUCGAAAAAGAUAUACAUUUUUUUUCUCCCUUCCUUUUGAUGAUGAAAGUGUUCACUGUUAGAUGGUUAUACAUUACAUCUUUUAUAGUAUAUUUUUUCUGCUCUUUAAGCACCCUGUCUUGCUUUGUCAUACAGGAUUCUGAUAACCCAGACCUGCGUGACCGUGGUUACAUUUAUUGGCGCCUGCUUUCCACCGACCCAGUAACUGCCAAAGAGGUGGUGCUAUCAGAGAAGCCACUGAUCUCUGAGGAGACCGACCUUAUUGAACCCACUCUGCUGGAUGAAUUGAUUUGCCACAUUGGCUCUUUGGCGUCUGUCUACCACAAGCCCCCUAAUGCCUUUGUUGAAGGAAGCCAUGGAGUUCAUCGCAAGCACCUGCCUAUCCAACAUGGAAGGUAAGUAGUUCCAUACCACAAUGCUUUAGUGUCUUGGACUUUGUGCUUGAGAGCAUGUGGAGUACUUACAGGGUUAUUCCCUAAACUAUGAAUUGUUGAUUAAUAUUCAAAAGGCAAAAUGUAGGCGACAAAAAAUGAUCUGGAAAAAUUAUCAAACUUUGCUAUAUUUACUGAAUUGUGCUCUUCCGAUUUCAUUUUGCCACGCUUUGCAGUGAAAAGUUAAAAGGAAGGCAGUAAAUGUUUAUCCGUGUGUAUUAUGUAAAGAGUGCAUUGCAUUAAUUUGAGACACAAAUGUCAACUUAUAGGCCUCAUUAGCAAAGUUUUUAGAAUUCUUCCAACUCUGCCAUUUUGCCUUACAUGUUGUCACUUGGUUUUAACGGCUGUUUACUGUUAAUAUGCCCUGUACGUAUAUAAAUGUUUCACAUUCAAAUAAAAACUUGUUGGAUCCCACAAAUUAUUUAAAAAGAGAAAUAUAUUAACAGAAAACAAUGCUGCCCAAGAGCCACUACAUUUGAUAGGACGUUAAUUGGUUCAUGCAGAAUGGCUUUAAACAUGUUCUACAUUUUAUAUAACUGCAUUGAAAUGGCUGGGAUACAAAAUUGUAUUUAUCCUCUGGGUUGGAGGAAGGGAAGAUGUCCUCAGAAUUCUGCCUUAUGGCUGGCAGAGACUAAAACUAUCUCUAUUUGAUUCUCUAGCUAAGCUCUUUACCCACACUCUGAUCUCUCAGAUUUAAUCAGCAACCUCCUGUAGCCUGAGAUCAACAUUUAACAAAGCUAUCAGAAUAUUAAAGUCUACAUUUUAUACAGAAGCAUUGUCAGAUGGUAUCACAGGUUACUUAUAUUAUUUUCUUACAAGUUUAGCUACAGAUAUGUCUCUUAUAAAAUCUGUAUUUAAAUGUUACUUUAAACGUGAAAAGUUAUAACCAAUGAAAAGCCAUACAAUGCUAUUCUGAGCUGAAUGCACACAAAAUAAAAAUUUUGGCUUUUAAGAGGCGCUGUGCCUUAUGAGUUGAUUGCUCGUUUUAUAUAUUUAGCUAGAAGAAAAUCACUUAAUAGCAUUUAGCAAUAGAAAUUACAUUUGUCAAUUUUUAAAAAUAUAUUUAUAUUUCAGGCAAUGCAAUCCGUUUUAAAGUUUAGAAAGAAUACGCAUUUCAGAUCCACACAUGGAACGCUUGACAAAAUACCAGUAAGACAUUAUAGAUAGGACCUGCUGAGUUGAGCUGUUGCUGCUUUCUGCAAGGCAGCACUCAUUUAAAUUUAUAAUGAGCCUUUGAACUCUUUAUUUAUUUCACUUGUAUAGCUGGAGGGGAGAUCACACACACUGCGAUGUUGCUGGGGAACACUGUUUUAUGCAUUUUCCUUCUACUCGUAGCACACUGGCAACUUGGGGGUUUAUUCACUAAGCACCAAAUUGUUGUAAAUUCCAAAUCCAUAAUUUUUUUUUUAUUGAUUUUGCAAUUAAAAUGUCCAUUCACAAAAAUUUAAUUUUUACUGAAUAAACUGCCUGGUGUUAACGUACUUUGUGCUUGUGAAGUCUCAACUGACAGAAUGUAAUUUCACACAUAUGAUGCUUGGCUGCAAUAAUGUUUUGCAGUUAUAAGUUUUCCACGCUGUCACUCACAUAGCAAAGCAGACAAAAAUCUCUUCCUAUGAUGUGUAAGAUCAGUUCAGGUUUUACGUGCAUGUGCUCAAGUAGGACCGACAUCUCUCUACUUCCCUGGAGAGUGGCUAAUGACUGCCUCAUGCCUCUGCUGUCAGUAGCUGUGAGUCUGUCUGUGUAUAAACUAAUAGCAACUGCUGAUAUCUGCUUUUUGUGCAUUUCCACUCUUCCUAUGCCAUAAGUAGAACUGGAUUUUGCUGGCUAAGUGACAUCUCUCUCAACUUCUGCUGGACAGUUGAUCAUGGUAUAAGAUCAUAUGUUUAGACUAGAAGGGGCUUCUUAUUGGUAUAAUGCAUUACCUGUUUAAUGCAUUAAAAAAACGGGUGCAUCAGUUUCUGCUAGUUGUGUCCCUUUAGCGUUCUACUACUUUAUAGUUUCUAUCAAAUUAAUCUGUGGAAUAUUUACAGCUAAAAUUAGCACCUGGGUUAAUGCAGUGUGGUGGCUACAUUUAAAGUUAGAGAUAAAAUAUCUUGGUCUAAUUAAUGUUUAUUCUUUACUAGCAUUGAUAUUGGAGACAGCCCGGUUGGACCUGCUCCCUCUGCUGCGCUUGAACAGCCUCAAGUCAUUCCGUCACAAGGAGACCUUCUUGGUGAUCUUCUUAAUCUAGAUCUGGGACCUCCAGGGAAUGUGCCACAAGUGUCCACUAUGCAGAUGGGAGCUGUAGACCUUCUAGGAGGUGGCCUAGACAGUCUGGUAGGUAAUGCUUUCAGUGGUCUACAGAAAGAAGGACCUAGUGCUGACUAGCAACAAAUUUCUGAAAAUCAAACAAAAUUGUCAAAUGCUGCUAAUGAAGUACUUGUAGUGAAAAAAAUAUUCCAGAUACAAAAAGCACCUCAGUUUGCAUUACAUGUCUGCAGCGGGGGACACACACCUUCCUGUCUGUCACUUAGAUAGCUAAUGGAAGUUGCUGGCACACUGGGCUAGAGCGUGUCGACUUUCCACUAUUAUUUUCUCAUUUUUGGAUGAUGUGCCCAUAUAACUAACAAGGUUAUUUUUUCUGAUUAUAUGUGUGAGCUAGAUAACAUUGUUCAUGAAGGUGCUUGUAAGUGAUAGCCAACUUAGAUAAAGUAUAAAGAACAAAAUAUGUAAACAAAAAGUAACCUAGUAAUAUUUUAAACCCUUUGAGUCUUUGUCAAUCGUAGCUUGCUGCAUAUAAACCAACAUUUAAAUAAUGCAGUUAGCAUGUGCAUAUAUCCAUGAUAUCAAAGAUCCAAAUGAAUUUGCCUAUGUUUACUCCACGGUUCAUAGAAAAACCUAAACGUAGCAUGACUUGAACAAGUAAAAUGCAUUUAGUCAAGAAAGGAUGGAGAUAUGUAUGGUUCUUCUAAACCUUUUCUAUUUUAUUUCAUUUUAACUGUAUUACACUAAAUUGUGUAAGAUAUUGAUAUAUAAUUACUAUAUUAAAUAUUUUUUCGAUCUAUAUUAAUUUAGUUUUUUUUUUUAAUACACAUUAUGGAUUAUAUAAUGGAUUGUAUGAAAUUUACAUUAUUAUUUGUCAAACCGCUCGCUACCUGUAAGGUUUAAAAACAAAAGCAAACAAAAUUCUAACAAAAAGACAGCGCGAUGACUUAUAUCAACAAAAUCACUAGACUGAAAUGUGUAUAUAUAGGAAUGCAUACAUAUAUUGCUAAUGUUAUAGGUUUAAUAUACAUAUUCAAAAAUUGUACCUUUCAGCCCUCACUCUGCUGCUCGCUGUUCUGCCGCUCAACCUUCUUGGCUGACAUCAUCAAGAUUGAUGAUCGUAGCCAAUCCAAUGUUACCCCAUAGGGAAGCAUUGAGAGGUAAGUGCACAUGCACAGCAAAACACAGCGCUAUGCCAAGUGAAUGGUGCUCUACUGGCAGCAUUUUCUUGAGAACCAAGUUUGAUUCCGUUCUCAAUGUGAAAGCUCCUCUUGUGGCUGUCUGUGAAACCUGCAAUGGAAAUAUUGCAGUUUCUAUAAAUUUGCAAUGUUUUACAUUGCAUGUUUAAAACUACUGGGCCACUGCACCCAAACAACUUUAUUGAGAGCAAGUGUGGUAUGGAUGUCUUAAUUGGUCCUUUUAAUUGUGUCCUCUGAAGCAGUUUUAGUGCCUCUGCAAUCUCCCUAUUUAAUUAUCUGCUGUCAAUGAGUUAAGUCACUUUAUUUUGCAGCCGUGGCCACACUUUCACUGGCUGUGACUCACACAGCCUCCAUGGAAAAAAUGUUUAAUUCUCAUUAAGAUCGUACAACACAGUUUGUUUACUUUUGAAUUUAUUCUCUCAGAGGAAUGGUAAUUUAACUUUAAUCACACACAGGAAGCUGUUGUAAUUAUGUAGCUGGUAAUUAACAAAAUCACAAGAUAAGAAAUUCUUAAUGUAUCACACUAUGCAAUAAGUGAAGCUAAAAAAAUAAAAGUGUUAGCUCUUUUUCAAAAAGCCUGUGGAUGUGUGGCUAGCUCAGUGGAAACACUUCCUUUUCACAGAAAAGGCAAUAAAAUCAAGAGAAUGCAAGAACAGGCACAUUACAUCAAAGCCUCUAUUUUAAAAUGUAGAGGAUCCCUUUAGAGAUGCAGUAUUUGAAUGAGCAUAUGAAACUUGAAGAUAUUUUACAAUAUUUCAAACAGUCUCUUGAUUAUGUGUUUAAUUUUUACAUGCAUUCCAUAUAAGUUUUUAUGUAAGCAAUUUGAAGCAUAUAUCGAAAUUCAUUCUGGAUAAUUUCUGCACCUGCUAAUUGUAUUAUUUACAUUUUCUUUAUGUGAAUGGAUCCAGAUGUAACAAAAUUCCAAAGGUGGCUACAAUAAAGGCACUUUAAUAUAACAAAAAGGAUUGUCUUUCACUGGAAAUAAGCAUAUAUAUUUAAAAUGUGCCACCUAAGCUUAUUAAAACAGCCCAUGGACAUCAGCAUUAAAUUGCUUCUAUCUUGUAUCUCUCCUAGCUUAGAUGAUGGUGAACUUUGUGCAUCUGUAGAAGCAUUAUGUAAAUAGGCAGUCUGAAGUUUUAUAAUUUGUAUAAUUAUUGCUUUCUUGCUUCACUGCCAGCGGCAUGACAUUAUUUUUCCUCGCAGACAGGUCCCUCUGUUUAUUGUACCACCUAUCUCCUGUAACACAAAAAAAGAAAGAGACUGAAAUGGGAUUACAGAAUGGUCCUCCCAAAUAUCAGUCCCUAUACCCUUAAAAAAGGCUGUUCCGCUAAACUAAGGCAACAAAUUGCCAAUAUUAGAACAUAGAUAAAAUUUAUGGAAAAUAAUACAUUUUUAUUAACCCCUCUUGAGGGGAAAUAUAGACAAAUAAUAGUGAUAAAAGUGUAUAUACAGUGAAAAAUAAAAAAUCUAUAUAUAUAUAAGAACCGUCUACUGUUCCGCUAAAUAUAUAAUAUGUACAGCACAUCAGUUAGCUCCUUCAUUAAAGGACCACUAUAGUGCCAGGAAAACAUACUCGUUUUCCUGGCACUAUAGUGCCCUGAGGGUGCCCCCACCCUCAGGGACCCCCUCCCGCCCGGCUCUGGAAGGGGGAAAGGGGUAAAACUUACCUUUUUCCAGCGGGGCGGAGAGCUCUCCUCCUCCUCUCAGCCUCCGUUACGCCCCGCCGGCUGAAUGCGCGCGCAAGCGCGCGCAUUCAGCCCGUCAGGAAAGCAUUUAUUUUGGACGCUGGCGUGCUCUCACUGUGAAAAUCACAGUGAGAAGCACGCAAGCGCCUCUAGUGGCUGUCAAUGAGACAGCCACUAGAGGAUGAGGGGGAAGGCUUAACCCAUUCAUAAUUAUAGCAGUUUCUCUGAAACUGCUAUAAUUAUGAAAAAAAUGGGUUAACCCUAGAAGGACCUGGCACCCAGACCACUUCAUUAAGCUGAAGUGGUCUGGGUGCCUAGAGUGGUCCUUUAAUAACGGAGAUGUAGGUAUAAAUUGUUGCUAGUAAUUCAUUUGCAACAAUGUCUCAGUAGCCAAUAUAACUGUUGGUGUAAAUCAACGGAAGUCAAAGUUAAAGGAACACUAUAGUCACCUAAAUUACUUUAGCUAAAUAAAGCAGUUUUAGUGUAUAGAUCAUUCCCCUGCAAUUUCACUGAUCAAUUCACUGUUAUUUAGAAGUUAAAUCACUUUGUUUCUGUUUAUGCAGCCCUAGCCACACCUCCCCUGGUUAUGAUUGACAGAGCCUGCAUUGAAAAAAAAACUGGUUUCACUUUCAAACUGAUGUAAUUUACCUUAAAUAAUUGUAUCUCAAUCUCUAAAUUGAACCUUAAUCACAUACAGGAGGCUCUUGCAGGUUCUAGCAAGCUAUUAACAUAGCAGGGGAUAAGAAAAUCUUAAUUAAACAGAACUUGCAAUAAAGAAAGCAUAAAUAGGGCUCUCUUUACAGGAAGUGUUUAUGGAAGGCUGUGCAAGUCACAUGCAGGGAGGUGUGACUAGGGUUCAUAAACAAAGGGAUUGAACUCCUAAAUGGCAGAGGAUUGAGCAGUGAGGCUGCAGGGGCAUGUUCUAUACACCAAAACUGCUUCAUUAAGCUAAAGUUGUUCAGGUGAUUAUAGUGUCCCUUUAACCACUGAAGUAAAGCAGCUAAGGUACUAUUGGUAGAUACCAGUAGAUAUCAGACUACCAGAUUAUGUUACAAUUUAUGGGCAGAUACCUUGGGCUGGCGAUAUAUUAAUCUUAAUACUAGGACGAAUCCCAUCCCUAUAUAGCAUAAAUUGAUUCUAUAUGCUAUAAUUAGAUAGGGUUUACGUACUAGGAUCUAGUGAUCUGGAUCGUUAUGGAUUUAGAUUGUGCCUAAUAUAUUUUUAUCCAACUGCAACAUGGGGGUAUUCUGUUGAGUAUUAUAAUUGGGGUUGUAGAACUGUUCUAUCGGCUAGGAUUCUGGCUACACUAUUAGUUCAGACAGCACUGCCGUCUAACUUCCCCAAAUACUCCUUCAAGUUUUACCCCCUGCAAGAUCCUGGCAAUUUUAGCCCCCACUAAUUAUUCUGGAAGCAAAUGUGUUAUACCCUGUAAGGACACCAAUACCUAUAUCGAUUAACACACAAUUGUAUAUUGCUAUGUGUGAGGCAAUUCAUUGAGGUCACUUUACUUCAGUGGUUAACUUUGACUUCCUUUGAUUUACACCAACAGUUAUAUUGGCUACUGAGACAUUGUUGCAAAUGAAUUACUAGCAACAAUUUAUACCUACAUCUCCGUUAUUAAUGAAGGAGCUAACUGAUGUGCUGUACAUAUUAUCUAUUUAGCGGAACAGUAGACGGUUUAUAUAUAUAUAUAUAUAUAUAUAUUUUUUUUUUUUUUUUACUGUAUAUACACUUUUAUCACUGUUAUUUGUCUAUAUUUCCCCUCAAGAGGGGCUAAUAAAAAUUUAUUAUUUUCCAUAAAUUUUAUCUAUGUUCUAAUAUUGGCAAUUUGUUGCCUUAGAUUAGAGGAACAGCCUUUUUUAAGGGUAUAGGGACUGAUAUUUGGGAGGACCAUUCUGUAAUCCCAUAUCAGUCUCUUUCUUUUUUGUAUUAUAUCUUUUGGGUUAUGCCCUAAUAUCCUGCAACCUUAUCAACUCCAGUGAAGGACUUUCUUCUCUCUCACUGUGUGUUGUGUCCCCUUUUUUAUCUCCUGUAACACUUUAUAUACACCGAAGGGGGUCCUCCAUACCAUAGGGGCACAUGUGAUUUAUAGGAUUGCCUGAUGCACAAUGAGUUAAUGUUGCAGUUCUGUGUCAGUAGAUGACUCUUGUAUUUUGUUCGUCUGGAACAUCUUGUGCUCACCCAAACACUAGAAGCAGUACGCAUGCUGAUGUAAUAAGGACUGCGGCCACGUCUUUUCAGCUGGUAAUUGUCAGGGAUGAAAGAACUGCUGUUUUAGGAACUGAUUGUUGUUUUCUAUAGUUUAGCUGUCUCGCUGCUGACAGUAACCUCUCUGCUUCUUUCCUCCUGUGUCCCGCCUACCCCUGCAGAUGGGAGAGGAUACGCAAUGGGUAACUGGUUAUCACUCAGUAGCAUUUUGAUAGACUUGCAUUAUCCCUUUUAUCUUUUUUUUUUUUUUUUUCCUUCAUUGGCCUUCAUUAAAGACCCUUAAUCCUUCUCAUCAGGCAGCCUUGUGCAUGGUCAUUAACAUUCAGUUAUCACAAGCAUCCAGCUUAGCAUCUUGAACAAGCACAGCCCUCCUCCUCCUUUCUCUCUCUCUUUUAAAUGGAGUACCACGCACAGCACUUCUCAGCACUAAGUCAAAAUAUGCCAUUAUUCUCCUAUAUUGAAUGCUCAUUAUGAUUUGUCACCCUCUACCCCUCCUUCCUGUCUCAUUUUGCCAUAGUAACAAUCGAAUAGACUAGACAUAUCAUUUGUAAGUGGUCUUUUUUUCUAGUGUUUAUAUUAAAUAGAUACAUAGUUUAAAAACCUUAACCCCUUAAGGACACAACUUCUGGAAUAAAAGGGAAUCAUGACAGAAUAUUUCCGUCGUGUGUCCUUAAUGGUUUUUGGAUAUGUCCACCUAGAUAUGUCAUCAGUCAUAUCUAGUUUAUUCACUAUGCCUAGAAAUGACCACUAACAAAUUUUUAGGACAAAAAACAUACAUUUUGAAGAAGAAAAAAAGCUACUAUAUUUUGUUAAAUUUUUUUAUAAAUCUAUGGUUUAGUGAAAAACAUACCACGUAUUGUCUUUUCUAUAAAUCUUGACUUGAAAUAUUAAUUUAAUUUUAUAUGUAGUGUUUCAACUUUUCAGUGUUUGCCAAAGUAAGGUUAUGUGGCUCUUGGUGUAGUUGUUUGAUUAAUAUUAGUUGAGUUAAUACAUUAAACACCUGGGGUUGUGAUGAUGAAGUUAGGCCAAAACCGCAGAGUUUGAUAGAUCCCAUGUUUUUGAAAAUCUAAUGGUAGUUGUACUCCUUAUACUCUGUGUUUACUGUAUGUGAGUUUUAUUCACUACACCAAUUAUCAAUAAUAGAAUUAUACAUUUUAGAUAUUUUUAUGCCCCUCAAUGUUCUAUGAUUGAGAUCACAAAACUCAGGACAUUUCCAUGGUUUGCAAAUUAGAAGGCAGAUUUGAAAUAGAAGAAAGGAAUAUGCAGAAAGAGCAAUUAUGAUCUAACUUUGAGCAAUUAAAGGACCACUAUAGUGCCAGGAAAACAAACUCGUUCUCCUGGCACUAUAGUGUUAAUAGGUUCGCCCCCCCCUCCCGCCAGGCUCAAGAGGGGUUAAGGGAUUAAAUUCUUAACUUUCUCCAGCACUGGAAUCCCUCGGCGCUGGGGACUCUCCUCCCUCUUCCGACGUCAUCCGCCGAAUGCCCACCCAUUCAAUCUGUCCAUAGGAAAGCAUUUCUCAAUGCUUUCCUAUGGACGUUGGCGUCUUCUCACUGUGAAAAUCUCAGUGAGAAGCGCGGAAGCGCCUCUAGCGGCUGUCAAUGAAACAGCCACUAGAGGCUGGAUUAACUCUAUUGUAAACAUAGCAGUUUCUCUGAAAUUACUAUGUUUACAGCUGCAAGGUUAACCCUGGAUGGAUCUGGCACCCAGACCACUUCAUUGAGCUGAAGUGGUCUGGGUGCCUAUAGUGGUCCUUUAACAUUGUUUCCAGCAGUACCCUAAUCAACUGUACGAUAGUGUGACACAGUGUAAUCAGUAGACUCCAAAUAGAGCAAAAUGGCCAGGAGGAGCCUAUAGAGGGGCAAGACGAGCAUUAAAAAGGGUGUGUGAGAGCAGCAAUAACAAGCCUGUAGGAGAAAUUGUUAGGCUUUGGACAUUAGAAUUUCCUUUCCCUCUUUUAAUACGUAGAUUUGCAGGAUGGUAGAAUUUCAAAGAGGCAGUAGUUAAAAAUUUGUAGUGCACACGGUGCUCAUAUACAGAUUCCAAAUUCAAAACUGCACCAGGCAGAGAUACCCACUUCAACCCCUUCUUUUUGCACUAACCCUGGAACUGUUCCUUGCAGCUAUCAGACGUAAUCCGGAUGUUAAAGGCUUCAGUUGGAAGGGUGUAGAACAUAAAACUGCGGCAUAUGCGGAUGAUCUAUUGUAAUGUUCUUCGUGGAAGAUCCCACGACUACCUUACCAAGCCUCUUGAGGGAAUUCCAAGCAUAUCGAGCUUUGUCUAGUCUUAAACCGAACCUUACUAAAUGUGAGGUACUGAAUAACACGAUGCCUAGAGAAAUUUGCCCUUUCCUUAAAGCUUGCUUCCCCUUCACUUGGUGUGAAAACCAGAUUAAAUACCUGGGAGUUUGGAUACUAUCUAAUCCGGCAGAGCUUUUUUCGGCCAAAUUUUCUUCCAUUACCGAAUAAAAUACAAACAGACUGUAAACGCUGGAACUAUUGCAUCUGUCCUUCCGCGACUCUUAUAGCUCUCCCAGACCAUCAUCUUACUUGUCCCGACAAUGUUCUUCUUUACCCUACGAACUACUGUACUCUGUGUCUGGAGAAGUGAAAGAUAUUCAAAAUUGCAACAUAUUUAUCAUAAUUUGUCUAAUCGACUGAUAGUACACAGAGACGGAAGGCACCGUAGCUAUGCUAUACCAACACCUUCUAGUGGGAUAUUUGUAAGGCAAAAAUGCUUUUAGAACACAGUGGGAGGAACUGGCAAAUCAUUUUCAGAAAUACAGUGGGAGAAAGCACUGGUACUACAUCACAAAAGCUUGGUCUGCCCCAGAUAUCAAGAAGUCAACUGUAAAUUACUUUCACACUGGUACAGAACACCAGUGCUUUUAUACAGAAUUUCCCAGAGGUUCCGGAUACGUGCUGGAGGUGUGGCAGAGAAGUGAGCACAGCAGGGCUCGAGUCCUGCAGGAAUGCAUGGGAACGGCGUUCCUGCACUUUUUCCACAGCAGGAACGCCGUUCCCGUUACCUGUCCUGCAGGACCGGCCCUGCUAUCUGCAUAGAGGGGCCAUCACACGCUGUGUUCCCCCUCCAGCUCUAACUCUCGCGAGACCCGCGGCUGUUACCAUGGCAACGCUCCGCACAUGCGAGUCUCGCGAGAGUUAGAGCUGGAGAGGGAACACUGCGUGUGAUGGCUCCUCUGUGCAGCGGCUGGUUCCCUCCACCGGACCACCAGGCGAUACAAUAAACAAAUGUAAACACAUAAAGUAAGAAAAAAAUUGCUUCUCCUCCCCCCCACACAUCAUCCAGCACUCACUCACACACCCAUCAUCCAGCACGCACUCACACACACAUCAUCCAGCACUCACACACACAUCAUCCAGCACACACACACACACACACAUCAUCCAGCACUCACACACACACACAUCAUCCAGCACACACACACACACACAUCAUCCAGCACUCACACACACACACAUCAUCCAGCACACACACACACCAUCCAGCACACACACACACAUCAUCCAGCACACACACACACAUCAUCCAGCACACACACACACAUCCAGCACUCACACACACACACAUCAUCCAGCACUCACACACACACAUCAGCCAGCACUCACACACACACACAUCAUCCAGCACUCACACACACACACACAUCAUCAUCCAGCACUCACACACACAUCGUCAUCCAGCGAGCACACACACGUCAUCCAGCGAGCACACACUGCAUUCAUUAUACACACUCUUCACUCACUACAAACACACUACAUUCACUAUACACACUCUGCAUUCAUUAUACACAUUCUGCACUCACAACACACUACAUUCACUAUACACACUCUGCAUUCACUACAAACACACUACACACUCUGCGCUCACUACAAACACAUUAAAUUCAUUAUACAUAAUUUGCACUUACUACAAACACACUACAUUCAUUAUACACACUCUGCACUCACUACAAAAACACUGCAUUCACUAUACACACUGCACUCACUACAAACACACUACAUUUAUUAUACACACUGCACUCACUACAAAUACACUACAUUUAUUAUACACACUGCACUCACUACAAAUACACUACAUUCAUUAUACACACUCUGCACUCACUAAAAACACACUGCAUUCAUUAUACACACUGCACUCACUACAAAUACACUACAUUCAUUAUACACACUAUGCACUCACUAAAAACACACUGCAUUCAUUAUACACACUCUGCACUCACUACAAAUACACUACAUUUAUUAUUCAUACUCUGCAUUCACUACAAACACACUACAUUCAUUAUACACACCCUGCACUGCACUAUAUGCAUAGGAGUGUAAUUUUUUAAUUUUUUUUUUUUAAGGGGGGGAAGGAGAGGGGAGGCGGGAAUCUUGGGUGAGUUCCCACACUUUUUUCCCCAGGACUUGACCCCUGGAGCACAGUGAUGCAUUUCUGGUCGGAUUGCUCGCACAUCACUCCUUUUUGGGAUGCAGUCAUGACUAAUGUUGCUGAAAUACUAGGAGAUUUGAUAUAGAUAAUGUUCUUCUAUAUUUGACACCACUGCCGCUCUCAAAAUAUAAGAAGUCUUGAAACAUAUGCUUAAUGAGGUAAAGUCUUUUAUACCUGCCCUAUGGAGACACACUAGUUCCGUGGAACAAUGGCUAGCAAGAGUUGAAGAGAUCCAGGCAGCAGGGGCAAUGCAGGCAGCAUUAAUAGUUAAUCACCCCAAACAUGCCAAGAUCUGGUAUCAGUCGGUAAACUUUACAGCAAAAAAAAAGACAUAAUGGGAGGGGAGCCUCCUGGAGAUUAGGUUUGCAACAGGGCCUGCAGCAUGUGCCUGGAUUCAUACUACUAUACUCUUUCCUUACUCUUAUGUAGGCUUACUAUUGAUCUUUUCCCUUGUAUAAACUACAAUCUCACUUUGUGACCUGCUCUGGAACUUUUUUGGUUUUACAUUUUCUAAUACUUUACUCAAACAACCCCAGUCCUGUGUGCCAGGAAGUGCCCAGCUCUACUCUGACACCAAUUUAGGAGAGACGCACUCACACAGCCAUAAUGGUACUGUCAAAUGUUUAACAUAAAGGUUAUUAUAAUAUUAUUCUAAGAACACACAUUGAGUAGCUUGCAGGCAAAUUCACUUCUGACCACCUCCUAGACUUUGUUCAUAAUUGGCUAUAAAUUGAAAAAGUUUGACACCUGGGAUCACAACCGGUUUUUCUAUUUAAGAAAGCUGAAAAUUACUGAUCUCUUUACUAAACUUGGAAAUUUAUGGCGAGCUUACGGAGAAAUAAGUCUAACCCUAACUUUUUGUUGUUCUUGGCUUACAUCAAGAUGAUUUCCUCCUCGAUUAAGUUCAACACUCAGGCAGCUGUGUAAUCCACAGGCUUUAUGAAUCCAAUUAUUCCGCAUUAAUGUAUGUCACAUGAGGUCAUAGAUAAUUAUUUUUGGAAGCUAGUGUAAUGAAAUAGUGUCUUAGAUGCUACUUGGGUUAUUUGGAUUGGAACUCAACUGCAGUUUGUAGAACUCCUUAAUUACAAUAGUAAAGAAACAAAGAAUCAUUAAAGUAUCAAUACUGUAGCUUUAAGAAAAGAGAGGCGAUUGCUGGCAAUUUGAGAAUCAAGCGAAGUUUUAUGAUUGAUAAACUUAAAUGAAUUGCAUAUAGGCAAUAAUCCAAUAAGAAGAAAGUGCAGGUUAUCAAACAGUACAAAGUUCAUUAAUAAGUAUUUCCUCAGAGAAGUUUUUAAUAAGAUUCUUUAGGUUGCUGGGAAUAAUCUUCAAUAGAAACAUUAAGCAGGUAGCAGAGAGUAUUUGCAAAUCAAGAAACAGUUCAUAGUAAAUAACCAUGAUGGGAGUUGUCCUCCAUAUAAUUAGUAACUUGAAGCAGAGAAGAUUUGAGAAAGCAGGAAUUGGUUCAUUAAUAAAUGAUAUUGCAGACAGUAGUUGAAAGAUAUACUUAAGGUUAAGGUGAGUUGUCCUCCAAGAGUUCAGAGUUAUAGUCCACUUGUAAAUUAGCAAGUAUCCGUUCUCCAGUAAUCCUUUAUGGCAUGCAGCAAUCCUUGCAUUGGCUCAAAGGCUGGGACGGCUUGUCAGAGCUUGUGGAGCCGGCGUGUAUACCCGGAAGUAGGUCCCACAAUCACCAAGCGUCUUCUCCCUGGCGCGGUCUCCCUAAGUACUGUCAGAGCCGCGUCAGAAGAGGGUGGGGCUGGCUCAGCAAUGCGGAAGUGCCGAACCCGGAAGAGAUACCGCAUGACACUACAUUUAGUACUAGGUGGAGUUACUUAAUGGACAGGGAGGGCGGUGGGGUUGAUAUGGAUUACAUAGUUGAUUGAAUAAUGUGACCUGUUUGACAAGUAUGUGAUCUGUUUGCUAACACUCCCUUUUCAUUAUUUUUAGAUUACCUUUCUUAUUUAGUUCCAUUUAGUUGACUAAUUGGACCUGCAAGUCUAAUUCUGUUUUGUUCACUUUCCUUGUGUGAAAAACUCAAUAAAGUAAACUAUAUACCUUAAAACUUUGUAGUGUUUACAUGUAUUUGUUUCUUGGUCUAAAGGUUUAUAUUUCAACCAGUCCUUCAUCACAACUAUUAGUCCAGGAUUUUAGGAUUACCAAUUUGUGCUCAAAUAUGAAUGUUAGUAAAGUAUGGAUUAUCACGGGUUACAAGAACUGGUUUUAAAUACUUACGUACUUUAGUAGUGUCACGAACACCACUCCCAGGCAGGCACAUGUCUUGCUUCAGGGGGUGAACUGGUUAAAAAUUCACUAUUUGUCUGCAAUAGACGGAAAAUAAUGAUUAAAACAUUCUAUUAAUCCAGUCCACACCUAUGAAAGCUGCCUCCUCCAAGGAAGUUUAUAAAUGGAGCAGCUUGGGUUACCCCACCAAACCAAAUUUAGCAACCCACAAAACAGUUCAGUAUAAAUGGCUAUGAAACCACAGUAUUAUGAAAAAUGUUUCUUUGGUAACAUGAUUCUUAUAUCAGACAAAGGCAGAACUUAAUAAAGUUAUUAUCGCCAAAAAUUGUGCUUACAUAGAAAAAAUAGAUUACAAACAAAUUUGACAUACACCAACAAACAGAUUAAGUAAAAAGGGAGAAAAUUAACAGAAAACCCCAAUACUAAUUGUACUAGCAAAGUCUUUCUAUGCGAAGGAAAAUGUAAAUCCACUACAAUUUUGAUUUUGUUCUCAAAAUGGAUUUCAAUAUUCUUUAGGUUUCAUUUAUGAUUAAUUCACUAUCUGCUUAGCCUGGACUUCCUAAAUCCAGCAAGGGUGCAGGAAUUGGUUCUAUGAGGGAUAAUUAAAGUAUCCCAAAACAUGGAUGAAAACGUACAAUGGCUUAUAUAAAAAAAACUCAAGAACAAAUUCUUCUGAUCACUUUGCAAGCAGGUCAGGUCAUUUCUGUGAAUCCAGACAAAUAUGAAAUGAGAUGAAAUAACACAUGUAUUUCAUACAUAAUGCCCCCCAAAAACAAGAUUGCAUCUAAAAUCAUUUCCAAACUUUAAGUGAAUGGCUGUUCACUUCACUUAUAAUAUGCAUUGUAAGUCUGGUGCCAUUUGUCAAGCUCUUUCUGACAGCUCAUCUAAUAAAUAUAUUAUGGAACUAUAAAGUACAGCGGGGCGGGUUAUAAAAUUAAUAAAAGGAAUAAUUGAUUUUAGUUAUGUAUAGAGGUUAAGAAAUGUUAAAUCUGUUUAGUUUAGAAAAAAUGGACCUCAAAGGGCCAUAUCACCAUUGUACAGCGCUACGGAAUAAUAAAAUAAUAAUAAUUACAAUCAUUGUCUGGAAAUGUAUACAUAAACAGGGCUAUGCAUUUAGAUUCGAAAAAAAAAGAUUUAGUCUAAGGCAAAGGGUUUCUUUUUAGUAAGAACAAUAAAGAUGUAGAAUUCUUCUCCUGAAGAGGUGGUUUUAUCAAAGUUUAUACAGAUUUUUAAACCGCAACUAGGUGAAUACUUGCAAAAACAUAUUUAGGAAUAUAGUUUAUGGGGUAAAAGCUUCUUGAUCCAAGAUAUAUCACUCCUGUUCUUUUGUUGCGAAAGGAAUUCUUCCUUGUUUUAGCAGAUUUGGAAAGCGUGUCUAAAAGGUUUUUUGCCUUCUUGAAUCAAACGCAAAAACAGAUGUAAGAUUUUAAGCUUGAUGGACACCUGUGUUCAGUUUAUGUAGUUAUCCAAGGUCCUGUAAUAAUGAUGUUGGACUUCAGAGGCCAGUCUUUAAAGUCCUCUACACUGUUUGGUUUACAAACCGGAAACGAAAACGUGCCUUAAUUGCUUUACUAUUUCCUUGUGUUUUUCAGACACCAACAAGAUUUUUUAUUUAAUGCUUCAAAGCUUUUUUUAAGGUGUGAACUUUUAGGUACGACAGAUUAACAUUGCAGUAAUGACUAGUGUGAGACUCGCAGGCCUCCUAGCUGUGAAUAGCGGUGUAAUGAGACAUGAAGAAUGCAAUAACUACCGUAAUUAUUCAGAUGUGACAUACAUUAUAUGUAAUAUAGCAGCUAAUAGGAUUUAUGUCCUUGUAGUUGUAUUCGUGUAUGACCUGAAUCACGUGAACAUUCCCUAAGGCCGGGUCUUAUAUGGGUCCUAGCUGUGGGGUACUCCACCUGUGUAUCUCGUUGGUCGGGUGGGCCUAUUAUGACAGGUGACUCUACCGUCCCUGCGACUCAACAGUGUUUAAUUUUGUGACAGACACCAACAAGAUUUAACCAAUUGCUUCUCAGACACCGUUAAACUCAUAGGUCAUGGUUAAAAAGCAGCCAAAUGAACCUUUACCAUGCUAUAAUCAAUCAUACUGCCUCUAUUGAUUAAUAAUUCCAUGCAUUCAGUACUCACAUCAGAUUAGUUAACCACAUUUUAACAGUGAAAUACACAGCACAUUCGCAAUAUUCUUAGAAAGAACAAUGAAUCAUACCCACUGCACAAGUAGCCCAUUAAGAUAUGUUCUGGAUUGAGCCUAGUGACGCUUUUGAUUGCAUUGGGUCAGAAAGAAAGAUUUUUGAUGAGUUCAAUCAUUUUUAAGUAAUAGACCAUAAAGAAGAGAUUGUAACAAGAUAGGGUCUCGUAAGAAAAUAUUUUUCAGACCGACUCCAUUAUAGAUGCACACGACCAUGUUUUGGGGGGGAGUUGUUAUUUUGGAACAUAUCUGAAACAUUUUGAGACUGGCGGCUAAUUAUAAUUAUGAUAAAUAGUCUUGUCAACAUGGAAGGCCUACAGAUAUAUUCACUCCAGUAAUAAACAUUCACCUGUGUACAUUUAUUUUCAUUAGGCCUUGGUAUUUACAUAUUAUAUCCAGUCAUUUUCAAUACUGAAGUAAAUUAUCUUGCUGUAACUCAACUGAAAUGUUGUGCCACAAUUUGCAGAAAACAGUCUGACAGACCAACAAUUGAUGUGGGUUGGAAUGAGACAAAAUUCCCCAAGCACAUAUGUUGAAUUGGUCACUAAGUGCAGGGCAUGUUUGGUGGAAGUCAUUGCUUCUUAGAAAUGUUGUACUAAAGAAAUUUGAAGCAGUAAAUUAAAAUGGCCUAUUCUCUAUAUCAGGGGUGCCAAAAAGAUCGAUACCCAGAUUUUUUACAACUACAGCUACCAUGAUGCAUCGUCAUUCUAAAGGCAUGCAAGCCAUCAUGGGACUUGUGGUUCCAUAACAUCUGGGGAUCUAUCUUUUGGGCAUCCCUACUCUACAUAGUAUUACAACUUGCAUGAAAAAUCACAUUAUAGGUCUUCAUGGCUGGCGCAACCGUUAGUCACACUAGGCAUUCGCCUAGGGAGCCGGCCUGCUAGGGGUGCCCACCGGGAUAUUUCCUGGUGGGCACCCCCUGUCUGGGACAGCAGCACUGGGCGAACGCCUUACCUAGCACAGCAUCAGGGCGCACCUGAUGCUGUGCUAGGUAAGGCAGAGCAGGCACCUGGUUACCUUGAUGGCAGGUGCCUGCUCUGCCAACAAAUGCUGUUUACCUGAGGACAGGGGGACGGAAAAGCCAGGCGGCGAAGGAGACUGUUCUUGCAGCCUCUCACUCCUCCCUCGCGCGCCCUCUGAUGUCGGAAGCCGGAAUAUGGUGUAAUUCCGGCGCCGGCAUACUAAACAGCGCACUGGACCCCAGGGAGGUGAGUGUAUGUAUGUCCGUGAGUGUCUGUGUGUCAAUGAGUGUGUGUGUGUCUGUUGGUGAGUAUCUGCCUGUGUGAGUGAGUGUCUGUGUGUGUGUGUCUGUCAAUGAGUGAGUGACAUGAGGCGGCGGCAAAAUAAAUCUUUGCGUAGGGCUGCAGAAAUCCUUGCAAUGGUCCUGUAGGUAUGAAGAAAUAGUAAAAGUAAUUCUAAAGGGUUCCCACCUCUUUUUGCCACCAUUGUACCUUUAAUGUUUAAUUAACUUUUAUAAUUUGUUGAUUUUUCAGUGCUUAGAUUUAGAUUUAUUAUAGUUGCCUAAUAAUUACUCUACUCAUUUCUUUUAUAAUGGUUAAUGCUCCAUCAGUCAUAUUAUAGACCUGCAUGGAGACUUAAAAAGACCUGCAUCCUCAGAGGUGUUAUUUGUGAAAAAGCAAAUCGAGGCUUGGUUAUUUAAUUAUUUGAUGAUCCUCCCAAUAUUUUCUCUUUCAGCUGGGAAGUGACCUUGGUGGAGGCAUUGGUGGAAGUCCAGCGGUAAGCCCCCUGACUUCUUUAUACUGUAUUGUAGAGGUGUAACAGAGUGUGUAACUUUUAUAUAGGACUCAGUCCUGUAGAUUUUAGAUUGUAAUUCUAGACGUUAAUAUACAGCUGGGGCUAAGCUAAUUUUUACAUUCUUCCAAUUUGAAAGCUAGUGAAACACAAAUUCACAAAAUGUUAAAGAAAAAGUACCCCGCAACUCUUUAUUUUAUUUUUCUUUAUACUCCAUUAUUUCCAACCAUGCAAAAUUAUUACUCUUUCAUUUUGUAAAAUCAUGUUCCAACCUUUUGCUUUUUCUUGCCAAUUAUCUGGCAUAUUUUUAGUUGGGACGAUUGUUUACAAGCUUGAUUGAAAGCUAACUAUUUAUUUGAUAAAAAGCAAUAUUUCAUUUCUCUUUUCUUUAAGUAGAAUGUUAUGCACAUUGGCAUGGUAGAAAAUAAAAUAUGCAUGUAGUAUAUAAAUCACAGUAGUGUCAUUGAAUUUCUUAUCAAUGCCAAAUGUAUCUCUUUGUAGUGAUUGAUGAAAAAAAAAAAGAGUUGUGCUUCUGCCAAGACAUUGGCUUUUGCUCCUGAGAUGGUACCAUGCCAUAAAAUAUUGCGUUUCAGAUCAAAAUAUUUCUGGUUUUCCAUUUCUGUAAUCUAAACUAGUUAAUAUAUAUAGUGUAAAGCUUUUAGUCCUAUCUACUGUACUGAUAUGAGGAUCGCUUUAAUUGUCAUCUUGUUUUAUUUUACAGGUUGGCCAAUCCUUUAUUCCAUCCUCUGUUCCUGCAACAUUUGCUCCAUCCCCUACUCCAGCCGUGGUCAGUAGUGGCCUGAAUGACUUGUUCGAGCUGUCCACAGGAAUUGGAAUGGCCCCAGGUGGAUUUGUUGCGUCAAAGGCAGUGAGUUGUAGUUAAAUUGUAUGUCCUCUUGAUAUAUAUUCAAUAAAGAAUUAUUUUGACGUCACCUUUAGCUGUUCACCGACAAUGCUUCGCUAACUAUUCAGUCACUUCUAAGAGUGUUAAACCUAUUCAACACUUUUUGUCAUAGUCACAUUCCGGUCCCUGACAACCUUUUGUUGCUAUGGGAAGCUCUGCUUACUAUGCGUUCUCAGUUACAUGCACACCUGCUGUAGGAGAGUGUCUUAUCCCAUUUUGGAUAGGAUAAGAAUUUUUUUUGUGUGUGUGAAAAUGCUACAAGUGGUGAAAUUGAUUUGUGAAAAUAGAAAAAGCUAUUAAAUUGCUACGUUUUGGCUACAGUUGGAGUUAUUUACAUUUAAAGCAAUUUUGUUUUAAAUGCAAGGCAGUCGAUGAAACAUUCAGUUGAUUUUGAUUGUCAGUUUUGCACAACUCUCAUUAUUAACUCCUUAUAAGUUUGCAGUAUUGUUUUUGAAAUAUAACAGGAGUUUGUAAUAUUGCCAUAUUGUAUUAAAAGUCUUUCACUAAAAAGUGAUGACAUUAUCUUGGAAUACAGAAAACCCUAUAGGGGGGGUGGAUGGAAUCCAUCAACAGUUGGUACAGUGUGACAUUUGCUUAAUAUGCUGGCAAUUUGUACAAAAGGCAAUAUAGUACUGGGAAGAGAUUUGACUCAGUUCUUAGUUUGCAGAUUUUACUCGGUCAUGCUAGAUAAAUGUUUUUGUUAGCGUGAAGUUUUUACAUCGCAUCUAAUUUUCUUAAAAUAGUAUUAUUGUAUUGAUCUGUUGGUGUUGAAUUACAGGCAUUGAGACAUAUGAUCAGGUAGCAAUGAAGCAUGACCUAUCAGCAAGAUUUAUGGUUAUUCUAGAGAAACAGACACAUGAAUCACAGACCAUAAAUACUUUGUGUUUUAAAGUUGCCUUCUACAUCACUAUAAAUUGUUUUAAGCAUGAUUUUAUUCAGAACAGAUUUGUUUUGAAGGAAUACUAUCCUAAGCUUUUUUUAUGCUGUUUCUACACCAUUUACAUUAUUGUAAAUGUUUUUGAGCAAUGUUAAAGCUAGGUUUGAUGCAGUAACCUAUGAAUGCUGUUUAGCAUUCAGAUUGUGAGUUUACAAUCAUUCCAUUUAGUGGGCCUGCUGACUUUAUUCUUUGUCUGGUGGCAGCUCAAUAGAGUAAGUUUUUUUUAUUUUUUACAUUGCACAGUUGGGACAUGUGACAAUGUAUAAGUCAUGCUUAGUAAAUUAGAUUUGCUAUACUUAUAAGCAAAGAUGCUGUUAGUUUUUUGGAACCUAUUUGCCAUUAGUGAAUAGUUGAUUUAGAGCUAGUCUGCAAAAUGUCCACAUCACCUGAACUGUUGCUGGUUGCAAGACUGUGCAACUUAACCUUUAAAAAAUAUAUUCUAUGAUUGACAGCCUGUCCACAGUCUCAUACAUCGAUUAUUGUGAAUGGAAAGCUGUUUAAGAUGAUCAUUCAAGCCACAACUUUGGUAACCUAUUCUUCGAUUGAACAGAUCCAUAUAAUAUUUGUCACUUGAGGUAAUUUGAACAAUUUCUUACAGGUCUGGCUCCCAGCUGUGAAAGCCAAAGGACUUGAAAUCUCUGGUACCUUCUCUCAUAGGCAGGGACACAUCUACAUGGACAUGAACUUCACCAACAAGGCCCUGCAGCACAUGACUGACUUUGCUAUUCAAUUUAACAAGAACAGGUGAGAUUUUACUACAGUACCAGAACUGAUUGAAACCAUAAAGUGUCUGCUCUCGCUUGUUAGACAGAAAAAGAUCCAGAACUGUAGACUUAUUUACAUCCAAAGCAAAGAUCCUACUUUGUAGUUGUUAAUUUGUUUGACGAAGCAUUUAGUUAAGUCCUGUAUUUCAUUACAUUUUACAUUCCUUAUUCACACAAAAAAAACCAUGUGACACAUUACAUGGCACUAUUAUAAUUUGGCCAGUAAGGCGCUUAUACCUAUAUGAAGCUUUUUGCUUCUUUGAUGUUGUCAUAUCUACAGCACUCUACUGGUAAAAAUUUAGACCCCAGGGGCGCGGAGCUUAGAGCCUGAGCUGAAUGGACGUCAUCCACCACAGCUCCGUACACUUGGUGAACUAUGCGCUUAAAUCCACACAUCUCCUAGCUCACAACAUAGACAGCAGAGGGUGAGCUUCAGACCCAUGCCGUUUCUGUACCCAAAAGGGGCAGAAAAGAUUGACGCAAAACCGGUGCCUACCUCGAGUGCUCAGCCUCACGGGCCGUCCUGCGGGACCUGGAGUCCAAGAUAGACAAAUUGUACAGCUCCCCGUGGCUGCCUGACUACUCCACUCUACCCACUGACAGCAUGGGAUGCAGAUCCCAAAAGCCACAAGCGGGCACCAGCAAAGCCAUCCAGGAUAUCGUGGCAAUGUUACAGCGCACAGCUGCAUCCAAGAUGGCGGCCCGGUCAAAUAGUGGGAUGCACGGGGCAGAUUCCCGUGCAGAUACCACAGAUGCAGGUGACACAGCCUCUCCUUCGACACUGCUAGAAGAAAUGGCAUAGAGAGGCACCUGCCACUAAACAAGAAAAAUUCAGACAAAUGUCAGCAGCAGAUCUUAACGUUUCCCGAGCUGAGGUACAGCUAGUGACAGCGCGCACACAAGCCAUUGAAGAAGAGGUCAUGGACCUUAAGCAAGAGGUACAGGGGCUGAAAGAACAAAUACAAAGCCUGUAACACUCGCACACAUCUCUGACACAGCGAGUAGAUAUUGCCGAAGACCGCAACAGACGCGCUAACAUUAAGAUCUGAGGCGUCCCAGACUUAAUCGGCCCAGCUGUACUGCCACACUACCUGCGGCGCUUGACAGAAACAAUCCUACCACACUCUCAAGCAAAAAAGCUCAUCUUCGAUGGCUGUUACAGAAUCAACAAGUCCAGACAAGCCCCAACGGAGGCCACCGGGACAUUAUAGUGAGAUGUCACUCACUUUCCAGCAAAAAUCGAAGUCUGACAGCAGUACAGGGUAAAACUCCUUGCGAAUUUGAGGGAUCCAAGCUCACAUUCUUCCAAGAUCUAACUAGGAAUACACUGCAAUGGAGGAGGUAUCUUGGAGAAGUCACAGGCCAGCUGCGAAAGGCCGGGGUGGAAUACCGCUGGACUUUACCAAGAUCCCUUAUGGCUACUACUACAGAUGGUAGAGUGCUGAGACUCGCCUCCCUCACAGAUGCCACCACCUUCCUCCAAACAUUGGGGAUCACUCCAAACACAGCCAAGUUGAAUGCCUCCCUCACCAACCACAGCAUGAGUGGAGCCUUUCCGAUCUCGAAGCAGGGAGAAGCCUGGAGUGGCAACCUGAGCUACCUGAAGAGCAGCACAUUAUGUUCACAUGUGUUAUUCAUAUGUUUUCUUGUUGAUGCACCCACUCUAUUUAACUCCACACCCGCUCUACACUGUAUAGGUUGCUGUCAGUUUUUGCCUAACCAGACCUGACACGCAGUCAAAAUUAGUGGUAUCACCUUGACCUAGGAUGGCUCCAUUAGCUUGGAUGGAACUCUAGGUUCUUAAACAAAUAUUGUUUUCGCCCCUCUGGAACCCACACGAAAAGGGUCUUUAACCCAACCAGCCACAUAGUCUGCAGAUACCUGUCACCAUACCAGAGGUGCCACUCCUCAUAGUGCCCAUUAGCUAGCGCACACGCAAACCAUAACUUUCUUGGCUAACUAGAUGGCUUACAGACUUGACCGACCUAAAGGUUCUGAGUAGCGCGUUUCUCUCCACUGUUAUGAUAUGCCAGUUUCGCCAACAAAAGGGUAUCUGCACCGGACACAACUUGUCAUUAAUAUAAAUCUUAUUAACCAGCACCACCUGACCCACAAACGUAAUAAAAAAUAAAUAAAAGAGGUUAUCAUUACCAAAUGCUAUGUAUUGUUGCAAAUGUAAAUCACACUAUUGUUAUCACUGCAUCCAAUCUGACUAUUGUAAACUGAUGUUUUUACCGCAGUAAAACAAAGAUUGACAAAACAUUUUUUGGAUCCCAGAUACAUUUGAUUGCCAAGUCCGUACAAUGGCAGGUCUUAACCAGGAACAUUUUUAGUGGGCACACCAAUGUUCUUAAAGAGGAGCUGUCCCUUCUUGAAAAGUGACAGUUCCCAGUUCCUUCAAUGUGUUAAUCACUAUUGUAACAUUUACUGGGGUGAAUAAAGCAGCAUAAGUAAUUAAAAAAAUAAAAUAAAAAUUGCCACACAAAAGUAUAUAUUUAUAUAAAGUAGACAUCACAGGCUUUUAACCUAAGGUUAUUUUGACACUUUUUACACAGUAAUUUUAUCACCAAUCUCUGCUAAAUAUUGGAGUAAAGCUGUGGGGGGGUUUGGUUUUUGACACACAAACUUAUAACAAAGAUCUCCUCAUGUGUAUUUCGUAAACUCGGUGUGUGCUAUUCGUUACAUCUGCUGAGUGCAGCGAUACCCCCAUUGUAUGUCUUUGGCACUAUUUCGUGAAGCUACAGUGCCGUAUCGGAGACACGUCCAUUUCAGUAUUUACAGUAGAAUUUUGAGAGACUGAUUUGAUGGGCCUAUGUUUCAAUUUGGGGUAUUAUAGCAGUUUGACUGUUCAAAAAAAAACCCACAAAGGCCUACCAUUUGUAAAGGUAGACACCAUGGGGUAUCUCAUGUGGUGCAUAUUGUGCCUUAACAUGCCCCCAUUGUUUCACCAAUAAAUGUCAAAGUUUGUGGUAAAAAAUAAUUUAUGGCAUUUUUUACAUACGUAUUACAUUUUUGCAGGGCAUUUUCUAUAUAUGAUAUGUUCCACUAUGAUCAAAGCCCCAAAAUUAUGCUCAGCCAAGUCUUCUGAGUAAAACGAUACCACCAAUGAAUGUCAUUGGCACUAUUUCAUGAAGCUACAGUGCCAGGAGACCUGUCCAUUUCAGUAUUUACAGUAGAAUUUUGAGAGACUGAUUUGAUGAGAAUUUGAGGUAUUAUAGCAGUUUGACUGUUCAAUAAACCCCCACAAAGGCCAACCAUUUGUAAAAGUAGACACCACCACGGUAUUUCAAAAAGGGGGUAUUUUAAACCUUAGUGUAGAAUCUUUUUUUUUGCAAGUUUGUAUAAAGUCUAGUAGCAAUUAAAUUUUUUUUUUGCCUUUUUGAAACACACUUGGAGCUGUUACUGUAUAUUUUGCUAUACUUAUGUGUGCUACGGCAGUAUAACACCUAAUAUGUUGCUCAGCUAUGUCGUCUUAGUACAACAAUAUCCCCAUGUGUACCUUUUUCCGAGAUAUGUGGAUGUUGAUGGGGUACAUUUGAGACACACCAAUUUCAUAUUUUUCAAAAGCGAAUGCUGGGCCCAAGUCUAAUUUUAGCAGCUCGUGAUAGCAAAUUACAUCUCAGAGGCCACAUCUAUUUUUAAAUAUAAGCAGCUCAUCAAUUCAAAUUCUGAACAAGUGCAUACUAUUUGCUGUGAAAGGGGGAAUAUUUGGCGUAAACUUAUCAGGGCGUAGUACCCAGUCAUCUAUGUCACGGGCAACGCUGUCACUGAUUCGGGAACCAAAACACAUAGGCAGACCACAAAGAGAGAGAACACAGAGAGUGAAACUUGUAAUGCCGGUUAGAAUGACCGGGCUAAACAAGCAGAGAAUAGUCAAGUUCCAAGCCGAGGUCAAGGAUCAGAGAAGACAGGAUAAACGGGAGACAAAGACAAGAUUCGGUAGCUGCGACCUUGUGAGUGCAUACACCAUGGAUGGUGGUUAGGAUGAAUACCUCGUUUUUAUAACCGUACUUUAGUGCCGGCAAUUCAUCCAGCAGAGAGCUGCUGUUCCCCCCUUCCCCACCCCUUUUUCCCCUUUCUCCUUUUUAUUUUUUUUCUGCUAGAGCCUUUGGGAAACCCGUGUGACUCUUCCAGAUCGGAUAGUGCCACAGGCCACGGUCUCAAAGCAGUACAGCAUUUUUAGAAGUGGGAUACUAUUGUAAAAAUUAGCAAUAUACUAUAUUUGGGCAACCUGGGGGAUCAUGGUGGCUAUCUGUUCCUUCGCAUACACGGAAGGUGUACACAUAGCCACUGCCACUUUCACACAAUUUAUAAAAUUUUAUCCCAUAUUGGGAUCUUUUGGAUGGGAUGUACUGUUUAAACCCCAGUCUUCCCUUAUACUUCACAUGGGAUUCGUCAAUAGAAAUAUGUUUUUGGGGGUAUGAAUAGUGGCAAAUUUUUCAUUAAAGUGGGCGAUUACAGGGCGUAUUUUAUAUAGAACAUCAUAUUGCGGAUGUCCUUUUGGGUGGCACUUCGUAUUGUCACUAAAGUGCAUAAAUCGCAGUAUGUCUUCAUAUCUGUCCCUAUUCAUUGUCUGGGAAAAAAUGGGGGUAUUGCAAAUGUGGUUUUUAGACCAAUACAUUUUAAAGGUGGGCUUUUUAGUUAUUCCAAUUAACAUUGUCCGUGCCUAGAAUUGUUUCAAUUCUGGCACAAUGGUGGUGACUGCAUGACUAUCUCCCCAAAAAUAUCAUCCCCCGAAAACAGCUGCAUACAAUCCAGCGCAUUAUAGACAGACCGGUCAGACUGUAUGCCAGGUUUUGGCAGUGAAUUCUGGGGAUGUCUGGUUACAAAUUUUUUAGGGGGUAACUAGUCAUCUGCGCCAUGUUCAGCAUCAGGGAAAUCAGCAAAUUCUCAUGAUGAUCCUGCAGUAUUUGGCACAUAGUCCCUGUCCUCUGCGUCACUCUCUGAGGCAGUGUCUGUCGCCUCUGAGGCAGACGCUAACAGGGCAUAAGCCUCCUCUGCGCCAUACUUUCUAAACAUUGUGUACUACGGUAAUAAACUAUAACUAAAUAACUAGCAGACGGCGAACAUAUGCAGUAAACUUUGACCCUGUACCUCACAGUCAGCAGACUCAUUCCAGCCAAUCAGCAGCAGACCCUCCCUCCCAGACCCUCCCACCUCCUGGACAGCUCACUAAGAAUGCAGCUUCACAAUGAAUGUAAAAUGGAUGCUGUCCAGGAGGUGGGAGGGUCUGGGAGGGAGGGUCUGCUGCUGAUUGGCUGGAAUGUGUCUGCUGACUGUGCGGUACAGGGUCAAAGUUUACCGCAUAUGUUCGCCGUCCGCGGCAGACCGUUUGGGACAUCACUAAUUGUAACCCCUUAUGGUUAUUUAAAGAAAUCUAAUUUAACCACUGAGGGUAAAAAAAUAAACUUGAUCACAGUAAAGUACUGUGAUCUGUAUUUUGAUUGCUGCUUGCAGUGAUCAAUCAGCAGGGAAGGGUUCUUUUUUUUUUUUUAAAGCACAGGCUAAAGGGGAUUUGGAAUCUCUUCAAACAAUUUAUCUUCAGGGACACAAAGUAACAACGAUCCAUCUCUCUCCACUUCACAAACCCAACAGAGGUGGAGGGAGGCGGAUCUGAUAUCCCAGCAGCAUUUUGACCGCUGUGACGGGUAGAGAUGUCGCGAACCGUUCGCGAACGGCUCGCCGCGAACUGUUCGUGGAGAGCUCCAUUCAGCUGACACAUCCCGGCCAAUCUCCAGCAGUCCUCCCACCUCCUGGACAGCUGCCUUCUACAUAGAUGCUGUCCAGGAGGUGGGAGGGUCUGGGAGGUAGGGUCUGCUGGAGAUUGGCCGGGAUGUGUCAGCUGACCGGAGCUUGUGGCGAGCCGUUUGCGGGAAGUUCGCGAACGGUUCGCGACAUCACUAGUGACGGGCUGCGACAUCGCGAUUUGAUGUUGCUGGUCUGCCACUGACUCGUAGACACCCAGCAACAUCAUUAACCACGCGAUCGCCGGCACGGCGGCGAACUGGGGUUAAUUUUAGCGUGUCAGUCAUCCAUCUUUAAGUGCUUCCCCAGCAUGACGGACUGGGUCCCUCAUCGUCCUUAAGGGGUUAAUAGCUUUGUCUGAUAAACAAGAAAGUGUCUGAAGUCCUGUGGCACUGACCAUCGAUGCACUAAAAAACGUUUUGGUGUGUGUGUUAUAUGCGCUAUUGAGCACUAUAGAUAUGCUUCUCCUGCCCCUCCAUUUGCAAUACAGCCUGUUCCAAUACUGUUCCUUCAAUGUGUUAAUCACUAUUGUAACAUUUACUGGGGCGAAUGAAGCAACAUAAGUAAGUUAAUAAAAUAAAUGUUCUUACAUCCACUACACUUCUGUGUUCUGGUUAUCUGACUUUUUCCUUGAUACCAAGGGUGUCUACAAUGAAAUUCCACUCACACAAAUGAGCACUAUGUGGUUGGCUAGAAAGGUGCCAUACCUCCAGUACGGGUCUGGGCUAUACGUCACCAGGCACACUUAUUUAGUGUUAAACUGUUUGAAAAGGGUUUAAAACUGGAGUGACAGUGAUAGGAGACUACAAUAAAUUCAAUGAUAUUAAAUGGUUAGAGCGCCUACAGUGACUUGGCCCAUCUCCAUUUAAACAGACCUUGAUUGCUACACCAUGCCUAAGUGACCAUUAUCAUAAAACUAUGAAAGUUGCAUUUACUGACUUUCUAUUGCUAGAAUCCAUAUUGCAACCUUGACUUGAAAGCAAACAAAACUAAACUCGAUCAUUUUUACAAGGUAUUCAUUAUAUAAUAUGUAGUUUAGCUAGUGACUUUGGAAACACAGACUCUGUCUGCUAGUUGCAUGAAGUGCAGUUAUAACCCAGUGUAAAGAAUCUCACACACAUAAUUUAAUUGCAUGUUCUCUAAAGCCAAAUGGUACAUUUGAGCACUAGUCAGGGGUCAAGUCCUGGGGAAAAAAGUGUGGGAACUCACCCAAGAUUCCCGCCCCGCCCCCCCCUUUAAAAAAAAAAAAAUUACACUCCUAUGCAUAUAGUGCAGUGCAGGGUGUGUAUAAUGAAUGUAGUGUGUUUGUAGUGAAUGCAGAGUGUGUAUAAUGAAUGCAGUGUGUUUUUAGUGAGUGCAGAGUGUGUACACAGAAUGCAGUGUGUUUGUAGUGAAUGCAGAGUGUGUAUAGUGAAUGUAGUGUGUAGUGAGUGCAGAAUGUGCAUAAUAAAUGCAGAGUGUGUAUAGUGAAUGCAGAGGGUGUAAAGUGAAUGUAGUGUGUUUGUAGUGGUUAAUGAGAUAAAAGCUCAGAUUCUUGUGACCUUUGCACUUUUAUUACUGUUCGACAGGAUAUUUGCAGAAGUAAUGUCAGAGAUGCUUCUGGAUUUAAUUUUACUGCACACAACAGGAGACAAAUAACAGUAGAAUUUGUAUGCAUACACAGCAAUAAGAAAAUGCUGGAUGCUUGUCCAAGGCAGGGGCACUCAUCCACCAGAGCCUAUUCACUGUGUAGAGCAUUGGUUCGGUUGGGUGUAUUGGUUGAUGUAUUCCCAUAGAGCCAUCUGCUCCCUCAAUUCAGUGCUACUGAUGCAUCUACAAAAUUCAAUUAGUGUCUUCCACCCAUGCCAGACAUGUCAUUUGUGACUCUGCCAUCUCCUACAUGUCAGUUCUACUUAAUUUUUUUUCUUUGUGGCUCUUUCCAUGGUAGGAAUACAGGUGGUAAUGUGCCCCAGUAUCCGAACCCCAUCUGCACGGUGAAUAUCUUUACAAAUGCUGGGAUUUCUAGUAAUCAUUUGUUUGGCUGAAUAAAAUGGUUGCAUGCCGAACAAAUAUAUUCGUGUUUGUGCACAUUGUCUUCCUUUUUCCAUUUCCGUAAAUAUUCCAUCUAUAAGGAUGUGGGUACACUUAUUACAUAUAGCCAAACAAGGGAAAUUUCCAUGAUCUAAAAUUAAAUUAUGAAUUAUCCAUGGGGUGUAUUUACUAAACAUUGAAUUGACAACUGACUUGCAAAAUGUAGUUCACCGUGGCAGAGGUGUAAACGUUUUUUCAGGCAGUUCUGCUACUAUCCAGGCUUCAAAAGUUGCCCUGCACAGCAAGCCAUAGCAUACUCAACAGGGAUGUUUUUUCUACUCACCAGGGCUAGUUUGCUAGUUGCCAAUUGCUAGCAUUGCUCUGUCUAAGGAAAGAUAGCUGUUUCACCGGAUAUCCUCUUGUGGCCUGGAUCUUGCGUUUGAAAAUGUUAUAGUAUGUAGCCUGUUACUGUACUUGAGCUAGAGAAUGUUUGCAUAUUGGCUAUUUUGUCAGUUCAUAACAAUUUUAUAUUGCAUAUAUUGUAAACUUAAUAAACCCCCCAAUGCCUCCAGUAUUAUGGGUAGAUAGGCCAAACCUUUAGGGGGCGCACAUUUUUAUUUUAGCUCAUGUAGUUUAGAAUUAAAAUCAAUGUGUUUGCAGAAUUACAAAACUCUAUACACAACAAUUGAAUUAACAUAAAUAUUUGAAGUUUUGAUGUGAUGCUUACAAUUUACAAUUCUAAUGCUCAUUCAGUAAAGAACUUGAAAUGAUAGUAUAAGUAGUUUAGUAGUAGUUUUUGGUAAUUUUAUUUUCUUAGUAUGUGGAAGCUUUAACAUAUAAAAUUCUACUUGCAUGAUGAACCUGCACUAUGGCUGCAGUUUGAACAUUAUAAUUCGACAUUUAAAGUGUGAAUUGUCAGGAAUCCAAUAUGACUUUAAAGUGAAUGUUCUGCCAAAAGAAUUUUUAUAAUAGUAUACAUUGGAAUAAUUCUUUGUCACCUAUAUUUUCUUUUUGACUACUAUGGUUUAAAGGGUUACUCCAACCGUUUUAGCCAAAAACAUUGCAUUUAAUGUAGAAUGCCUUAUUAUUCACUGGGUCCACUCCCCCCACUAUAGGUAUGAAGACUGUAUAAAAAAAAAUAAAAAAAACCCUUGAUAAAUAAGCUUACCUGGAAUCCAGUGGCAGGCUAAGCUCUCCCUGCCGCCUUCCAUGCCCUGUCUGACACUCCUUCCCUCACUGAGGUCCAAUCAAAUGAUUUUCAUAGAGAAGCUUUUUAUUUUGCCGUUCUCAAUGGCUCUGAGCACAUGUGCGUGCUCUUGUGAGGGUGGAUGAGGAAAGGAAUUAAUAAGAAAAAAAAAGAACUGUCAAUUGAUAGAGGCAGGGUGGGAGCGCACCAAGGAAGUGCACAGACUAUAUAGACAUUUUUGCACAGAUUUAACAUUAGGCAGCCUGGAAUAGAGUGCCUAAAUCACAUGUGCCAGGGUUGUAACUAGCUAGCCCCGAACACAAAAGUGCAUAUAUCUCUGUAUGUGCAAUGUUUCAAGCAGAAAUGCCGCUCAUACAGAUUUCUACCACCAUGACCACAUCUAAAAGCAGAAUUGGUCAUGGAGGUUGGAGUAACCCUUUAAAAUUGGGCACUUGACACUUUUAAUGAAUAACCCUGUGUAUAAGUUAUAGAACUCCCAACUCUCCGAGAUCUACCAGGAACAUCUCUGAUUCAAGACCUUAGUAAAACCAUAUGAUAUCCAAUGCAAAACACUCAGCCGGGUUAAUUGUGUGUGUGUGUGUGUGUAAGGUACAAGCAUAUCUCACAGCACUUGAUGAUGCCUGAAUAGCAGGAGAUAAUAUUUAUUUCAGAAGCAGAGGAAGGGAGACUUGUCCAGCUCCAAAUUAUCCUCUGAUCAGAGCUUUAUGGAAUAUUUUUCAUGUAUGGCCCUUUGAGCCCAGUAACAUGGGGAACAAACAUGUGCCGUACUGCUUGUGAGAAAUAGCUGUUGUGCUUUUAAAGUGUAGAUUUUUAUUUAGCUUUUUUAUUUAUUUAUUUAAGACAGAACUAUUGUUCAUGGGUUUUGAAGUACUUGUAAAUAUAGUCAGACUGUCCAGUAGAUAAGAGCAGCAUAUUGUCUCAUUGCUAAAUUGGCUGCAUUGCACGGGAUUGAUGCUGCCACCACACCAGACAAAGUGUAAUGGGAUAAUAGAAGGCCAGACAAUUGAUUUGGAUGAACCCACGCCGCUAUAGUCCACAAAAUACAUACAAUAUGCAAAUGAAGAGUAUUCUGGCAGUGUCUGCACCCUUAGGAGAUACAUUCAGAAUAUCUGUUAUUUAUGCCUACUGACUCCCAAAGGACUAAGAAAACAACAGAAAAACCAAGUUUGUAUUUUUGUGAGAGACAAGCAAAGCAGCAGGCAGCUGUGUCUUCUAUAAGUAAACAUCGAACCACUUCUGGCCCUAAAAGGUCUGGGUCACUUGCUUAUAAUACAGACCUGGAAAUAUCUGUGCUAUCUCUUUGCCUGUCUGUCUCUGUAAUUAUAUUCUGGUGUCUGUUAUAAUCAGUUUUGAUGCUAGAUUACGUUCAUUCAUAGAAGCUCUGUUAAUUUCAGACUGACCUUCUGGUACCUUGUUUAAGUAUGUGGCCAGAAGCUGUUUCUAGUUGGGGGGUUUUAAGGCACAUAACUCACUUUGAGACAGCUGUGUCAUUCAGAAAGCUUUAGCCUCUGCAGGCUGAAAAAGCAGAUACAUGUUUUUAUCCCCAUAUUUACAUGCUUCUUCUUUCAUAUGCUUUCCACACCAACUCCAGUGAGGACAUUUUAUCCCUAGGAAUGCUGGAAAGUGCUUUGGGCCUGCCUGACAGAUUAAAACAUGUACAGUUGAAAGAUCUCUUCACCAGUUUUGGUUUGAAUAUUUGUUUAAAAUAUUUGUUUGAAAAUGCUGUUUGUUUCAUUCAUUCCUCAUCAUACAUAAAUGGUAACGUUAUGGUGUGGUGUGUUUUUUUUAUUUAUUUUUUUUUUUUAUAAAUGGUAUUUGUGUAGCCAUUUAAAUGAAGUGGACAAUGACAGACACAUAACACAAAAAAGGAAUGAAGGAAGAACUUGGAUGUAGUUAAAUCACAAUGACAAAACUACCAAGGUGCAUCAAAAUAGGUUGCUUGUUAAUUAGGGGGUAUAUCCCAGCUAUAAAGAAGGUCUGCCAAUUAGUACUUUAAUAUGUGAAACUUUAAAGCAUUAUGAGUUAACAAAUAUAGCUCCCAAGAUUCCAAAGAGUCUUUAUCAGAUAUGUCAUAAGAAACUUUAAAUUAUUACAAUUUCAGAAAUAAUUAAGGCAUAUGCUAUAAGUAGACGAAUAUGCUCAUAUAAAAGAAUGGUGGAUGCAAGUCAAAGCUCGCUAUCACAGAUAAACGUAAUGUGAUACAAACAUCACUUGUAUCUAAGGCUUUAAUCCAUAGGAAUAAUCUGAACUAUGCUAUGGAUAAAAAAAAAAAAGUUAUGUUAUUACGGCACGUGGACCCACAGAUACAAGAUUCUAACCUAUAGGGCCAUAGUAAUGUAUAACGGAAAAUGCUUAUUUAAAACAUAUAUACCUUUAGCAGGGUUAUAAUAGGGCAAUGAUAACUUGACAUAACAUGAUCCACCCAGGCCAAUGAUUUACGACUUAGAUUUUAUAGCAGUAUACACCUACUAUCAAAACAAGUAUUAAAGCUAACACAUGAAGACUUAAAACCUGGACCAUUUUUUGGGGAAAAAUAAUAAUCUGGCCUUAGUGACUUUAUAUCAUUUAUUCUCUGCCCUAGUUUAAUUAUAGCAUAAGGAAGGCUGUAGGCAUAUUUCCAACACUAACUUUUAUAAUGUCCUGUUUUGCAAAUUUGUAUUAUGAAUAUUAGACUAUUUAAUUGUGCCAUCUGCACGUUGUGUUGCAAAACUCAGUUCUGUUAUUUGCCAAUGUUCUGUGAUGACCAUGCCACCAUGCAAACUGUUAAGAGCCUUCAGUAGGCUCAUUAAUUUACCAGAUUUAUACGUCAUUGAACUAUUUAUGGUAAGUUGUGUAAUGUUCUCAAGUUGGAUAUAAGCUUUAACUCUUGAAUAAUGGUGUAGUGCCCCAGUAUUUAUAUACUAGUCGGACAUUAUUACAAGUAUUGAAGCUGUUCUGAUGGCAAAUGGUGGCUCUGCUUCUUACUAGGUUCUUGCUAUUCACAUAUUGCUAGGUGUUACUGUUAUUUUGUACAUUCUUUCUAUAUAGUGUGUGAAAUGUAGUCUUCAGGCAAGAAACCGUGAAAUGAUAAUAAUGUGUCUGUGUGUUUGCCAAGGGAACUGAAAGAUGGAAAUUAAGUGAGUUGAUAUAUUGUAUUAAUAUCUGGCCAAGCACUUGUAAUACGCUUCGGUCAGUAAUAACCAAAAGGGCAUACAAUUAUUUAUAGAACAGCACAGACAUACAAAUGUCACUUUAAUUCAUCUGGAUGAGAGCUUGAUUUCAGAGUAGCUGUGUAGCCCUGGAUGGAAAAUGAGUCUUAGGGAUGGUUGCAAGCCUUUGAGGUCAGCCUGGGGGUUUCUCUUUUCAGCAUGAUGCUUUGAGAUUUAAGUCUAUCAUCCUGUUCUAAUUUUCAGCUCACCACUCUUUUGUGUAUGAUAGGUGGCUGUGAAAAACAACAUUGAUGUCUUCUACUUCAGCUGUCUCAUACCUCUCCACGUGCUGUUUGUUGAGGAUGGAAAAAUGGGUAAGAGACCAUCUUUCAUUUUAAUUCUGAUAACACUAGUAUGGUUGGCAAUAUAUUUUUUGUCACUAUUUUGAACUUUUAUCAUUGUACUUGUGUUUGUACACGUUGUACAUUUGUACCUUAGCACCUUAUUGUACUAAUUGAGUAAUAUUUACAAGUAGUCACUUAAGGGUAUACUAUUUUAACGUUAAUUCACAUUGCGCACAAAUUCUUUUACACUACUAUGCUGUCAGUUUAGCUACUUUGGCCUUAAAUUUGCCAUUCACUUUGAAUUCUUACUUUAGUAUGCUUGGGACAUGGACAUAUUUGUCACUAGGUUGUAAACGCCAUGGUUCACAACCCAUGGAACAUUUACCUCAGGUGUUAUGCAUAUCACAAGCAAGGGGUAUGUGGGGGGGUAGAAUGACCAAAAGAUCUCAGUGAGGGAGUAUGUGGCCUGAAACUCAGGUGGGCACAGUUCAUAAUCUAUUUUAUUGCAAACCAACACUUCACAAUGGAUCAAAGUGCUGUUACCAGCUUACCAUGGCAUUCACAAAGCACCAAACAGGAGGGAUGUGCAAACCACAAGCACCUCCCAAUGAACAUAUUAAUAACUCCCUAACCAGAGAUAAGUUUCAAGCACCGAAGAUAUUAACCCACUUCCUGAAAAGCAAGCUAGAGUGGGGGCAAUGAAAUAAAAAUGUAACAUUUUUAUAUCUAAAAACAGGUUGCAAAAGCUUCCUUUCUUCCCAAGCCCAGACUUUCUGUGGCUGUCCAAUUCCACAGACUUCCCAAUGCAGCCCAAUGACAAGUCUUUGCAAGGCAGGCGCACUGCUUGUCUCUUGAGUUUAGCUCCACUGCUAUAAACAACAAGGAAGUAAUGGACGUAGCUGAUAAUCAAAAUAGUUAGUAUAGCAAUCUAUCAUUAGGAAUACGUGUUUGUAUUCCUAAUUUCACAGCAGGGCUCAAAAUUUCCACUCACCCACAAGCCAAUUGUGUAUAAAACUUCAGAACUGGAGAGUAGAAAGUCACCUGUGGUGAAUCUACUAUUGACCCUCCAGGCAUUUAAUGGCUGGUAACCUUUAAGGCCUGGUUAGUAAUGUGAUAUUUGAGCUCUGCUCUGGAGUGUACCUUUUAAUGGGAAGUGUGUCGUGUUGUUGAAGCACUGGAAGAUGCAUCUGUUGGCGCUUGCCCGAUGUCAUUGAGAAAUAAACUCAAGAGUGAGUUAGAAUGGUAGCAGCUAUAAGUUUGGUGUUCAACUCCCGCAAAUUGCAGACAGACUGAGACGUUCAUGUCCAGAUUCUGCCCCAUAGAAGAUCACAUAAAUGUGUUUGUAUAGGUGUGUGUGUGUGUGUGUGUGUAUGUAUAUAUAUAUAUUUAUAUCCAUAACUAUUUUGUAGCAGCCAUUUUUAAAUCUCUUUCCGAGCACUUUCUAGAUCCUGGGACAUUGCCACGUCUUGCAGGUUCAUAAAAUAUGGCAAGUCUAUGAAAUAUUUAAACACUCAGCACUUUGAUACAAACUGCAGUGAUGCUGUCAGAAUGACCUUCUGCAUUACACAGCAAGCAAAAGCAUUGAUUGUGACAGCAAAAUGCAACGGCUUGACCUAGCUGAUGUACCCAUUUACAGCUCAAUGUUAAACGCCACAAAAUAAUACAUAAAGCUCUAUAGUGUGUCAUGAACACAACAUCCCUGACACUGGGCAAACAUAAAUUGGAAGUCCAUAGUGCAGAACUUAGGAUUUUCACUUCUUAUUUGUUCAGUGACAGGGGUGUUGUGCAUUUAUGUGUAUAGUAAGUUGUAUAGCAUUUUUGUCUUCAUUCUCAAUUUGUAAUAACUAGAAAGAUGAUGGUAUCUAAUAUAUGUGCAUGAGGUGCUUUCUGUGUCUGUUCAGUCUAUUAAAAUGGAAAUAUAUACAUUGCCUCCUGUGCACACGUCUGGGACCAUGAUGAUUGACCAUACAGAAGACUGUCAUGUAUUGUCACUAUCUCUGCUUAAUGUAGAACUGUGUUUCUGCAACAGCUUGGGAUCUUCCUUUAGCCAACCUUGAUGAAGAAAAUUCGCUCUGCCUUGAUUAUAAGUGGUACUGGAUUAAUAAAAUAAUUCAUGUGUUUUUGCAAAGAAAAACAUUAUUGCAGUUUAAUAAAACGUGUGGAUAUUUUAAAUUCCACUUAAAGUGCUCAAAGCUUUCAAGAGACAGGCUGUGAUAAGACAAGUGGGUAAAAGGAAAAAUCUGUAUGAAUGUAGAUAGCUAAUAAAGUAUACUAAAGGGACAAAGCAGAAUAUAGAAAAGCAUAUGACAUAUGUUCAAGGACUGCACAAAUCAUUUGGUGAACUCCUUGCUGCAGGGGUGGACUGACCACUCAGGCACAUCGGUCAUGGACCGAGGGCCCGUGGCAGCCAGGGGCCCGGAGCUGCUGUGGCUGGGCUGGGGAGAUCAAAGGAUCUCCCCAACCAGCCCAGCAUUAAAUAAGGCAGCAAUGCAGUGUGAAGCCAGCAGGAACCUUUGAUACCUGGUCUCUCAUAAACUUCCCGGGCAGGAGAGCUCUACAUUUGUAGAAGAGGAGGGGAAUGUCCUCCUCCCUCAGCCCCUCCCCUCUAUGAAGUCAAAGGUAAACCCCUACGGGCCCCUGUGAGCUUCUCCCAUGUGCAGCACCAGCUGCAGAGGCCCACAGCACCUAAGCUCAGCCCCAUUUCCAACCCGGCCAUGCUGUAAGGAACAGCCUUUGUUCCAGGCUUCCAGCUCUCCAUUCACAGCAGCAAAUGGUGAGUGGCAGUGUGAUCUUGUGUGUGUAUUGAGCCAAUGUGUAAUGAGCCUGUGUUUAGUGAGCUUGGGUGUGUGUCAGUGAGCUUGUGUGUGACACUGAGCUUGGGUGUGUGUAGUGAACUUGUGUGUGUCUCACUGAGAUGUGUGUGUGUGUGUGUCAGUGAGCUUGUGUAUGUGUGUCAGUUUUCUGUAGUGUGCUUGUGUGUGUAUGUGUGUCAGUGAACUGUGUGACUGUGUGUGUAGUUAGAGGUUUGACGCUUGUAUAUAUCAAUUAGCUUUCUGUUGUGAGCGAUGUGUAGUGAUUAUUUAUAUAGUGAUCUUGAAUGUCUGUGGGUGAGCUUGUCUGUAGUGAGAUUUCUGUAGUGAGCUGUGUGAAGUGAUUUUUCUGUUGUGAACUUUUGUGUCUGUGAGUUAGCUUGUGAGUGUGUCAGUGAGCUUGUGUUUAGUGAACUUGUGUGUGUGUGUCUGAGGUUUCUGUAGCAAGCUGUGUGUAGUGAGCUUGUGUGUGUGUCAGUGAGCUGUCCAUAGUGAGCUGCAUAGGUUUGUGUGUAGAUAGAGGUUUGUAGUGAGCUUGGAUAUGUCAGUGAACUUUCUGUAUUGAGCUUGGUGUGUGUAGUGAGCGGUGUGUAGUGAUUAUUUCUAUAGUAAUCUUGAAUGUCUGUUGGUGAACUUGUGUGAAGUGAGAUUUAUGUAGUGAGCUGUGUGUAGUGAUCUUUCUAUAGUGAGCUUGAAUGUCUGUAAGUGAGCUUGUGUGUAGUGAUUUUUCAGAAUUAAGCCUGUGUGUCUGUGAGUGAGCUUGUGGGUAGUGACAUUGUGUACAUGUCAGUGAGCUGUCUGUAGAGAGGUUCUUGUGUAUGUCAGUGUAAACUGUCUGUAGUGAGAUGUGUGUAGGAACUUGCCUUUUUGCAUGUAUGUGCAAGAACGAACAUUUUGAAUAAUAAUAAGAAAUUAUAUAUAUCUCAAGGGGCCCAAUAGUUAAUUUUGUCCAGGGGCCCAGAAGUCUGUCAGUCCGUCCCUGCCUUGCUGCCGUUUGAAAUGUCUAAAGAUUACUUUUUCAUCUGCAGACACGAACUGGUAAAUGCACUUGUGUGUAUUUGUAUCUGUCUUUGUAUGUCUGUACCUGUGUAUCUCUAUGUAUGUUUGUUUUUUUGUGUGGUGGUGGAGUGUGUUAUUGCAUGCUAGGCCCAGGGGCCCCAAGCAAAGGCCGGCCCUGGGUAUAUUAAGUGUAUUCCUGAUAAAGCACCCAUGUGAACAGUAGUGAUUGUAACUGUUCUCCUGUAUUUACAUACUUAAAAUCUGACUUGAAAGUAGCUUUGGGAUGUCUUCCCAAUACCUUCAUUGUUACUGAUUGAUAGGUGUCCGAUGGAACCGCUGCAGUUGCUGCAGAAUAUUGCACACAUUGUCCCAAUAUCAUACUUUCAUACGUAAAGAGACUCUGCUAUAUGUAAUGUGUCAAGCUUCAACAAACCCAUGUAUAUAUUAUGUUUGCCAAGUGAUUAGGUGAGCAGAUAUGUAGAAAAUUGACUUUUUAUUAUCUCUUCUUGCCCAGGCUGUCAGGUCACUGCAUGAAAGACUCUGUCCUGAUAUUAAUGUAAGAAUCCUUUUAAUGUAAACCCUUUCUCUUGCAGAACGACAAGUCUUCCUGGCCACAUGGAAGGACAUCCCCAAUGAGAAUGAGCUACAGUUCCAGAUUAAAGAGUGCCACUUGAAUGCAGGUUGGUCACAGUGAAAUUGGGUGUCUGAAUUUUAUGCUUCUUAGUUGAACUGUUGCAUGAUGAUCCGUGAUCAGUAGCCGUUGUGUAGAACGCUGAUUAGGGCUAGUACAAGGAUGUUUGCCUCACUAUGCAAUCACGUUUGCACCCUUCCCCCUUACAUGCUACAUCUUCCUUCAGUUUCUUUUUCCAGUAUGUGUUUGUCCAUAGUUUUUAUUAACCCUUGUCUUCUCCUCAGUUUCUGUUUCCAUGUUUUCUGUCUCCCAGUCUCUUUCCCAUUAUUUCUCUGCCAGCCUCUUCCUUCUGUCUUUAGCAUCAAUCAGCUCAAUCAGCUUCAACCUUUUCUUUGCCAUUUUCUAUAUCCUCACCCUCCACGAGCAUAGUCGCUGUCUCUUCAGCAGUCUACCUUUACUCUGUAUUUAGCCAAGUGCAAAAAAGUUUGUAUUAAAACGAAACACAAUAAAACCUCCCUUCGUGUCAACCCCUCCUCCCCCCUCAAGGCUGAUGCAUGUUCAUAUGCACUAGUUGCAUAUUAUAGUAGAUCUUGCCUUUUACAGAUUGUAUGAUAUAUUUGAGGUGCCAAUUUGACAUUCAGGUCACUGAGCUCUGGUAUAUGAUUUUUCUGAUUGAAAGGCUACACCAAGUGCCUCUGAUUCAUCUGUUAUCAUUUGCUCUGAUCUUAUUGAUACAAAAAGAUAAGUCCUGCGUUCACUCCCAUCACUCCUGGGUGGCAGCAACGACCACAGUACACAUCAGCCGCAAUACAUACAGUAAAAACAAAAGAAAAAGUUACCUGCGCUCUCUCCUGAAUGCCUAUGAUAAAUCCAUAAGUGCCUCUGAUUCAUCUGUUAUCAUUUGCUCUGAUCUUAUUGAUGCAAUCCAAUGGGGGGCAUAUUUCGCUGAAGUGCACCGUCUGCAAACCUCUGUUUUCAGUUGUUGUUUAUUAACGGUUUCAGAAAACAAAACAUACUAGAAGCUGUUUCAUAGCAUUCUACAUCAAUACUUUAAUAUUUCAGAGCCAUUCUGCUUAUGCUUAAUGAAUAGUUUCACAGACAAAUAAAUUAUGAGCCUACUGUUUUAAGGAUUUCAGUAAAGCACUAAUGAGGUAUUCUGCACAUAAGAUGUCCACUUAUAUAUGUGGUAGACCUUUCUGUAAUUGUGUUUAUCAUCACGUAUUUAAUCCUCUAUUUAGAAGGUAUCAUAGAAUAUCCUGCAUUUUACUCUUUUCCACAUCCUGGAAUUCAACCAGUAAUCUAUUAGUUUGCCUGGUUUGCUUUAGUACCUCUGCAGUUGAAGUUAGGGAGAAGAGAUUCUACUUUGACAUUUGACCGUAGAUGAGAAACCUAAACGCCCAAACUAUUAUCCAUUACCUUGACAAAAAGCACUGCUAUGGAUUAGUCUUCAGAUCAAGCUUUAGGGUGUCGGGGUGUGGGCGUAUUUAUUUGUUUAUCUUAAUGAGAUGGUUAGUGGACAGUUUUCAUUUGUGUAUACUGUAGGGUUUAAUUACAUAUGUAGGAAUUGGGAAAAUUUGAAAUAGAAUAUUAUAAAAUUAGAAAUGGUAAUAUUCAUUUUAUGCAGUCUAGACAGAGUCAAGUACCACCUGUAAACUAUCUUAUAGUUGUUCUCGUUCUUUUGAUGAUUAGAACACUGCGAUAUUCCUUUCAGGUUAUGUAGUGUUGAACCAAUCAUCCAAGUCAUACUGAUUAUUUAGCUCUCUCUCCCACGCCACUAUCAAAUCAAUUUUAGUGGUAAUCCUCCAUGAUAUAUAUGAACGGUAUAGGGAAUUAGUGUUUACGACCUGGUUCACUGAGAUCCAUUUUAUUUGUCCUGUUUGGUAUAUGUGCCAUCCAGCUCUGAAAUCUCAAAGCAUUCCUGGAGUUUAGAAGAGAUCACACCAUACUCUGAGACAAUAAAUUCAUCCAAAUUGUAUUUUGUCAAAAGACAUAAGGGAAUUGUUGGAGAAAAGGUUAUUUAGACUGAGUAUAGAAUGAGAAUGCCAAUAUGGCGUGGAUGUUGUCAGGCUGGGUCCUUUUCCCCAGUUUUGUCCCAGACUUUAAAAAUUUCGGACCGAUAUACAUAAUUUAAUUGAAAACUUUGAUGGAUUGAUAAUGACAUUGCCACUAAUAAUAAUGACAUUAUUCAAAACAUUUCCAGAUAAAACAAAUAAAAUUAUAUUUUGAUUGCUGCCACGUUGUCUAUUCCCAUGUACUGGAAAAACAAAUAACAUGCCAUCUAUUAAAGGAGUUUUAUACCUAGUGUUAGAUAAUAAACGUUACGAGAUGGCCCUCAGACAACCAUCUUAUAUAGAUGACUAAUAUAUCAGUGGAAUGUCUGGGAAGAUAAUAUUAAACAGACAUAUUUUUAAUAACUUAAAUCCACAAUCGACCUGUUUUAUUGUUUACAUAUAUAAUUAGGUCUAUUACUGAAUAUUAUACACCUUCAAUAUCUUUGUAUAAGUUUUGAAAUAUUGUUGCACUAAAUGUGCAAUUAUUGUUUGUAAUAACGACAUAGCUUGAUAAUGAACAUUUAAAAUGAAUGUUCUAUCUCUUUUACGCCCUCUUUUAUUUUCUCUUCUCUCCCCUUUAAGGUUUCAUUUCAUAUGUUUGUCAAUUAAUAUACUGAAAAUUUUUCAAUAAUCCAUAUUUAACUUGAAUAUUACAAAAUGACGUAACUGCAAGACAUUUUCUAGUUCCAUUAUUCUGUCAUAAAAUGUGCUAAUGCGGUUUGUUUCCCCCAAAUUCAAGGAUUAGUAGAAGUCACUGUCUUCCAAUAUUAAUAUUUUAAGUUCAAUAGUCACAUUUUGAUAUGUUCUCUCCAAAAAAACAUAAAAAAGACUUAUAAACAUUGAAAAUAUAACGCACAAACUAAGCUAAAUUUGUCUUGCACCAUGAUUGUUUGCUCUCCCUAAAUUUAAAGGGUAAUCCAGACUUGGACCCUUUGCUCACGGUGCCUAGAGGGAUAUUGGCUGUACCUCACUGACAAUGCCUUACAAGGCUGAAACGAUUGUCUGGGGUUGCUGUAUCUCUCAUGCAGAGAGAGCCAGCCUACAUUUGGGAUCUGUUCCGCCCUAUUGGGUGGAAACAUUCUGAUAUGCAAAUGGCCUGAUUCUUUUUGUAAUGGCACAAGAUUAGCUAAAAGCAGCUUAAGAUCUGAGCGGGACCCACUGAAGGGCAGGCUAUUUGAGCUGUUGUCAGUUCUCCGUAUUCUCUUGCACCCAUUUUUUUGCUCUACAAACUAAAGCUAUUUACAUCUCUUAAAACACAUCUCUUUCACAAAGCUUGCAAGCAAAACAUCUGACCAAUAUUGCAGCCAGUUUAAGCAUACUGGUAUGUUAUAUCUCUUUUAUUCUAAACUCCUUUUUGACUUGUACAAUUACUCAUCUCCAGUGGCCCUAUUUACUUACUGUUCCCAUAGGUCAAGCUGUGUUUUAUUAGAAUUAAUGGUUUGACUUGCUUUACCUAUUGUACAUCACUGCAGAAUAUGUUGGCGCUAUAUAAAUAAUUCUAAAGCUAUGUAACUCAAGACUUUUUAUUUUAAUAUUAGCAGAUGCCACGUCAGUCAGUACCAAACAAGCAUUGACAGUGGCAGAUCAUAUUUCCGAGGAUUCUUAAAUGUCUAAUAUCCAGUUGUGAUGUUGUGCACUGAAAUGAGAUUACAUUUGUUCUGACACAUAGAAAUUGCUUUCAUGUGAGUUGGUGUGUUGGCAACAUCCUGGUUGCUGCUUUCUCCCUGAGUGUUCAAAUAAGAUUCUAUUUGUGAUCAUAAUUACUUGAACUCAUAUGAUUACUAUGUUCCUUCUGAGACUCACUGCCUGAAAGGUUACAAAUUGCAACCUUUGCUCCCUGAAUGACUUUGAAUUUUCCAUUAUAUGAAAUAAUACAUCCCAAGUGAUUGCUUUAUGUACUUAAUGUUAAAGGAGUGGGUUAUGUUCCAUGCAAGUGCUGAUGGUUUAUUUGCUGAUUAAAUAUUUAAGACGACUCUUUACCAAGAAGUGAAAAUUCUCCCAGUGUUAAUAUGCGGAGUGUAGAAAAAUAUGUAAAACAAUGAGCCUAUGUGGCAAGUAAACUAUGGUGAAGAUCUCCACAUGUAAAGUCUCUGACUGCACAAAGCCUACCAGAAACAAAUGAGAAAAAGCUUUGUCUUGCCCGUAAAUGAGGUUUCUACUUGUAUAGGCUCCUACCAGCUGACCAAAUAUCUAAUAUUGACCUCCAGUUCAGUGACACAGACAGUGUUUAUUUCCUUGUGUUUGUCAUGUCUCCAUAUAAUUGGUACUGGAUCUGAAAAAUUGCAUUUUAGAUAGAUUCUCUUCACAUGCAUCAACUUUCUGAGUGUUAUUUGUCAACUCUACUUAUCUAUCGUCUGUAAUACACAAGUAUGUCCCGUUUAGACCUCUAAGCUUUGCCAAAGACCUUCAUCUAUCCUCUGUUCAUACUCCCAUCUCUGAUGCUCGCCUUCAAUACUUCCUCUAGGGCUGCACUGUUCCUUCCCUUCUCCAUUAGAAUUUCACCCAGUCUCCAGUCCUUUAAAAAAAAUAAUUCAAAACUCACUUCUUCAGGAAUCAGUAUCAAGUAAACUGUUAAUAGUCCCCUCCCUCACCCCCUGUUUCCUCUCCUGUCAUUAAAAAAAUUACAAUAAAUACACUGUCUUCAGUGAACACUAUUCUACCAACCUACUUGUCUGACCCUACCCUUGCCCUUUGUGUCACUAUAUCCCACUCCCUCUAGCAUGUAAGCUCAUUGAGAUGGGCCAUCAACCCCUCUGUUCCUGUGCGUCCAACUCUUCUGGUUACAAUUACGUGUUUGUUAAUCCACCCAUUGUACAGCGCUGCCGAAUUUGCUGGCGCUAUAUAAAUAAUAACUCUAGUUUCUUUGUUUUAUUUAUAAAAUUGGUAAAGGUUUAGUUUCACCAAUUUGCUCUUUUAACUAAUUUUUAGUCUUCUGAAUUUAAUAGCACAAUCUUUUCUAGACAGUGACAUCUAUAAUUUAGAACCUAGUAUCCUUUGUUAUUCUGCAUAUGUAUGUUUGUUUUUUAACCGUGCGUUUAAUUUCCAUGUCUUUUUCCUGUAUUGCAUGCUUCUGUUCUAUGUCUUUGAAAUACAAAAGCACAGAAUUAAUUGCUUAGCUUUUUUUUAUAUUCACUCUCAUCCUGCCAUCCACAUGUGUACACACACCUUAGAAGCUAUCUCCUCCUCCUAUCCGUCCUCCUCACAGAGACGUGAAUAGUGGAAAACAUUUCAGAAAGCAUGGCAGUUGAUUCCAGUUCAGCGGCUCAGCUCUCAGAGAGCUAAAUAUAGGCAGCAGGUCAUGUGACAAUCUGCUGGAAUCACAUCUGAGGAGCGUUAACCCAUAUAUUCCGAGGGAAUACAGCUCAGGAUUAUGAGCGACAGGCAUAUUUAUAAGCAAAGAACAAAGAAGCACAUUCACAGCAGUGGGACUGGUGUACCACAGCGCAAUAUGUUAAAUGUUUUGUUUUAUUUCCCCUUUGUCAGUGUAUAUUGUGCUGCCUAUAGGCAGAUUUAAGAUAGUCAGUCAGUUUCUGUGAUACAAAUCUUGAACUGCCAAAUACAUCUGUCUGCCUUCGGCAGGGAGGCAUGACACAGACUGGAAUGAUCUCCUUGGAUGUGACACUAUGGCUGUAAGAGUCUGGAUCGGCUUAGGUACUGACCUGCAUCAGGUAUCCAUUAAUAUGUCAACCAAGGACAGAUCAUCUCAUAAAGCAAUGAACCGCUGUCUUCCUCUUGAGUUCUGAUGUGGAUACAAUUAAAGGUUACAUGUUGAGAAGAGGGGAGGGGGGAAUCACAAAAGGUACAUGAUACAUAUAAGUAGGACACAUGUUACACUGCAUUUCUAGUUUCUGUAUAUUUUAACCCCUUUACUUGUUGGUCCUGAAUGGAACACAUGUUGAGUGGUGUGAUACUUUUUUAAGCUGAUUUUCUGGUGCUUUUCCUAUCUGCCCUUGUGUUUGCAUUAAAAUAUUAUUUUCUGCACCUCUUCCAUUAUGUUAGUUUCUGGUUCCGUUUCGUUUCUCUUGGUUCACCAAUAUGUUCCUUCCAAUGUACAAGUGGUGCAAAAGUGACGGGGGAGGUCCCUAGUAAUCUUUUGCCUUAUUUUAUGAAUGUAGUCAAAAGUAAAAGCAUGGAAAAAGGAAUAAAAAGUGACAUAGCGCACCCAUGUAUAAAAAGGUGGAUUAACCAUUUUCUACAUGAGAAAAUGGUGCAUGUGCACAAAUGUGACAGUUUUUAUGCAUGGCCCUCUGGUUUCUGUCAGUUGUGUUCUAUUGCUUCAAGUAGCACCCACUUUAACACUGUCAUCAGACCUCUCUGAAAGUAUUAUCAUUUAUUUUCAUAAUAAGUGUGUAUUACAAACUAUUUAUAGAACCAGUACAUUUUCAACAGAGGCUUUGUGCGAUCCUAUAGUGUAGAGAGAAUGUGCCUUUUUUUUUUCUGAAACAAUUGGCUUGUAACAUCUCUGACCUUUUUAUUGUCUUAUUCUUUUAGACUCUGUUUCUAGCAAGCUGCAAAAUAACAAUGUUUACACCAUUGCCAAGCGAAAUGUUGAAGGCCAAGACAUGCUUUACCAGUCCCUGAAGCUUACCAAUGGCAUCUGGAUCUUGGCUGAGCUGAGAAUCCAGCCUGGGAACCCUAAUUACACGGUAAGAUGACAAAAGAAUGCAAAUUUGAAUGAUCAAACGUGUUUGUUAAACAAGCCCACUGUUAGGGGGUUGUGGUUUGUUUGUUGUUUGUCUUUUUAUUUAUUUUUUGUAAUAUAUCAGUCCAAGUCUUACAAAACAAAUGAGAAAACGUAAUGGAGGUCGUCCUAGACAACCUCCAAAGGCAUGUGUUAGUAUCUCUCUUGUAUUAAUUAGUAAACUAUAACUCCCAUGUGUCACACUAGAGUGUGUUCUGCUUCAUUCCAGAGUGAUAGUUCCAACCAGUUUGCAACUAUACCAUCUGUUAAUUCUUUAGUUCAGCGUUUCCCAAUUGGUGGUUCCGCGAGAACAAACUUUGGGUUCCACCGCAAUUUGCCCAUCGGGUGGCCCAUGCACUUAGGGCAGCGGGUGGCACGGCUCUUUUGAGAGCGCAACAGGGGGCCCUGCAGUAUCGGCGGACUGGAAGGAAUUGACAGCCUGUCACUUCCUACCAGCCUCAUUAGAGAGCGAGAGAGACGUGAGGGACGAGAAGACUAGAGGCACCGGCACACAGCAGCAUGGAGGCAGAGGAGAUGAUGGAGUGAGCUGCUGCUGCAUGCUCACUCCCAUCAACCUCAGCCAUGACUGUAACCCCACGCAAACCACCAUCCUGGACACCAAGGUAAGCUAACUGAAGGGUGGCUGCAAAUACAAAAAUUUUAAGGACCACUAUAGUGCCAGGAAAACAUACUCAUUUUCCUGGCACUAUAGUGCCCUCAGGGUCCCCCUCCCGCUGGGCUCUAGAGGGUGGAAGGGGGUUAAACUUACCUCUUUCUCCAGCACCGGGCGGGGAGCUCUCCUCCUUUUCUCCGCCUCCUCUCCUCCUCCUCGGCUGAAUGCGCAUGCGCGGCAAGAGCUGCGCGGGCAUUCAGCCAGUCUCAUAGGAAAGCAUUAUCAAUGCUUUCCUAUGGACGCUGGCGUCUUCUCACUGUGAUUUUCACAGUGAGAAGCACGCAAGCGCCUCUAGCGGCUGUCAAUGAGACAGCCACUAGAGGCUGGAUUAACCCUAACAUAAACAUAGCAGUUUCUCUGGACCUGGCACCCAGACCACUUCAUUAAGCUGAAGUGGUAUGAGUGCCUAUAGUGGUCCUUUAACCCCUUAAGGACACAUGACAUGUGUGACAUGUCAUGAUUCCCUUUUAUUCCAGAAGUUUGGUCCUUAAGGGUUUAAACAUGUUUUUAUAUGUCAGAUUGUGUGUGUUCCAAAUAACAAUGAUACACGAAGUCAAAAUGUUUUCAGGAUCAUAUAGUGGUCAAACAUACUUUAAUCGGUUGUUCAUACAAUAUUUCUUUUUUUUAUAUAAAUUAACUUUGGAAUGCUAGGUAACGAUGUUUGGAAAGAAACUAUUUAAAGUGAUUAAAUAUUCCCCUUGAAGUGAGAAAAGAUUAUUACACGCCUUUAAGAUGGUUCAGAUAGUAUCAGCAAAACCAAUACAAAUUAUUCCAUCUUUCUUGCAUUACAUAAUUAGAAGGCAUUUUUGAUUUCUCAGAUGUGGAAAAAGCAGCACAUGAUAGAAUUGAGCAUACCAUUAACACCACCUUUCACUGGGGAUAUUGUCUUAUUAAUGGUUUAAAGGGACACUAGAGUCACCAGAACAACUACAGCUUAUUGUAUUUGUUCUGGUAAGUAUAAUCAUUCCCUUCAGGCUUUUUUCAGAGAAAAUGCAGUGUUUACAUUACAGCCUAGUUAUAGCUCCACUGGCCACUCCUCAGGUGGCUGCUAAAGCUGCUUCUUUGGGCAGUGCUGCAGAGUAAGCAGCACUGCCAUUCAGUGUCUCCACCCUCUGCAUGCAGACACUAAACUUUCCUCAUAGAGAUGUAUUGAUUCAGCUCAUCUCUAUGAGGAGAUGCUGAUUGGCCAGGGAUGUGUUUGACUUGUGCUGGCUCUGCCCCUGAUCUGCCUCCUUGACAGUCAAAGCCAAUCCUAUGCUAAAGCUUUGUGAUUGGCUCAGAGAAAUACUUCUGAUGAUGUCAGCCAAGCAGGCAGAUCAGAGACACAGGCAGUAGCUGCAGACGUGAAUACAAGUAAAAUUUUACUAUUAUAAAGAAGGCAAGUAGAAACGGGGGGCUUGAUGGUGGUUUUAACACUAUUGAGUCAGGAAUACAUGUUUGUGUUCCUGACCCUAUAGAGCUCCUUUAAUCUACAGCAUGCAAGUACACUAUAAGUUUGUCACAUGACUAUAUCCAAUGCAGCUAUAAACUAUAAAUAGAGAGAGAGUAUUGUUAAGUUUAACAUUUUAUGGAUGUGGAUGUAUAGAGAUGCAAAGUGAGACAGGAAUGGUUGCUUAGGAACUUCCUUCUUGACCAACCAAUAAUUGAUUGAGGUUGGUGUAGGUUUUGUUAUAAAGUAGCUCUGUUGCUAACUUUGGGAAAACGUGGUAUUAUAAUUAGUUAUUUAUUUUUAGACCACUUAUGGUCUUCAGGUUGAUCAUUGAUACAGUACAAAGAUUGCUUCUGUUGUACUAUAUAACCUGUAUCAAUGCAAAGUAUAUAUGUUUCAGUUCUAGUGGUUGUAUAUUCUAAUCUUCAGAUAUCAAGGCUGCUCAUUAGAAAGAAAACCAAACAUUGAUGUGAUGUUCAUUGACUGCGCUUCUGUAUAUUUAUCUAUCUAAAUGUUAGCAGUUAACACUUGUGUGGUUUUUUCCUUUGCAGUUUAAUUUCUACAAAUCAAAGUGGAGCACUUGCAAUGUUUGAUGAAUGUCAAAUCAAACUCAUGACCCCAAAAAUAGUGAAGUAUUUCUAAAAAGUGUAAUUAACACUUUAACCCAGCGGUUCCCAAAUUGUGUGCCGGGGAGCUGCAAGUUAUUUUCCCGGUGCUAUGUAUAUAGCACCGGGAACUGUGCUCUCCCCUGCCAACUCUGCAGUAUCGGAGGGGAGAUCAGAGAUCUCCCUCCCCGGCCUGUUAGCACUUUGCUGACAACCGGCAGGGGACGGAGGGAGAGAGGACCAGGGGGAGCUCUAACCUGCAGCUUGGAGCGUUUCUGCGGUCACCACAACAUCGCUCCGAAUCUCGCGAGAAUGAACUCUAGCAGCUCCUGAGGCUGCUAGAGUUCACUCUCUCCACUGGGACCACUAGGGCUUCCCCACCGGACCACCAGGGAAUUACAGGGAAUGUCACCCCUCCCAGGCAAAGAUAAGCAGGGAGGGGUGAUAUCAUUUUUAUUCUGAAUUAAAAAAAAAAAAGUAUAUAUUUAUUUAUUUUGCCCUCCUACCCCCACAGACCCCACACCACACAAUAACUCUCCCCAUACACACACACUGCCCCCCUCCCCAUACACACACUACCCUCCAUACACAUACACUGCACCCCUCAUGCACAAACUGCCCCACACACACACACACACACACUGCACCCCUGUAAACACACACACACACACACACACACACUACAGCCCCUAUCCAGGCAGACACCAGGCAAGUAGUCAAACUGUUCUUAAACAGUUUAACUACUUACCUUGGGAGGGCACUACUGGUACCAUGACCACUACAACAUAAUGUAGUGGUUAUUGUGCCUGGAUUGUUUCUUUAAAUAAUCUACCAGUGCCACUCCCAAGAUUAGGGGCCCAGUAUAUGCGGCAGCGCUGUACAUAUGUACAUCCUAAAAAAAUUGUUUGACUUGGGGUGUCUUGGAAAAAUAUUGAAAUAUUAAGGACGCCUUGAACCUAAAAAGCUUGGGAACCACUGCAUUAACCCCUUAAGCAAACAUCUUCAGAAGCUGGACUUACGCUUAAGGGCACAAACAUUAUUUGCAUUUUUUGCUCUGUGUUAAACUACAAUUUGCAUAUUUCUCAUUUAUUGCAUUAACACAUAUUAUAUACCGUUUGGUUUUUUUAAAGGACAAAAAGGGCUUUAAUUUGAUGACAUAUACAUAUACAUUGAUAAAUUCUCGGUUAUUAUAAAAAUAUACAAGAAAAAGGGAAAAAAGUUUUUUUGGGGGGGUUUCACAGUUUUGGCAAUAAUAACGUGUGCAUAAUUAGUGCAGCUUAAGGAAAGUAAUUCAAAAUAAAUUUAAUUUAGUUCUGAUUUACAAAAUAUAGAAUAUGUCUAGGAUUUUGGUUUAUUUUCAGUAGUUACUGGUCAUAAAAUACAUUGUGAGUGAUUUUAGAAGUUGGUAUAUUUGCCUUGUAAAGUUAAUAGCCCUCACAGAAAACAAAAUUGCCACACAAAAGUAUAUAUUUAUAUAAAGCAGACAUCACAGGCUAUUGACCUAUGGGUAUUUUGACACUUAUUACGAAGCCAUUUAACAGCCACUUUCUGCUAGUCUAUUAAAAUUGUGUUUUUUUCAGAUUUUUAACAUACACACAUAUAACUGUUUGUUUUUUUAUUUGUAUUUCGUAAACCUAGUGUACUAUUCCUGCAGAAAAUAUCCAUAUUGUGUUCAUCUCCAUCUUCUGAGUAAAACGAUACCCCCAAUGUAUGUCUUCGUCACUAUCCAGUGAAAUCACUGUUAAUCAACAGAUCUAGUGAGAUAGAUUAUAUUAAUUCAAUAUAUAAUAAUAAACGUAAAGAUUUAUUUUAAUAUUUCUAUAUAAUUUUGGGUUGCUUUAUAUCAUGAAAUUAAUUGUUGGAGUGACCAAUCCUCCACUUUUCUUUCAUGUAUGAUUCUCGUGUGUGUUUUUACAGAUCUAGUGAGAGAAUCACUGUGGCUGAGCUUGAUCGCACAGCUGCAGUGUUCUCUAUGGAGUCAAAGGGCUACAUGCAGUGCUGACUUUCAGCACUGCAUGCAGCUCAUCAGCAAGUUUUUUUAAGGAAGGGUUUAACCCUGCUCACACCACGAUCUAUAUAUAGGCAUGUAAAUGCCCAUUUAAGCUGCAACAUGCCGUGCUGACUUCAAGCACUGCAUGUAGAUCAUCAAAAAGUCUGGUGCCACUACAAAUGGCCCCAGCUGAUAGAGGGGAGCCCCAGGUAUCCAUUGAUACCUGGGACUCCCUGAUGUGAGCAGGGAUUUAACCCUGCGCACAUGCAUUAACAAUGCGGUGUUAAACCCUCAUUUAAAUGCCUGUUUGCAGUGCUAAAUUUGACUCUUUCCAACAUGCGUCCUUAAGGGGUUAAAGCUGAAAUGUGUACACUCACAUUCAUCAGAGCCAGCUAAAAAAAUAUUGCCACUAAUGUGAAGCACUUCUGUAUUUUUAAGUGUGGUACAUGCUCCUCUUCUUUGUGGCUUGAAAGUGAACAAGAAACCAAAUAGUGAAGAAUGUAGAGGUUCAGUAAAUUAGCAGGUCAAAAUAAUCCAAACUUGCUCACCUGGUGUUGAGCGUUUAUACACUUGGCAUUAGGUGUGUGGGCCUGAUGUCAAUUAAGGGCUCUACUUUGAUUUGUUUAAUUUAAAUUAAUUACACAUUUACUUGCUCAUCAGAAUGUUCACAAAAUUUUAAUGUGUAAUAAAAUCAAAUAAUAUUUUCUGCUCUUUCGUAUCCCUCACAGUUGUCUCUGAAAUGCCGUGCUCCAGAGGUGUGCAAUUAUGUGUACCAGGUCUAUGACUCCAUCCUGAAGAACUAA